UCGGGUGGAGGGAUUGCGAGGGGAAGCAAAACUACACGGCGUUUCACUGUGUAGUUUUGUUUUUUUGGGGGGGAAUAUUUCGAGGCUCGACCGUUCUCAUCUUGGAUUUUUUUGGAAAACACUUUCUGGAUAAGGAGACUUGUUUGAGUCCCUGGGCUCCGUCCCAUCAUUCUGAGGCACUCUUGUGGAAACAAGGUGCCGACAAUCAUGUCAACACAAGCGCCAACGUUCAUACAGCCGCUACAGAGCGUUGUGGCACUAGAGGGUAGUGCCGCAACGUUCGAGGCUCAAGUUAGUGGUUCUCCAGUUCCUGAGGUGAGCUGGUUCCGUGAUGGCCAGGUACUUACUGCCGCCGCUUUGCCCGGCGUUCAGAUCUCGUUCAGUGAUGGCCGCGCUGUUCUGAGAAUCCCCACUGUGACCGCCGCACACAGCGGAAGAUUUUCCGUCAGAGCCACCAAUGGUGCUGGACAAGCCACGAGCACCGCUGAACUUCUUGUUACAGCGGAGACAGCACCUCCCAGCUUCCUUCAGAGACUGCAGAGCUCCACGGUGAGACAGGGCAGCCAGGUGAGGCUGGAUGUCAGAGUCACAGGUAUCCCGACACCUGUGGUGAAGUUCUACCGAGAGGGAGCCGAGAUCCAGAGCUCAGCUGACUUCAGGAUCCUCCAGGAGGGAGACCUGCACAGUCUGCUGAUAGCAGAGGCCUUCCCAGAGGAUUCUGGGACAUAUUCUGUGACUGCAACAAACAGCAGUGGACGGGCCACCUCCACCGCUGAACUGCUGGUUCAGGGUGAAGAAGCCGUUCCAGCAAAGAAAACCAAGACUGUGAUUUCAACCUCUCAGAUUUCACAGACCCGUCAGACCAGAGUGGAAAAGAGGAUGGAGGCCAGUUUCCAGGCCACCGCCAUGAUGGGGAUGCAUGUGGAGAGCGCCGAGCUGACUCAGCAGCUGGCCCACAAGACUCCACCCAGAGUCCCUCCAAAGCCCAUGUCCAAGUCCCCGACUCAGCCCUCGCUGGUCACCAAGGUGACCGGAGGACGCCAACAGUCGCCAUCACCCGUCAGACACGUGAAGGCGCCGACGCCAACUCCUGUCAGGCCUGCCUCUCCCACUUCAAGACUCUCAGUCUCCCCCAUCAGGCCGGUCAAGUCUCCGAUCACCGCGCGCAAGCAGUUGGCUGCUGGCGGUGCCGACGUCCUACCCCCCUGGAAGCAGGGAGGCUACAUGGCUGAGGCCAGUUACACCAGCAUGACCAGCAUGACCAGCACCGUCACCCAGGUGGGCCAGGAGCAGCGCUGGGAGCAGCAGGUCACCGGGGUCAAAGAGGCUGAGGGAGGGAAAAGAGCCGGGGCGGUAGCCAAAGUGGUGGCCGCCGUUGACCUCGCUCGGGUCCGUCAGCCUGUGCAUGUGGAGGGCGGUCAAGCUGAAGAGGAGGAGGCAGAGGCCAUAGAAGCAGAGUUAAGGCAGCAGGCCGCCGCCACUGCCGGCGUGGCUGCCGAUCAACAGUAUCAAGCUGGUUGGACAACAACAAGAGUGCAGGCUGGACAAAUGCUUACCACUGCUCAGCAGUUUACACCUGAACCAACACUGCCACUGACUCAGAUUCAGAGAGUGACAGAAAUCUCCUCCCAUGUGGACACUGGUCUCGCCCUGUCUCCAGUUCCACAUUUCACAGUUUCUAAAGUUUCUGUCCCAAAACACGAGUCUAGCUCUGAGGUUUCCAUCGCUGGCUCGGCUAUCGCCACUCUGCAGAAAGAGUUAUCCUCAUCCUCUGCCACCGCUAGAAAGAUCAUCAAACCCGUCAAGUCUCCCAGUCCGUCUGGUAGGGUGGCAGCGCCCAGAGAGACACCGGAGCCCAUCCCUCCACCGUUCAAAGACAAAUAUCAGAGUCAUUUUGGCACUGAGUUACAGACGGGGGUGGUGUACUCGGGGGGCAUGGAGAGAAUGUAUGAGGACUGGGGAGCCCAGGUGGUGGAGGCAGCAGCCGUACCUUCUGCAGGUGGCGCCGUGGUCCCACCCACACUGGUGUCUGGCUUGAAGAACACAAAUGUGACGGAGGGCGAGUCGGUGACCCUGGAGUGCCAGAUCAGUGGCCACCCCACACCCGUCAUCAUGUGGUUCAGAGAGGACUAUAAGAUUGAGAGCUCCAUUGAUUUCCAGAUUAACUACGAGAACGGAUUCGCCCAGCUGGUGAUCCGCGAGGCCUUCGCUGAAGACAGCGGACGCUUCACCUGCACCGCCACUAACGAGGCGGGCACCGUCAGCACCUCCUGCUACCUGCUUGUCCAGGUGUCUGAGGACAUCGAGAGCAGAGAGGAGGUCGCUAUUUGUAUUUCCAGAGUAACCGUUGAAGCCAAAGAGGAGACCAUGUCUCAGGUGAGCGUGACCGAGUCAGAUGCUGCGGCCACAGCUCCCUUCUUCAUCAAGAAUCCAACCAUCCAGAAGCUGGUGGAAGGAGGAAGUGUAGUGUUUGAAUGCCAGAUUGGAGGAAGCCCCAAACCACACAUCAUCUGGAAGAAGGGUGGAGUACCACUCACUACCGGAUACAGAUACAAAGUUGCCUAUAAGAAGGACACUGGAGAAUGCAAAUUGGAGAUCUCCAUGACCUUCGCUGAUGAUGCCGGAGAAUACUCCGUCUUUGCCAAAAACCAGCUUGGAGAGGUCUCAGCCUCUGCCAGUCUGCUGGAGGAAGAGGAAUACGAAGCCUACUUGAAGAAACAGGAAGCGACCUUUAAGACUGAAGUGACAGCCGUGGUGCAAGAGCCCAAAGUGGGAGACGUUCCCCCCCUCAUUGUUACGACAAUGGAGCAGAUGACCACCACCAUUAUUUCUGGACAGGAAUUCCAUCUUUCUGUCAUUGAGCAGAGGAUCAUCCAGGAGCUUGAACUCCGCAUUAUGAAGAUUACCUACAAAGAGAUAGUGACAGAAGAUGGAGAGUUGAUGGUGACCGCUGCCCCCACUGAGGCAGUGCAGCCCUCCUUUGAGACUCCCAUCAAAAACUACAGGAUCAUGGAUGGAAUGGGAGUCACUUUCCACUGCAAGAUGGCUGGAAUGCCGCUUCCCAAGAUUGCUUGGUUCAAAGAUGGCCAGAGAAUCAGGCCCGGUGACCGCUACCAGAUGGAAGUUCUUCAGGAUGGAAGAGCCAGUCUGCGUUUGCCUGUGGUUCUGCCAGAGGAUGAGGGCGUUUACACUGCAUUUGCUACCAACAUGAAAGGAAAUACCGUCAGCUCCGGGAAACUCUAUGUGGAGCCCUCUGGAGCUCAGAGAUACACACCACAACCAGCAAUGCAAAGGAUCAGGUCCACAUCUCCUCGUUCUCUGAGUCGCUCUCCUGGACGCUCUUCCAGCCGUUCACCUGGACGCUCUCCUGCUCGCCGGCUUGAUGAGACAGACGAGGCUCAGCUGGAAAGACUUUACAAGCCUGUAUUUGUCAUGAAGCCUUCCUCAUGUAAAUGCUCUGAGGGGCAGACUGCCAGGUUCGACCUGAAGGUUGUUGGCAGACCAAUGCCCGACACAUACUGGUUCCAUAACGGACAACAAGUGGUUAGCGAUUACACCCACAAGAUAGUGGUUAAAGAGGACGGUACGCAGUCCCUGAUCAUUGUCCCCGCCAUGCCACAUGACUCUGGAGAGUGGACAGUUGUUGCUCAGAACAGAGCUGGACGAUCGUCCCUCUCCGUCACUCUCACUGUUGAUGCUAAAGAAACCUUGGUGCGUCCCCAGUUCACUGAGAAGCUAAGGAACAUCAGUGUAAAGCAGGGCACUCUGGUUGAACUGGCUGUCAAAGCCAUUGGAAAUCCCCUGCCUGAUAUUGUCUGGCUGAAAAACAGCGACAUUAUCACCCCACACAAGCACCCAAACAUCAGGGUUGAAGGAACCAGAGGAGAUGCCAAAUUCCAGAUUCCCUCAGCAGCUGGCUCAGACAGCGCCUGGUACACCGCUACAGCCAUCAACAAGGCUGGCAGAGACACUACUCGCUGCAGAGUCAACGUUGAGGUGGACUAUGCUGAACCAGAACCAGAGAGGAAGCUAAUUAUUCCCAAAGGAACCUACAAAGCCAAAGAGAUUGCCCCUCCAGAGUUGGAGCCCCUUCAUAUGCGAUAUGGACAAGAGCAGUGGGAGGAGGGUGACCUUUAUGACAAGGAGAAGCAGCAGAAACCACAGUUCAAGAAGAAGCUGACCUCUGUCCGUAUGAAGCGUUUUGGUCCAGCUCAUUUUGAGUGCAGACUGACCCCCAUUGGUGACCCCACAAUGGUAGUGGAGUGGCUUCAUGAUGGCAAACCCCUGGAAGCUGCUAACAGGUUACGCAUGGUCAAUGAAUUUGGCUACUGCAGUCUUGACUAUGAAGUUGCUUAUGCCAGAGACAGCGGUGUUAUCACCUGCAGAGCCACAAACAAGUUUGGAGCUGACCAGACUUCAGCUACCCUCGUCGUCAAGGAUGAGAAGGGCCUUGUUGAGGAAAGCCAGCUUCCUGAAGGCAGAAAGGGGGCACACCGAAUUGAUGAGAUUGAACGCCUGGCUCAUGAGGGAGGACCCUAUGGAGUCACAGCUGAAGAAGAAGCUGAGAAAAUGAAACCUGAGAUAGUCCUUCUUCCUGAACCAGCCAGAGUGCUGGAAGGUGACACAGCACGAUUCCGCUGUAGAGUGACCGGUUAUCCAUCGCCGAAGGUUAACUGGUACCUCAACGGACAACUUAUCCGCAAAAGCAAGAGAUACAGACUUCGGUAUGAUGGUAUUUACUAUCUGGAGAUCACUGGAAUCAAAUCCUAUGAUUCAGGAGAGGUCAAAGUGGUAGCCGACAACAACCUGGGCUCAGCUGAGCACAUCGUGAAGCUGGAGAUUCAGCAGAAAGAGGACUUCAGAACUCAUCUGCGCCGUGCCCCAGAGGCAAAGGGAGCUGAGGCUGCCCCUGAACCUGGAAAAACAUCAUUUGAGGUGGUGAAGGCUGAGCAACCUGCAGAAGACUCUCAACUAAAAGAAGUGGUCAAGCUUAAGAAGGCCCAGAGAAUCAUCCACGAGAAAGCCACAGAGGAGUCAGAGGAGCUUAGGGGCAAGUUCAAGCGCAGGACAGAAGAAGGCUAUUAUGAGUCCAUCACUGCGGUGGAGCUCAAGUCACGUAAGAGGGAUGAGUCCUAUGAGGAUCUGCUGAAGAAAACAAAAGAGGAGCUUCUUCACCGCGCCAAGAAGGAGGAGGCUGCGAAGAAGAAGGCAGAGGAGGAGCGCCUAAAGGUUACAGCUAAACCUCUAAAACCAGAAAGGGUCAAGCUCUCUGCCAGCAUGGAAGCUCCUAAGAUCCUGGAACGUAUUACCAGCCAGACAGUCGCACAGGGCGAUGAAGUCAAGUUCAGAGUCAGAGUCGUUGGCAGACCAGAACCUGUGUGCCAGUGGUUCAAGAAUGGUGUUCAGCUGGAGAAGUCUGACCGUAUUAACUGGUACUGGCCUGAGGAUCAUGUGUGUGAACUGGUGGUCAGAAAUGUCACAGCAGAGGAUUCUGCUAGUGUCAUGGUUAAAGCUUCAAACACUGCUGGAGAGACUUCAAGCCAUGCUUUCCUGCUGGUGCAAGCAAAGCAAGUCAUCACCUUCACACAGAAACUGGAGGACGUUGAUGCAAAGGAGAAGGACACCAUGGCUACCUUUGAGUGUGAAACUAAUGAGCCUUUUGUCAAGGUCAAAUGGCUGAAGAAUAAUGUGGAGAUCUUCUCCGGUGACAAAUACAGGAUGCACUCUGACAGAAAGGUUCACUUCCUGUCUGUGCUGAUAAUCGACAUGAGGGAUGAUGCUGAAUUCACCUGCAUGGUUGUAGAUGAUAACGUCAGCACAACUGCCAAACUCAAUGUUGAAGGAGCCCCGCUGGAGAUCCUGAAGCAGCUGGAGAGCACAGAGGUUCCUGAGACAUACUCUGGAGAGUUUGAGUGUGUCGUAUCUCGUGAGGAUGCUGAAGGCAGCUGGUUCUUUGGAGAAAAGCUGCUCUCUCCCAGCAGUAAAUAUGUCAUGACCUCCCGCCGUGGAAGACACGCCCUGUCUGUCAAAGAUGUCAAGAAGGAGGAUCAGGGAAAAUACACCUUCAAAGUGGCCGAGUUCAAGACAAGUGCCUCACUGAAGAUGAAAUUGCGUCCGGUGACCUUGAUUCAGCCUCUGACAGACCUGACCAUCUGCGAGGGUGACAUCGCUCAGCUGGAGGUCAAGUUCUCCCAGGAGAACGUUGAAGGAACCUGGAUGAAGAACGGACAACCAGUCACAGCCUCAAACCGUGUGCACAUUGUUAUUGACAAACAGAUCCACAAACUUCUGAUUGAAGACACAAACAAGGAUGACUUUGGAAUGUACUCCUUUGUGGUUCCUGAUCAGGCAAUUUCAACAUCUGCGAAGCUGGUCAUUCAGACAAUCGGUGUCUUAAUCCCACUGAAAGACACCAGUGCCGUUGAGGGCACCAAGGCUGUCUUGGAGACCAAGAUCUCCGCUCAGGACGUCAGCUCAGUCAAAUGGUACCACAACGACAAACUGCUGACACCCAGCGACCGAAUCCAGAUGGUGGCAAAGGGAGCAAAGCAGCGCCUGGUCUUCAACAGGACCUAUGCCUCAGAUGAAGGACACUACAAACUUGUGGUUGGCCGAGCCGACACCAGCUGCAAAUUCUCUGUUCAGACUGUCCAGAUUUUGAAACCGAUGAAGAACAAGGAGUGCUCAGAGUCUGAAAACGUCAUAUUUGAAGUCGAGGUUUCUCAUCCAGGCAUUGACGCCUUCUGGACUUUCAAGAGGCAGCCACUCAAAGCCGGCGCCAAGUACAAGAUGGAUUCCAAGAACAAGUGCCACACCCUGACUGUCAUGAAUGCAAUGAAGGAUGAAGAGGGCGAGUACAUGUUUGCUGCUGGUGAGAAAAUGUGUACUGCUACACUCACUGUAUCAGGUGGUGCUAUCAAGAAGCCCCUGCGUGAUUUGGUGGUGGCUGACUCCCAGACCGCCGUGCUAGAGUGUGAAGUAGCCAACCCUUCCGCUGAGGGCAAGUGGCUGAAAGACGGCCAGCCUGUCGACUUCAACGAGAACACGCUGAGCGAAGUGAAAGGUGCCGUCAGACGCCUCGUCAUCAUCAUCACUAAAGCCACCGACAUCGGAGAGUACACCUAUCAGGUCGCCACCUCCAAGACCUCAGCCAACCUGAAAGUCGAGGCUGUGAAGGUCAAGAAGACCCUGAAGAACCUAAAUGUGGUCCAGACUCAGGAGGCAGUAUUUAGCCUGGAGCUGACCCACGAAGAUGUGAGAGGAGCUCAGUGGAUCAAGAACGGCAUUGAGAUUCAGCCCAGUGAUAAAUUUGAGAUCACAAUUGAAGGAGGAGUCCACACCCUGAAGAUCAAGAACUGUACCACACAGGAUGAGUCUGUUUACUCUUUCAAACUGGGAAAACUGUCUGCAAAUGCCAGGCUGAACGUUGAAACCAUCAAGAUCCUGAAGAAGCCAAAGGACGUGACAUCACUGCUGGGUGCAACUGCCGUAUUUGAUGUGGGCAUCUCUGAGGACGACAUCCCCGUGAAAUGGUUGUUCAACAAAGUAGAGCUGAAGCCCAAUGAGCACUACAAGAUGCUCUCUGAGAAGAAGACCCACAAACUGAUUGUCCAAGAUGUGGACAACAGCAAAGAGGGAGAGUACACCGCUGUGGUGGGCCACCUCCAGUGCAGUGCUCGCCUCCGCGUUGAGUCCCUGCGUGUGACACGGCCCAUGAAGAGCGUGGCGGUCCCUGAGACACAGGUGGCCACAUUUGAGUGUGAAGUCUCUCACUUCAACGUGCCAUCCACCUGGCUGAAGAACGGUGUGGAGAUCGAGAUGAGUGAAAAGUUUAGGAUUGUGGUUCAGGGAAAACUCCACCAGCUGAAAAUCAUGAACACCAGCAGGGACGACUCCGCAGAGUACACCUUUGUCUGUGGGAACGACAAAGUCUCUGCAACUCUAACCAUUAACCCCAUCCUCAUCACAACAAUGCUACAGAACCUGAACGCUCAGGAGAAAGACACAGUCACCUUCGAAGUGAAUGUCAACUACGAGGAAAUCACAUACAAAUGGCUGAAGAACGGCGUGGAGAUCCGGUCCACGGACAGAUGCCAGGCUCGCUGCAAACAGCUCACUCACACUCUGAGCCUCAGAAACGUUCACUUUGGAGACAGCGCAGAGUACACCUUCAUGGCUGGCUCUGCAGUAACUACAGCUAAACUCUAUGUUGAGGCCCGUGUGGUUGAAUUCACCAAACACCUGAAGGACCUGAAGAUUACAGAGAAGAAGAGAGCGACAUUUGAAUGUGAAGUUUCUGAACCCAACAUCCAGGUGAUAUGGAUGAAGGACGGUCAGGAGCUGGAGAUGUCCGACAGAUAUAAAAUGACAUCGGAUAAGUUUGUGCACCACCUGGUUGUACCAUCAGUCCGCCUGUCUGACGCCGGAGAAUACACCGCCGUGGCUGGGUCAAGCGUUUCCAAGGGCCACCUGGGAGUCGAGGGACGAGAUGUCAAAAUCUCAGAGCCUGCUAGCAGAGACAUCACUGUUGUUGAGAAACAAAGGGCAACCUUUGAGUUUGAGGUGAAUGAUGAUGAUGUGGAGGGUCGCUGGAUGAGGAAUGGAGUGGAGAUCCAGUUCUCGGUGGAGGAGAGGUUCACCUACGCCACCAUCAGGAAGCUCCACCGCCUCACCAUCUCUGAGACCUACAGGAGUGACGCAGGAGAGUACACCUUCCUAGCCGGCAAAAACAAGAGCACCAUGAACCUUCAUGUCAGACUGCCGGAGCCUCCUCAGAUCAUCCGCCACAUGCAGCCCCAGACAGCGACGUCGGGUAGAUCGGUUCGCUUCUCGGUGCAGGUGAGCGGCAUCCCUCAGCCCCAAGUGUUCUGGUACAAAGACUCCCAAGCUCUGUCCGCCGGUUACAAGUGCAAGUUCCUCCACGAUGGAGACGAGCACACACUGCUGUUGCUUGAAGUCUUCCCCGAGGACGCCAGCACCUACAGCUGCGAGGCCAAGAAUGACUACGGACAGGAGACAAGCUCUGCCCCUCUCACUGUGGAAGUUCCUGAAGUGGUUGAAACUGCUCGGGUCUCUGCUCCAGUACUCAUUUCUCCAAUACGGGACGUUCUGGUCACAGAGGGACACCCUGCCCAGUUCCAGUGCACCGUCUCUGGGGAAGAUCUGCAGAUUUCUUGGUUCUGUAAUGACAGAGAGAUCAGACAGUCAGACAUCUUCAGCAUGUCUCAUUAUGGUGAUACCUGCCAGUUGGAGAUUUCCAGAGCUCUCCCCAACCACGAAGGAGAGUAUUCAUGUGUUGCCACAAAUUCGGCAGGAAUGGCCACAUGCACUGCAACUUUGAAUAUUGAUGUAACUGCAGCGGAGAAGGAACCUACAGUUCAGGUCCAUGAGGAAGUGAAAGUCUUCUCUAGCUCAACCACCACAGUGGAAGCGGAAACCCAGGAGUCAUACUACACUGGCCUAAAGUUACCCGAUAAAACCAAAACACUUGAACUUAAGCCAGAGUCCAAACGCUACUCCAGCUCUUUGGAAAAGAAAAAAGAAAAGCCAGUUUUCCUCAGUGAACUUUCUCCAGUGGCUGUGACUGUUGGAGAAAGUGCUACGUUUACUGUCAGAGUGUCGGGUUUCCCUAAGCCCACCAUUCAGUGGUUCCACAACGGGCAGACUAUAACGAGUUCGUCCGUGUAUACGUUCAUUCAUGAGCAGGAUGAGUAUAGCUUAGUCAUUACCGAAGUCCGGAGGGAGUUUGAGGGAGAGUAUUCCUGUACUGUCAGCAAUAGGCUUGGCCAAUCGACUUGCACUUCUUAUUUGCAUGUUCAGUUGAAGGAGCCAGAAAGGGAAGAAAAAGCUGACAGAACAUUUGUGCCAACUGGCAAACCCCCAGAGUUCACUAAAACUAUAGAGUCUCUUGAGUUGUGUGAGGGAGGUCAGGCUUUCUUUAGAUAUAUUGUGACCGGGGAUCCUCUCCCUGAGGUUCAGUGGCUCAAAGGCAGCUUCCACAUUCAGCCUAGUGGGUUCUGUAUCAUUGUGAGCAACCCAGAUGGAUCAGGCUUUAUUAAUAUUAAGACUGUCAAACAAGAGCACAGUGGUGUGUACACCUGUAAGGCCUCCAACCAGUAUGGGGAGGCCUCUUGUACUGCUGAGCUGCUGGUUUUCAAGGAGAAAGUUCAGGAAGAGCACACAUUAGUUAGGAAAACCAAAGGUUUGAAAAUAUCUAUGACCGAACAAACAACAGAAUCCAGAUUAAUCCAUGAAAGAACUCUGUCUGAUCAGAUGAUUUAUACCAUUAGCACAGAAGACCGGCAGAUUAUUCCCAGCGAGGAGGUGGGAACCCUCAGAGAGCUUGAUAUUUCUGCUGCCACCCUUCAUCGAGAGCAACUUACCCACCAGGCAGCAGUGCUGCAGUCUCAUGAAAUGCAGGAGAGGGUUUCUUUGGCUCCCACUCAUCCACCCCAGGUCUCAGCUGUUCCUAUGAAACAGCUACACAUGGCGACUUUCUUAUCUUCAGUCCAGGAGAGACAAAAGAUCACUGAGCAGCACUCAGAUCGGAUUCUCAGCCCUGAAAUUGUAGAACUCAAGUUAGCCAAAGAGCAGCCAUCAAAGCUCAUGUCAGCCACAUCCGAAGAGGUCCUACCACUUGCCACAGUAAAGGCUGAGGCCUUGACGGACCAGGCUCCAGAGCAUGUGAAGACCUUUACCGAACCCAGGCAGCUUGUUAGUGUUCAUCAAGUAGAGUCCACUCUGCCCCUCCAGGAUGAAACCUCAGGCGUCACCCACAGGCCAGAGGAAGAGAAGUGUUUCAGAGUCACCGAGGGGGUUAAGAUUUUAUACUCAGCUCAGUCUACAGGGCAACUCCCACUCACAGAAAGACACUCUGAGCCUUUGCCAGCUUUAGAUGCAUCCAUUAAACCCUUGAUUGCGAAAGAACAAUUUAAGCCAGUGAUAGCACCAGUGGGCGAAACUAGAGUGGCUUUAUCUAAGGAGCAGAUAUUUGAAAUACACAGGCCAGAGCAGGAAAGUAUCACCCCACACAAAGACAUAGUCUAUAAGUCAGCUAUGACUACUGAAGAGAAAUACGAACUCCAAGGUGAACAGAUUGGACAGGUGCCUGGUAUAGCUUCUUCUGUGUGUCUGCAGCCUCAGCGAGAGGGAGAAAGACUCCUGAAUCUGCAGGUUAUCAGUGAUCAGGACGUUUUACAGUCGGAGGGUAAAUUCAGCAGCAAAAAGCCUUCCGCAGAGCAGGCAGAAGUGAGGAAGAGUCCAGUUUUAUUGCAUUCGGUGACUCAAGAAGAGCAGAGAACUGCCGUUUGUGAGGCAACUUUAGAGUUCUCUGCAAAGACUGAUGCCAUGUAUAUUCAGCCGAAGAAAGAGUUGCCACAAACAAAAUACCUUCAGUCAAUUCAUUCUUUAUCGGUUUUACCAAAGGAAGGCAUACUUACCAUCACCAAACCUGACCAGCAGGUGGCAAUGCAGAAACAGGAAAAGGCUAGAAGGCAUGCAGCUACCUCAGAAGAGAGAAGGGAGAUCACAGCAGAUUAUCACACAGAUCUUGAUGUGUCGGUGACCGGGAUUCAGUCACAGCUUCGAACUGAGCCAAGGCCUUCGAGCAUCCUCACAGUCUCCUCCCAGCCCAUGCAGCUCCCAAAGGAGACACCUUUCGUUACUGAUGUGAAGCAGCAGCGAGCACUAGUCCAGAAAGAGGAUUACUGGAAUAUCAUGCAUUCUUUGAAUGUCACAGACACUCAGACUCUGGAGGAAUGUCACACUACUAGCCUUCAAACUGAUGAAAAAUUUAAGCUUGAGAUGAAAACGGAGCCUAAGAUCCCCAAAAAAACUGUUUUUAUAGAGGAGAAAGCCAUGGCCACUGAAAGCUGUACUAUUUUAGAAGCAGCUGAGCAAGACUUUGCGGUCCAGAUCCAGGAGGGUCAGUCAGUCCGGCAGUCGGUGUUGCUAGACGAAAAGCAGAUCAUUAUAGGAGAGCAGUCAAGUGAAAUACAUAAAUCUGAGGGCUCGAUUGUCAGCAUCGUGACGCAGCCCAAGGGACUUAUGUUUGUCCAUGAGUCUCAGGACAGUCAGACUCUACCUAAAGAACUAAACUUUGUCAUUCAGAUUCCCAAACCAUCAACUCUGAAUAUACGAUGUCAACUCAGAGACGCCCUUCAGUCUGCGAUGGCCAGUGACCAACCAGUGUUACUUGCCGAUGUUGUAGGAAGGUUAGAGGCAGUGGAAGUACAGGAGGUGAAGGUUCAAAGAGAGCCUAAACGGGCUUCAUAUACAUACCUGAUCACAAGCCCAGGUGCCCCCAUGGAGAUCACACUGUCUUUUGAGGGUGAAUACCCUCAGACAGCUGAUCUUAGGUCUGAACUCCAGGUAGCUCUGCAUGCUAUGGUUUUCCAGGAGCAGCAAAGUCUUACAUCAGAGAAACCAGGUACCAUGCAGAUUGACAAGCCUCAGAAAGCGCUGGUCAGCUCAGCUCACACGAAAGAAGUGCUGUCAUCUGUGGUGGACACCUUUAUGGUGGCAGAGAGUGCAGUUGUAUUUCCCUCUGCUGUAUCUCAGUCUGCAGCAGUCAAGACUGAAGCCAGGGCUUCCUUCCAAAGUGCAACAGUUCAGAGUCAGUCUGAGAUCCAUGAAUCUACGCAAGUAAGCAGGAAGACAGUCACUCGUGAGGAGUAUCUUUCCGAGGCAAUCAUGAUCAGUGAGUCCUCUGACAGUCUGGUAGAUUAUCCCAUUAUUGUUGAUUCUCUGGAAGACGUUUGCACUGAGGAAAAUGGCAAGGCCAUUUUUACAGCCACCAUAAAGUACGUCACCAGAGUUAACUGGUUUUUCAAUAGCCAAUUGGUAAAAUCUGGCAAGGAGUUCAAGUGUUUUAAAGACCACGAUACAUACACACUAGUUAUAGACAAAGUUGUCAAGAAGAAGCAUCAAGGAGAAUAUGUCUGUGAGGCUGAGAAUGAAGCUGGCAAGACCACAACAUCUUCAAGACUCACUGUGGUCUCAAGAGUGAAACCUGUGUUCAGACACAGAAUUGCCCCUGUGGAGAUCAACAUUGGCAACACUGCCAAGUUUGACUGUGAAACUGAGGAUGCUCCGAAUGUGAGCUUCAAGUGGUUGAAAGAUGGACACCCCAUCAAAGAGGGUGAUAAGUACAGGAUUAUCAGUCGCUUCAGUACUUCCUCUCUGGAACUCCUGAGCCCAACCAAGGAGGAUAGUGGCGAAUAUUCCUGCAAGGCGUCCAAUCAGCACGGCAGUGAUGAAUGCUCUGCCUCUCUAAGUGUGACAGAACAAUUCCCUCCAUCCUUUAUAACUAAACCUGAGGCUCAGACUAUGUAUGUUGGAAAGAGAGCAGUGAUACAGUGUGUAAUAACAGGAUCUGCUCCACUGAAUGUAGUCUGGCUCAAAGACAACCAGGCCUUACCCAAAGAGUCUCCAAGCUACCAGACCUCUUGUGAAAAGAAUAAGCACAUUCUUGGGAUAACCAAACUUGAGCCAGCUGACAUGGGGCUUUAUGUGUGCAAGGUGUCUAAUAAUGUUGGGUCAGCUGAGUGCAGCAUGGAGCUGCGUGUGAUUGAUAAACCCAACUUUGUGAAGCCCCUGGGUCCGAUCGCUGCUGUGGUCGGAGCUCCUCUACACCUGGAGUGCCAGGUGGAUGAGGACACCGGAGUAACUGUCACCUGGACCAGAGAUGGUAGAAAAGUGCACCAGUCUCCGGACUGUAAACUGUCUUUUGAGAAUAAGACGGCCACUCUUGAUAUCCUAAAAACCAUACUGAAAGAUUGUGGGAAUUAUGUGUGCACGGUGACAAAUGAAGCUGGGAGUGCAACUUGCUCCACUUCGGUGAAGGUCCAAGAGCCACCAGUCUUUGUAAAGCGGCUCGAAGCCACCACAGUUUGGAAGAAAGACAGCACAGCACGGCUGCAGUGCACCGUCAAAGGAUCCCCUGAACUUCACACCAGCUGGUUCUUUAAUACCAGCGAGCUGUCUGCUGGUGGCCGAUAUAAUAUAAGUCUGAAGGAUGGUGUCACUACUCUUGAGAUAAAGGAUGUCAUGUUAAGUGACAGUGGAAACUACACAUGUGAGGUUCUCAAUGAGUCUGGGUGUGAAAGCUGCAGCACUAAAGUAACCGUGAAAGAACCACCAUCUUUCAGAAAGGAAUUACUCUCCAUAGAGGCAGUCAGAGGAUCUGUAGCUGUCUUGGAGUGUGAGAUUGCAGGCUCAACACCAUUCGAGGUGGCCUGGAAAAAGAAUAAGAAACGCCUGUCCGCAGAUAAGAAAUACCAAAUAGUGUCACAGGGGUCCCUGGCCUCUCUGGAGAUCCACUCAUUUGAGAGUGCUGACGCUGGUGAAUACGAAUGUGUCGUAUCAAAUGAGGUUGGGUCAAUAACCUCAAAGUCAGUGGCUAAACAGAGAGAGCCACCUAUGUUCUCAAAGAGGAUUGAGAGUGCUACGGCAGUGUUGGGAAAUACAGUGAAGCUACAGGGAACCCUGAAAGGCUCAGCUCCCAUCACUAUAAAAUGGAUGAAAGACUCUAAUAUGCUAAGAGAUGACGAUGCAAAUGUCAAAAUGGCAUUUGAGAACAACAUUGCUAGCAUUUCCUUCUCUUCUGUUGAGAUAAAGCACGGCGGCAAGUAUACUUGUCUGGCUGAAAACGAGGCAGGACAGCAGAAAUGUGAGGCUGUCUUAACAGUUCAAGAACCUGCUAGGAUCUUAGAGAAGGCGGCAUCCAUCAGUGUGACUGCUGGGGAUUCGGCCACAUUGGAGUACACGAUUUCUGGAACCCCAGACCUCAAAGUGAAAUGGUUCAAAGACGGUAAAGAGAUGAUCAGUGGCCGUAAAUAUAAAAUGACAGUGAAGGAGAACACCGCUGUCUUAAAGAUUCUCACAGCAGAUAAAGGCGACACGUCAGAGUACAAGAUGGAGGUGUCCAAUAAAGUUGGAAAAGACCAGUGCACCUGUUCAGUCACCGUUAUUGAUCGUGCAGUUCCACCAUCCUUCACCAAAACUCUAAAGAAAGUGGAUGCGAUUAUUGGUAGCAAUGUUACCUUGGAAUGCAGAGUUUCUGGAUCUCAGCCGCUGGUUGUUUCUUGGUACAAAGACAAUAAAGAAAUCCACAGUGAUGACAAAUAUAAGCUUGAUUUCAGUGGGAGUACAGCCUCUGUGACGAUAACUGACCUGGAGCAAAGUGACAGUGGAGUUUAUACAUGCCGGGCUGCUAAUGCCUCUGGAGAAAAAGAGACCAGUGGUACUUUGUCCGUCAAAGAACCUCCAGUCUUCACAGUGAAACCUGAAUCCCAGGAUGCUUCACCAGGAUCAAAUGUUGUCAUAAAAUCAGCCUUUACAGGCUCAGCUCCACUGGUUGUUAAAUGGUUCAGAGAAGAGAAAGAGAUUUUCACUGCUGGAAAGUGUUUCAUAAAGAAAGAUGCUUCUUCGAGCUCUUUGGAGCUUCACUCUGUGAAAUCCAGUGACUCUGCUAAAUACACAUGCCAAGUGUCCAAUGAGGCUGGCAAGGUGGAUUGCACUGCAGUCCUCUUUGUCAAAGAAGCCCCAACGUUUACAAUGAAGCUUGAGCCUUCAGUGCUGCUGAAAACUGGCCAACCUCUGAAGUUGUCUUGCAAAGUACAGGGCACUCCUGUUAUUAAUAUCACAUGGUUUAAAAAUGGCUCCAAAAUUGCUUCAGAUCACAGACACACAAUGUCCUUUGACAGCUCAAUAGCGACUCUGGAAUUAGAGAACUGUUCUGUAGAGGACAGUGGAGAUUAUGUCUGUAUGGGGUCCAGCCAGGCCGGCCAAGACCAGUGCAGCAGCUCAGUCACAGUGAAAGAGCCCCCGGUGUUUGUGAGGCCUUUCGAAUCAGCUGAGCUUGUAAAGGGAUCCGACAUUAUCUUGGAGGGAACCGUCUCAGGUUCCCCUCCAUUUGAAAUAAGUUGCUUGCUCAAUGAUAAGCUGAUCAGACAAGACCAAGGGCAUAAGAUCAGUGUUGAAAACAACACCAUCACUCUUCAGAUCUUAAACUGUGAGAGCGGAGACGCUGGGACAUACCAGUGCACCGUUGCAAAUGAUGUUGGAGAGACUUCUUGUUCUUGCCAAAUUUCACUGAAAGAAUCACCGUCAUUUGUUCAGAGAAUAGAGGAUAUGUCCUGCAUGGUGGGCUCUGAGGUCUCUAUGAAGUGCAUGUUGUCUGGAUCACUUCCCAUGACUUUCUCCUGGAUCAAGGACGAUCAUGAGAUCACAGAAGACGAGCAUGUUAAGAUGUCCUAUGAAAUCAAAAGUGCCGUGUUGAAUUUGAAAAAUGCUCAGUUAUCACAUGGUGGGAAAUAUGUCUGUCAGGCACAGAACAAAGCCGGGACUCAGAGAUGUGCAGCUGUGCUCAUUGUGACAGAGCCAGCAAGUAUUUUAGAACGUGCACAUUCCAUCAGUGUAACCCAGGGUGACCCGGCCAGGCUUGAAUGCAGAUUCUCAGGCACCAAACUGCUCAGGUCCAGAUGGAUGAAGGCGGGAAAGGAGUUGACCACAGGCCAGAGAUACAAAGUACAGAGCACAGACACCAGCUCUGUGCUCACAAUAAUUAAAACAGUGAAAAGCGAUAGCGGUGAAUAUACCUUUGAGGUUUCAAACAAUGCUGGGUGCAGUUCUUGUGAGGCAGCUGUUACUGUCUUAGAACCACCAUGCUUUCUUGAAAAGCCUGAAUCCAUGAAUGUUUUGCCUGGGUCAAAGGUUAAGUUUAAUGUUCGUGUCUCUGGCACACCGCCACCGACCAUCAAAUGGUUUGCAAACAAGAAAGAGAUUUUUUCCAGCGCCGACUGCUCUGUGAUUAAAGACAACACCUCAAGCUCAGUGGAGCUUUUCUUUGCCAAAUAUUCUAAUUCUGGUGACUAUGUUUGUGAAAUACAGAAUGAUGUGGGUUUCUGUUCAUGCCAGGCAAAACUCUUUGUGAAAGAACCCCCCUUUUUCAUUGAAAAACCAGAAGGCGUAUCAGUAGUAAGAGUAGGAGACAGUACGGUGUUUGAGUGCAAGGUUGAUGGGACUCCAGAAAUCUCUGUGCGUUGGUUCAGAGAUGAAGCUGAAAUUCAGCAAAGUGUCAAACACAAGAUGUCGUUUUUCAACUCUAUAGCUGCCUUAGAGAUUUGUCAAGUUAGUGAAAGUGACAGCGGGAGUUAUUUCUGCGAAGCCUACAACGAAGCAGGCACAGAGAGCUGCACCGUUGAGCUAGAAGUGAAAGAGCCUCCUUCAUUUGUUGAAGAGCUGACAUCUCUUGAAGUCGCUAAAGGUUCCACGGCAGUUUUUGCUUGCAGAGUGGCAGGAAGUGCUCCGUUUAAGGUUGCAUGGAUUAAAGAUAAAAAGCCAAUCAAAUCCAGCCAAAAGUAUAUUAUUGUUGAUAUCAAAAAUGUGAGCUUGAAAAUCCUGGACUGUAAAGUGGAAGAUGUGGGUACUUAUCAGUGUGUUGUAGCCAAUGAGGUUGGAAGUUGCACUGGAUUUGCAGCUUUGUCUCUGAAAGUCCCUCCAACAUUUGUUAAGAAGAUAGAAAACGUCACCACAAUUCUGGGAAACGUUGCGAUCUUUCGCGGCACCGUUGAUGGUUCUCUGCCUUUCUCUGUACAAUGGCAAAAAGACGAGAACUGGAUCCCAGAGGAUCCAAAGAUCAAGAGAACAUUUGAUAACAAAGAGGCCUCUCUCAGGAUUCCUGCAUGUGAGGCUACUCACAGCGGGAAAUAUACCUGCUAUGUCGUAAACGAGGCUGGGCAGGAUAAAUGCUUUGCCACCCUCUUAGUGCAAGAACCACCUACGAUCCAAGAGAAGCCAGAGGUAGUAAAAGUGACUUGUGGAGAUCCAGUUAGUCUUGAGUGCAGGGUAGCUGGAACUCCUCAGAUCAGUGUUAAAUGGACCAAAGAUGGCAAAGAGCUCCAGUCAAACAGAAAACACAAUCUCUACUAUGAGAACAACCACAGCAGUCUUAACAUACUGUCCUCUCAGCUGGAAGACAGUGGAGAUUACCGGUUUGAAGCCACAAACUCUGUUGGGUCUUGCAGCUGUAAAGUCAUACUGGUUGUUUUAGAAGAAGAGAUUCCUCCAAUGUUCAUUCGGAAGUUAACAAACAUUCAAGCAAUUAUGGGUUCAGUGGUUACCAUGGAAUGCAAAGUGGCUGGUUCUCUUCCAAUGUCAGUUGAAUGGUGCAAAGGGAAACAAAAGAUCACCAAGAGCUCCAAAUAUAAACUUCUGCACACUGACAAUACUGUCUCGCUGGAGUUCAAACUGACUGAGAGUGCUGAUACAGGAGAUUAUUCCUGUAAGGUUACCAACACUGCAGGCAGCAGUGUGUGCAGUGGAGUUCUUACAGCUAAAGUGCCACCAAGAUUCGUAACUGAGCCUGAGUCUCAGGCUGUUAUUCCAAAGUCUACAGUACUCUUCACAAGUAUCUUUGAAGGAACACCUCCGUUUGUGGUGAAAUGGUUUAAAGAUGACAUCGAACUCAUCACUGAGCCAUCAUGCAUGAUUAGACUGGAGAAAUAUUCUUCCUCUUUAGAACUCUACUCUGUCGGGACUCUGCAAUUUGGGAUUUAUUCUUGCCAAGUUAGCAACGAAGCAGGCGCAAUGAAAAGUGCAGCAGAGUUGUUGGUGAAAGAAUCUCCUCAGUUUGUCCUGAAACUUCCUCCCACUACCUUUGUGAAGCUGUGCGAGGGAUACCGUUUCGAGUGCAAGUUCACCAGCUCACGGUCCCUGAAUAUGUGCUGGUACAAAAAUGACCAAAAGAUUACCGAUGGAAACAACUAUAAAAUAAUGUUUGUUGACUCAUCUGCGUACCUCCAACUGCGCACCACAAGGUUUGAGGAUAAUGGAGUCUACACCUGUGAGGCUCAUAAUGAUGCUGGCAGUGCAAGCUGCAGCACCAUUCUCACAAUUCAAGAGUCCCCAUCCUUUACUAAAACUCCAAACCCAGUAGAGGGCAUUAAAGGGAAAGAUGCCAGCCUGCACUGUGAGGUGUAUGGCACUCCACCUUUCCAGGUUAACUGGUACAAAGACAGAAGACCACUGAAGGAGAGCAGGAAAUAUAAGAUGGUCAAUGAGGGCAACUCUGCCACGCUUCAUAUUGUUAAACUGGAGCAAGAUGAUGCUGGAAUUUACGAGUGCAGAGUGUCAAACAAUGUAGGAAGUGAAUCCUGCCGCACUACCAUUAGCCUUAAAGAACAACCAGCGUUUGUCAAGAAAUUUGACGACCAAUCAGUGAGAUUCGGCCAGCAGCUGACACUGACAGCUACGGUUAAAGGCUCUGAACCUUUGACUGUGUCCUGGGUUCAGGACAAAGAUCACAUUCUCAGAGAUGGUGACAACAGGAAAAUCACCUUUGAGAAUAAUGUGGUCACCCUUGUAGUGCCCAAGGCUGACUCGACCACAGCUGGUAAAUACACCUGCCAGCUGAGGAAUGACUCUGGACUUGUAAAGUCUGUCUCCCAAGUUACCGUUCUAGAACCUGCUGCUAUUGUGGAUAGCCUAGAGUCCUUGAACGUGAAGUCAGGAGAAAAUGCAGCUCUUGAAGUCACAGUUUCUGGCUCACCAGAACUGAAAAUUAAGUGGUUCAAGAAUAACAAGGAGCUCUCUUCUGGUGACAAGUAUCAGAUGUCCUUCACAAAGAAGGUUGCCGCCUUGAAGAUUCGGUCUGCUGAUAAAGCAGAUGCUGGAGAAUAUAAGCUAGAGAUUACAAACCAUGUUGGUACAGCCUCUUGCAAAACUAAGCUCUCUGUCUCAGAUAAGUUGAUUCCGCCGAGUUUCAUAAGGAAGCUGAGAGACACCCACCUUGUUGUGGGUAAGCCUGGUGAAAUGGAGUGUAAGGUCACUGGCUCUGCUCCUUUAACAACUUCCUGGUUCCACAACGGCCAGGAGAUCAAGAGUGGGCCUAACUAUGACAUUAGCUGCACUGAUAAUAACUGCAAACUGAGAGUCCCAACAAUCAAGAUGUCAGAUUCCGGCAAAUACACAUGUAAAGCUGUGAAUGCUGCAGGAGCAAGUGAGACGAGUGCGUCAAUGAAUGUGACAGAACCUCCUACUUUUGUGGAAACACCCGAAGCGCAGGAAACACUGCCCGGCAAAAACGUGACUUUCUCAGCCAAAGUGAAAGGCAGUGAGACCCUGAAAGUCAAAUGGUUCAGGGGAGCCAAGGAAAUGCAGCAUGGAAGAGGCUGCGAGAUCGCUCUAAAGAACGAUGUUGCCACUUUGUUACUUCACAAAGUCGAAAAGUCCCACGCAGGAGAGUACACCUGCCAGAUCAUUAACGAUGCAGGGAAGGAAAGCUACCCAGUUAACCUGUUUGUGAAAGAACCAGUCCACUUUGUGAAGAAGCUGAGAGACAUGUCCACUGAGAAGGGCAAGCCUCUGAGACUUGAUGUCACAUUUGCUGGAACCCCCAGGGUAAAUGUGACAUGGAAGAAGGAUGGUAAACUCAUCUGGGCUUCAUACCAGUACAAUGUGAUCACCACAGACACCUCCUGCAUCCUGGAUGUUCUUAACUCUGACAGGAUGGAGGCAGCUGGUAGAUACUCUUGCGAAGUAGACAAUGGAGUUGGAAGUGACAGAUGCGAAGCACAAGUGUCAAUUCUAGAGCGACCAUACUUUGUUGAAAAGAUGGAGCCAGUGGAGGUAACUGUGGGCGAUCCGGUUACCCUGAAAUGCCGUAUUGCAGGAACUCCUGACAUCUCCGUAGCUUGGUUUAAAGCUGAUGGAAAGCUGCGCAAGUCCAACACUUGCUCAAUGGACUUCGCAAACGGUUUCGCCACUUUGAAACUGAUCAAAACAACCAAGUUUGAUCACAGCGAAUACAUCUGCAAGGCAGAGAAUCGGGUCGGUUCAGCCUCUGCCAGCUGUAAUGUGGUGGUGAAAGAACCUGUGCGCUUUAUCAAGAAGCUGGAGGACACUACUUUCACCGUGGGUCAGCCACUGAAAUUAGUCUGCGCAUACACCGGAAGCCAGAGGGUCCAUGUCACAUGGAAAAAGGAUGGAAAGCUGAUUUGGGCAUCUUAUCAGUAUAAUGUUAAAACUACAGAUUCAAUCUGUGCUCUGGAAGUCCUCAACAGCGACAGGCCCGAGGCAGCUGGAACGUACACUUGCGAAAUUUCCAACGGAGCUGGAACUGAUGUUUGCCACGCUUGUGUCAGCCUAGAGCCUGCUCGCUUCGUGAAAAAGCUGGAAGACACUUUUUUCAGACUCCACGAACCUUUGGCCAUCAAGUGCACGUAUACUGGAAGCCAGAGACUGUCCGUCACCUGGAAGAAAGACGGAAAACUCAUCUGGGCAUCGUAUAAGUACAAUGUCAAGACCACCAACGACACCUGCAUUUUGGAAAUCCUUAACAGUGACAGAGAAGAGGCCGUUGGAAGAUACACAUGUGAAAUCUCUAACUCCGGAGGAAGCGAUAUCUGCCAUGCUAAUGUGAAACUAGAACCAGUUCGCUUUGUGAGAAAACUGAGAAACACCUUCUAUAAAAUUGGCCACCCUUUGAUGCUGGAGUGCACAUUCAAUGGCAGCCAGAGGAUUUACGUCAGCUGGAUGAAGGAUGGAAAACCCAUCUGGGCAUCAUACAAGUACAAUGUUAAAACCACCAACUUCUCCAGCACCUUGGAAGUUCUCAACAGUGAUAGUCGGGCAGCCAUCGGGAAAUACUCAUGCGAGAUUUCCAAUUCAGAGGGCACUGAUAUCUGCCAUGCUAUGGUUAAGAUAGAACCUGUGCGCUUCGUAAAAGAGCUGGAAGACACCACCCUUAUACUUGGCCAGCCCCUGUCGCUGUACUGUGCUUACAGUGCCAGCCCCAGGGUCAAUGUGAGCUGGAGAAAGGAUGGUAAACCAAUCUGGGCCUCCUACAAGUACAACGUCAAGACCACAGAUAAUUCCUGUGUCUUGGAGGUGCUCAACAGUGACCGGCUAGAAGCAGCAGGCAGAUAUUCCUGCGAAAUCUCUAACUCUGAGAACACCGCUAUCUGUUAUGCACAGGUCAAACUAGAACCUGUGCGCUUUGUGAAAAAGCUGAAGGAUAUGACCUUUAGGGUUGGCCAGCCUCUGAAGCUUCAGGUUACGUACACAGGCAGUCAGCACGUGUAUGUGAACUGGACAAAAGAUGGCAAGCCAAUCUGGGCUUGCUACAAAUACAACGUCAAGACUACAGACAACUCCUGUGUCUUGGAGGUUCUCAACAGUGACAGAGAAGAGGCUGCUGGGAGAUAUUCCUGUGAAAUAUCCAAUGCUAGUAGCUCUGCUAUCAGUCAUGCUCAUAUCAGACUAGAACCUGUGCGCUUUGUGAAAAAGCUUGAAGACACAUCGUACUGUCUGAAAACUCCAUUGUGUCUAAAGUGCACAUACACUGGCAGUCAGCAAGUGCAUGUGAGCUGGAUGAAGGACGGCAAGCCAAUCUGGGCCUCGUACAAAUACAAUGUCAAGACCACAGACUCCACAUGCGUUUUAGAAGUCCUCAACAGUGACAGAGAAGAAGCGGCAGGGCUCUAUUCCUGUCAAGUUUCUAAUGCAGAAGGUUCCGCCUUGUGUGACGCGUAUGUCAUUUGUAAAACCUCUAAGAAAGAACCUGCUCGCUUCAUCAGGAAGCUGGAAAACACCAUGUUCCGAGUUGGCAAACCACUGACACUUAGAGUUGCGUUCACUGGUAGCCAAAGACUGAAUGUGAGCUGGAAGAAAGAUGGGAUGCCAAUUUGGGCCUCUUAUCAGUACAACGUCAAAACCACAGACUGUGGCUGUGUGCUGGAAGUCCUCAACAGUGACCGAGAAGAAGCUCGUGGAAGAUACACUUGCGAAAUUUCCAACGCUGAAGGCUCUGAUAUCUGCCAUGCUUAUGUCAAACUAGAACCUGUAAGAUUCGUGAAGAAACUGGAGGACGUCAACCAUGAGCUGGGUAAACCGCUGAGGCUGGAGUGCACGUACACUGGCAGCCAGAGGGCGUACGUGACGUGGAAGAAGGACGACAAGCUGAUCUGGGCUUCUUACCAGUACAACGUCAAAUCCACAGACUCCUUGUGCAUUCUGGAGGUCCUCAACAGCGACAGAGCUGAAGCGGCGGGAAAAUACAUUUGCGAAAUUUCCAAUGCAGAAGGAACUGACACCUGUCACGCUCAUGUUAAAAUAGAGCGCAAAGUCCCUCCAAACUUCACCAAGAAGCCCUCUGAGUCCAUGAUGGAUUCUGUGGGUAAGACGGUGAAGAUGGAGGGUCGGGUGUCUGGUUCCCAGCCAAUCACCGUCACUUGGUACAAGGACAACAAGGAAAUCUACGGCUCUGACAAAUACGAUGUCAGCUUCAAGAACAACCUGGCCAUGCUGUGUGUCAGAGACUCCUCCAGCUCUGACAGCGGUGUGUACACCUGCGAGGCCUCCAAUGAAGCUGGAAAAGCUUCAUGUCGGGUUUCUCUCUCCAUCUCAGAAACUAGCCAGGCUCCAAAGUUUGAUGUCCCUCUGGAGCCGGUGACAGUGAGCGAGGGUGAGAAGCUGAGCCUCAAAUGCCACGUCAGCGGCACCCCUCCACUUACCAUCCAGUGGAUGAAGGACAGGAGGGAGCUGAAGUCCAGUGGAAACACCAGAAUCACAUUUGUUGGUGGGACAGCCUGUCUGGAGGUUAGCCCAGUCUCAAAAACUGACGGAGGGGAUUACCUCUGCAAGGCCAGCAACGCUACCGGCAGUGACUUCUGCAAGUCCAAAGUCACUGUGAAAGACAAAGGAGCCAAGGCUGCCCCCACAGAGGCUGCCGCCCCAUCUGCUGCUGCCCCAGUCAAAAGGCUGGACAACCUUUUCUUCAUCGAGGAACCUAAAAACAUUUCUGUCACAGAAAAGGGCACCGCAACUUUCAUUGCCAAGAUCGGGGGCGACCCGAUCCCCAGCGUGAAGUGGAUGAAGGGCAAAUGGAGGCAGGUCACCCCCGGUGGUCGUAUCUCCAUCGAGCACAAGGGCCAGGAUGCUAAAAUGGAGAUCAGAGAGGUGACCAAGUCUGACUCUGGUCAGUACAGAUGUGUCGCCACCAACAAACACGGAGAGAUUGAGUGCAGCGCUGAGAUGGAGGUCACCAAGAAGGAGGAAAUGGAAGGAAUUGGAGACAUAAGGACAAGGCUGAAGAAGACUCCCUCGAAGCAGAAGAGUCCCAAGAAAGAGGGAGACAUUGAUAUUGUGGAGUUGCUGAGAGGUCACGACCCCAAAGAUUACGAGAAGAUCCUGCGGGAGCAUGGCAUCCACGACUACCGUGCCAUCCUGCAGGCCGUCGAGUUCCUCAAGAGGGAGAAGGAGAUGCAGUCUGGAAAAGCGGAGGUGGAGCAUGGUGGCCGGGUUGAGGAGGAGGACAUGGCCCGACUCAUCCAGCAGCUGGAGGGACGUGUCGGCACAGAGCCCGUCUCUGUGAUGGAGGACAUCAGCGACCAGACGAUAACCGAGAACCAGAGCGCCACCUUCGAGUGCUGCAUCCGGAUCAACUACCCGGAGAUCACCCUCACCUGGUACAAAGGCACCCAGAAACUGGACAACAGCGACAAGUACAACAUCAGCACCGUGGGCGACCGCCAUUAUCUGAAGAUCACAAACUGCCAGGUCAAAGAUCAGGGCAACUAUCGCGUGGUGUGUGGUCCUCACAUCUCCAACGCCAAGCUCACCGUUACAGAAGAGAAAAAACCUGUGGAAGAGAUUGUUGAGAGGACUCUGAUAAGAGAAGAAGUCCCUAAAGUUCCUGAGGUUCACAGGAGACCAGAGGAGAAACCCUCUGAGCCUGCAGCUCCGCCUCCAGCUCCAGCCAAAGUACCCGAAGCAAAGAAGCCGCAGCCUGAAGUCGCUCCGCCUCGGCGUGAGGAACCUCCGGCCCCAAAAGAACCUUCAGUAUACAUCAAACCAGAACCAGAACAGGACAAAGUGACCGUUCACAGAAAGGUCACUCCUGAACCGCAUCAACCUGAGCCUACAGUGGAGCUAAAAACGGUUCCUCCUGAGCCUAAGGUGGCGGCUCAGAAACCGGCGGCACCUGAGAUGAAAGCCAAAAUUAAGCCUGAACCCAAAGCACUGUCAGUUGAACCUGCCAAGAAAACACCAGAAGCCCCUGAACGGAGAGCUGUAGCCAAACCAGAGGAACUCAUUGUUCAGCCAGUUGCUGCCAAGAUUACUCCACCAAAGAUUGAAGAUAGUUUACCAAAAGUAUCUCACCCAGAGGAGAAGAAACCAUCUGCACCAGCAUCAAAACCUUCACCUCCUCCUCCUGCUCUUGCAGAUAAAGUUGCUCCUCCUGCAGAGGAGAAGAAACCAUCUGCACCUGUACCAAAGCCUUCAGCUUCUGCUGCUCCUGCAGCCAAAGUCGCUCCUCCUCCAGUGUCUCCUCCAGAGGAAAAGAAACCAUCUGCACCAACACCAAAGCCUCCAGCAGAAAAAGUCGUUCCUACUGCAGCUCAAGUUGCACCGGUGGAGAAGAAACCCUCUCCACCAGCCGCAAAGGCUAAACCCUCUCCUGUAUCACAGAAAAUCUCUCCGCCUGAAGACAAGGAACCAGUUUCAGCACCUGGCCCAACUAAAGAUGGAAAACCAACAGAGGAGCCACCGAAAGGCAGAGGCAGAGGAUUUGGGGCGAGACAAACCCCAUCACCUGGUGACGGUGGCAGGGGCCGCGGCCUGAGGCCCGGCGGUAAAGGCCCAUCACCACCAGAGGAACCGUUUGGAGGAUUCAAGUUGAAAGCCGUCCCCCUGAAAUUCGUCAAGAAGAUUCAGGACAUCGUGCUGCAGGAGGCCGAGUCCAUUGGCUCAUCUGCUGUGUUUGAGUGUGAGGUCUCUCCCUCCACUGCCAUCACUUCAUGGAUGAAAGAUGGCAGCAACCUCCGUGAGGGCCCCAAACACAAAUUCACAGCUGAUGGCAAAGACCGCAAGUUGAACAUUAUUGAUGUCCAACUGUCAGACACCGGUGAAUACACCUGUGUGGCCAAGAAUGCCGGCAAGGAAAUAACAUGCACUGCCAAGCUCAUUGUUGAAGAGCUGCCUGUAAAAUGGAUCAAAGAACUGGAGCCAGAAACAUCAUGUAUGAAGGGUCAGCCUAUGUACCUGACCUGUGAGUUGAACAAAGAGAGAGAUGUGAUCUGGAAGCGUAACGGUGCUGUCCUGAAGAAAAAGGCUGGAAAAGUGGCCAUUAAUAUCAUUGGUAUGCAGCACGCUGUGACCAUCCAGAACUCCACUGAAGAAGACGCCGGCGACUACACCUGUGAGGUAGAGGGACAGGAGGACGUUAAGACUACAACCAACGUGAAAGUGAUUGAAAUCAUUAAAGACUGGCUGGUGAAGCCUUUGAGAGACCAGCAUGUGAAACCGAAGGCCAAAGCCCAGUUCAAAUGUGAGCUGUUCAAGGACACUCCCAACUGGAAGUGGUUCAAAGGAGACAACGAGCUCACUCCUUCUGACAAGGUGGAAAUCAACAAAGAUGGAAAGGACAUGACACUUACCAUCAACAACUGCCAGCCCAAUGAUGUCUCAGAUUAUACCAUCGAGGUUGAAGACCGCAGAUACACAGCCAAACUCACGCUGGGAGAACGUGAGGCUGAGAUCUUGAAGCCCCUCUCCAGCGUGGAGGUGGUGGAGAAGGAGGAAGCACACUUUGACACUGAAAUAUCUGAGGAUGACGUAGCUGGUGAAUGGAAACUGAGGGGCCAGGUGUUGAUGAGAUCUCCGACCUGUGACAUUAAGACUGAAGGCAAGAAACGUUUCCUCACGUUGAAGAACGUCCAGUUGGAUCAGGCUGGUGAAGUGUCCUAUCAGGCUCUGAACGCCAUCACCAGCGGCAUGCUCACCGUCAAAGAAAUCGAAAUGGGCUUUGUUGACCCACUGAAGGAUGUUUCUGUGCCUGAAAAGAAACAGGCUAAGUUUGAAUGCACCAUCACCAAGGAGGUGUCAAAGGUUAUGUGGUUCAGGGGGGUGGAGAUCGUCACCCCGAGCCCUAAAUAUGAAAUAAUUGAUGAUGGAAAGAAACACAUGCUGAUCAUAAACAGCUGUGAGUUUGAUGAUGAGGCUCAGUACACCAUCGAAGUGUUGGGCCAGAAAUCGAGCGCUCAGCUGUCGGUGGAAGGCAUGAGGCUCAAAUUUAUGCAGCAGCUUCAGGACCAAACGGUGAAAGAAGGUAUAACGGCUCGCUUUGAGCUCGAGCUGUCGCACGAGAACGUGCCCGUGGUUUGGUACCGAAACGAAGUGAAACUCCACGUGAGCCGAACGGUGCUCACACACGUGGAAGGAAAGAGACACACUCUAGAAAUGAGGAUGUUGUCUCUAGAUGAUACCUGUCUGAUUAAGGCAGAGGCCAAAGGAAUUUACUCCAUGGCAAAACUGACAGUCAUAGAGGGUGACGCCAUCUUCGUGGUCAAGCUGCAGGACUACACAGCCACCGAGAAAGAUGAGGUUACUCUGGACUGCGAACUGAGCAAAGACGUCCCCGUCAUUUGGUAUCGCAGUGAGAAGGAGAUAGUCGCCUCCAAAAUGGUGGUCAUGAAGUCUGAGGGCACUCGCAGGUCUCUGAUCCUUAAGAAAGUGGAGCUGAGCGAUAAAGGCAAAUAUGUAUGUGACUGUGGAACGGACAAAACGUCAGCCAACAUCAAUAUUGAAGCUCGUGACAUUAAGGUGGUUCGGCCGAUUUAUGGCGUGGAGCUGUUUGAUGGAGAGACGGCUCGUUUCGAGGUAGAGAUCUCUGAAGACGACGUCCACGGCCAGUGGAAACUGAACGGAGAAGUCCUCAGUCCGUCCAAAGAUGUUGACAUCAUCGAGGAGGGAGGCAAGCACACGCUGAUCCUUUACAACUGUAAAGUCCCCAUGACCGGAGAGGUGGCGUACGCUGCCGCCAACGCCAAAUGUUCUGCUAACCUGAAGGUCAAAGAACUUCCACUGAACUUCCUCACACCGCUGAGCGACGUUCAGGUGUAUGAGAAGGACGAGGCAAGGUUCGAGAUUGAGCUGUCAAGACCUCCAAAGAGUUUCCGCUGGCUGAAAGGCUCUCAAGAACUGAAGAGUGACGAUAAGUACGAGAUGAUCCAGGAAGGAAACAUGUAUGUUCUGUUGAUCCGAUCGGCCGCCUAUGAUGACGAGGCAAAGUACAUGUUUGAGGCCGAGGACAAGAGGACAACUGGCAAACUGGUCAUACAAGGUAUUCGUUUGGAGUUUGCCAAACCGAUUAAGGAUGUGACAGUGAAGGAACGCGAAACAGCAGAAUUCAGUGUUGAACUCUCCCACGACAAGAUCACGGUGAUCUGGUACAAAAACGACGUCCGUCUGCAUCCCAGCAAGGUGGUCCACAUGUCGGAUCACGGAAAGAUCCACACACUGGCCCUCAAAGAGGUCACUAUUGACGACACAUCCAUGAUCAAAGUGGAGGCCAUGGACAAGACCAUGACCGCCAUGCUCACCGUCAUCGAGGGCGACCUAUAUUUCACCACCAAGCUGCAGAACUACACGGCCGUGGAGAAGGAUGAGGUGAAGCUGGUGUGUGAACUGAGCAAGGCCGUCGCCGAUGUCAAAUGGUUCAAGGACGGGAAGGAGAUCACUCCCUCCAAGAACAUUGCCAUCAGCACCGAUGGCAAGAAGCGCAUCCUGACAGUCAGGAAGGCAGAGAAGGCUAACAUUGGAGAGUAUACCUGCGACUGUGGUUCAGAUAAAACCACAGCAAACCUCAACAUUGAAGAGCGGGACAUCAAGGUUAUUCGUCCGCUGUACAGUGUUGAGGUCACAGAGACAGAAACUGCCAAGUUUGAGACAGAAAUUUCUGAGGAAGAUGUCCAUGGAAACUGGAAACUGAAGGGAGAAGCUCUGCAUCAGUCUGCUGAUAUUGAGAUUAAGGAGGAAGGAACCAAACACAUGCUGAUCCUCUAUAACGUCCGCAUGGACAUGGCGGGAGGUGUCGACUUCUCAGCAGCCAACGCCAAAUCCAACGCUCAGCUCCGAGUGAAAGCUCGCUCCAUCGGGCUGCUGCAUCCUCUGAAGGACGUGACGGUGACGGCUGGAGAGACAGCGACCUUCGAGUGCGAGCUGUCGUACGAGGGCAUCACAGUGGAGUGGUUCCUGGGAGGAAAGAAGAUGGAGGCCAGUGACCGGGUGAAGACUCGGGUGGCCGGUUGCAUUCACACUCUGACUAUCAGAGACGUGAAGCUGUCGGAGGCCGGGGAGGUCAAAAUGACCUCCAAAGACUUCCUGACUCAGGCUCAGCUCAUCAUCAGAGAGCCGCCGGUGGAGUUCACAAAGCCUCUGGAGGACCAGACGGUGGAGGAGGAGGCCACUGCCACGCUGGAGUGCGAAGUUUCCAGAGAGAAGGCCGACGUUUGCUGGUUCAGAGAGGGACAGGAGAUCAGAAAGACCAAGAAGUAUGACCUGAUCGUCGACGGACGUAAGAGAGCCCUGGUCAUCCAUGACUGCACUCCGGACGACGCAAAGAUGUACACAUGUGACGCCAAAGAGUUUAAGACUUCCUGUUUCCUGGAGGUUACACCUCCUCAUGUGGAGUUCACGAAGCCUCUGCAGGACGUGGAGGUCAAAGAGAAAGAAUCUGCUAAGUUUGAAUGUGAAGUGUCCCGCGAGUCUGCCAAGGUUCGCUGGUUCAAGGACGGCAGCGAGAUCAGGAAAGGAAAGAAGUAUGAGAUCGUCGCUAAGGGAGUCCAGAGGAUCCUCAUCGUCCACAAGUCGGUGUUUGACGAUGAGGCCGAGUACGAAUGUGACGCCAGGACCUCCAAGACCUCUGCAUUACUUACUGUCAUCGAGGAGGCAGCCAGGUUCACCAAGAACCUGUCCAAUGUGGAGGGAAUGGAGACGGACAGUGUGAAGAUGAUCUGCGAGGUGUCCAAGGCCAGUGCGGAGGUCACGUGGUACAGAGGAGAAGAGGAGCUGCCAGAGGGUGGCCGCUACGAGCAGAUCAUGGACGGACGCAAGAGGAUCCUAAUCAUCCAGGACCUGAGGUUGGAGGAUGCUGGAGAGUACAACUGCAGGCUGAGUCCAACCGUCAAAACGUCUGCCACACUCAAACUCAACGAACUUGCAGCCGAAUUCAUCGCCCGUCCUCAGAACCAGGAGGCGGUGGAGGGCGAGAAGGCCGAGUUCACCUGCUCUGUUUCCAAAGAAACCUACGAGGUAAAAUGGUUCAGAGGUGACAAGGAGCUUGAGUCCGGGGACAAAUAUACCAUCAUCAGCGAAGGAAAGAGAAGAGCUCUUAUUGUGAAAAACUGCGAACUGAAGGAUGAGGGAGGCUACGUUGCCCACAUCGGGAGCGUUAAAGCCUCGGCCGAUCUGUAUGUGAUUGAAAAACUGAGGAUCAUCACACCGAUUAAAGACACGGAGGUGAAGGAGGGAAGUGAGAUCGUGUUCAACUGUGAGACGAACACAGAGGGAGCGAAGGCCAAGUGGCUGAAGAACGAGGAGACCAUAUUCGAGAGCAGCAAGUACAUGAUGGCUCAGAGGGACAAUGUCUUCUCUCUGAGGAUCAGAGAUGCCCAGAAGGCCGACGAGGCCAGCUACACCAUCAACCUGACCAAUCAGAGAGCAGAGCAGGCCAAAUGCACUGCCAGAGCUAAAGUCGCAGAGGAGAAGCUGAGAUUCCUGGACCCCAUCGAGGACAUCGAGACUCAGGAGAAGAAGACCAUCAGCUUCAUCUGUAAGGUGAACCGGCCAGAGGUGACAGUGAAGUGGAUGAAGGCCGGCCAGGAGGUGACGCUCAGCAAACGCAUUGUCUACAGAGUCGACAACCUCAAACACAGCCUGACCAUCAAGGACUGUGUGAUGGACGAUGAGGGCGAGUACACCGCCGUGGUCGGAGACGACAAGUGCGCAGCCGAGCUGAUUAUCAGCGAGGCACCGACAGACUUCACGGCACAGCUCAAAGACCAGACCAUCACAGAGUUCGAGGAUGCCGAGUUCACCUGCAAGCUGAGCAAGGAGAAGGCUGUGGUGAAGUGGUACAGGAAUGGACGGGAGAUCAGAGAAGGACCCAGAUAUCACAUGGAAAAAGAAGGCAAGGUGUGCAGACUGAUCAUCAAGGUAUGCAGACCUGAUGAUGAAUGUGAAUACGCCUGUGGUGUGGAUGAGAGGAGGACCAGAGCCAGGCUCUUUGUUGAAGAGACCCCAGUGGAAAUUGUCAGACCUCCUCAGGACAUGUUCGAACCUCCGGGCUCAGACAUUGUGUUCGAGGUGGAGCUCAACAAAGACAGAGUGGAGGUGAAGUGGAUGAGGAACAACAUGAUCAUUGUCCAGGGAGACAAAUACCAGAUGAUCAGCGAGGGUAAAAUCCACAGACUGCAGGUCUGUGAGAUCAGACCUCGGGAUCAGGGAGAGUACAGGAUUGUGGCCAAAGACAAGGAUGCCAGAGCCAAGCUUGAGCUGGCAGCUAUUCCAAAGAUCAAAACUACUGACCAGAAUCUGGUAACGGAUGCCGGUAAGCCUUUCGUGAUGAGCGUGCCUUAUGACGCAUACCCUCGUGCAGACGCUGAGUGGGUCUUUGCGGGCACCAGUCUGCCUGUGCAGAACAUUGACACCUCCAUCGAUAAGACUGAGUACCGCCUAAAGAGCCCCAGCAAGGAGGACCAGGGCCAGUACAAGGUGGUGAUCAAGAACAAGCAUGGCGUGGGAGAGGCAUUCAUUAACUUGGAUGUGAUUGACGUCCCCGGACCCAUCAAGAACCUGAGAGUCGUCGACACCGCCGAUGGUGAAGUCAGUUUGGCCUGGGAGGAACCUGAGAGCGAUGGCGGAAGCAAGAUUAUCGCCUAUGUGGUGGAGAGACGAGAUGUGAAGCGUAAGACCUGGACCUUGGCUACAGGCCGUGCUGAUACCCCAGAGUACUGUGUCAGCGGCCUCCAGAAGGACUCCAUGUACCUGUUCAGAGUCUGCGCCCGAAACAGAGUCGGCAGCGGACCCCUUGUUGCCCUCGAGGAUGCCGUCCAGGCCAAGAACAAGUUUGACGUUCCCGAUGCUCCGGAGAACGUAGCAGUCGCAACGGUGAACAGGUUUGGUGCCACUGUCACUUGGGAGCCUCCCAGGUUCGACGGCGGCUCUGAGAUCACCGCCUAUGUGAUUGAGCUCCGUGACAGGACCUCCGUGAAGUGGGAGGCAGCCAUGGUCUGUGGAGCCAAUGACCGCUCAGCAGCACUUAAUGACGUGGUGGAGAACAAGGAGUACAUUUUCAGAGUCCGAGCCGAGAACAAGGCCGGCACUGGCAGGCCCAGCGCUGCGACCAACCCAGUCAAGAUAAUGGAUCCCAUUGAGAGGCCGAGCCCGCCUCUGAACCUGAACUUCAGUGACCAAGUCAAAACAGCAGUCACACUCACCUGGGAGACGCCCACCAGCAAUGGCGGCAGCAUGAUCACCGGCUACAUCAUUGAGAAAUGCGACGACGGCAUCUACAAGUGGCUCCGCUGCAACGCCAGACUUUGUCAGGACCUCUCUUACCGGGUGUCUGGUCUGAAACCGGGUCAGAAGUACUUUUACAGAGUUUGUGCUGAGAACGCCGCCGGUGUCUCCGAUCCAGCCGAGCAACUCGGACCGCUGCUCGCCGAUGACCCUCAUAUCGGUCCAACCUUUGACCUGAGUGCGUUCCGAAACGGUCUGGAGGUGAUCGUCCCUCAGCCUCUCACCAUCAGAGUCCCCAUCACCGGAUACCCAACCCCCGUCCCCACGUGGACCUUCGGAGAGAAGAAGCUGACCACCGCAGACGAUCGCGUCUCUAUGGUGACAAAGCCCACGUACACAGAGCUGACAGUCGUGCCGAGCGUCCGUCCAGACAAAGGCACCUACGCCCUGCAGCUGGAGAAUGACGUUUCAUCUGUCUCUGGAGAGAUCGAAGUCAACGUCAUUGCAUGCCCCAGUGCUCCCAAAGACUUCAAGGUGGCUGAAGUAACCCGACAACACGUCCACCUGAUGUGGGAGGCUCCAGAGCACGAUGGAGGAAGUCCGGUCACCCACUACCAGAUCGAGAAGAGAGAAGUGUCUCGCAAGACCUGGGCCAAGGUUGCAACCGGCAUCAUGGACCUGGAGCACACAAUAACAGACGUAAUUGAAGGAAAGGAGUAUUUGUUUAGUGUUACCGCCUGCAACAAGUGUGGACCCGGAGAGCCGGCAUAUAUUGACGAGCCCGUCAAUGUCUCCUCUCCUGCCACUAUACCCGAUCCUCCUGAGAACCUGAAGUGGCGCGACAAGAGCAGCAAGAGCAUCUUCCUGUCCUGGGAGCCUCCGAAGUACGAUGGUGGUGCCCCAAUCAAAGGCUACGUGGUGGACAAGUGUCAGCGUGGUACUGAUAAGUGGGAACCCUGUGGUGAUCCCAUCCAAGAAUUGAAGUUCCAGGUGACUGGCCUGAUCGAGGGUCAGUGGUAUGCCUACAGAGUCAGAGCUUUCAACAAACUGGGAGCCAGCCGACCAUGCCGGGCCACCGAUGAGAUCCAGGCCGUCGAUGCCAGAGAGCCUCCAGAGAUCCAGCUAGAUGUGAAGCUUCUGGCUGGUCUGACCGCCAGGGCUGGUACCAAGAUCGAGCUUCCCGCCGAUGUCAAAGGAAAGCCUGAUCCCCGGGUGAAGUGGACAAAGGCUGACCUGGUCCUGCGGGCAGAUGACCGCAUUACCAUCGACACCCAGCCGGGACACUCCAAGCUGUCCAUUGCUAAAACCACUAGAGGAGACACAUCCACCUACAUCAUCGAGGCAGUCAACGCCUGCGGACGUGCCACUGCCACCAUCGAUGUCAACAUUCUUGAUAAACCCGGCCCUCCAGCUGCCUUCGACAUCUCAGAGAUCACCAACGAGUCAUGUUCCCUGGCAUGGAACCCUCCCAGGGACGACGGCGGCUCACCCAUCACUAACUACAUUGUGGAGAGUCGGCAGACAGACAAAGAGGAGUGGGUGAAGCUGUCAGCCACGGUGAAACACACCACUUUCAAGGCCUGCAAGCUCACAGCUAUGAAGGAGUACAUUUUCAGGAUCAGCGCUGAGAACCAGUACGGCAUUGGCGAACCUGCAGAGCAUACUCCAAUCAUUGCGAAGUAUUCCUUCGAUCCUCCUGGUCCUCCAACCAGAGUUACACCCUCUGACAUUGCGAAGGAUGCUGUGACACUGACCUGGUUCGAGCCGGAUGAGGACGGCGGCAAUCCUAUCACCGGAUACUGGGUUGAGAAGUUUGAUCCAGAGAGUGACAAGUGGAUCAGAUGCAACAAACUGCCCAUUAAGGACACAACCUUCAGGGUGAAGGGACUUCCCACCAAGAAGAAGUACCGCUUCCGUGUUCUGGCUGAGAAUCUGGCUGGACCUGGAAAACCAAGCACAGAGACCGAUCCCGUCCUCAUCAAAGAUCCCAUUGACCCUCCAUGGGCUCCUGGUAAACCUGUCAUCAGGGACAUUGGCAAGACCACAGCCCUACUGGCAUGGACCAGGCCGGAGCAUGAUGGCGGGGCAAAGAUCGAAGGCUACAUCAUCGAGUUCCAGAAGACUGGAAGCGAGGAAUGGAUCCGCAUCGCAGAGGACAUUCCUCAGACUGAGCACCAGCUGCAAGGCCUGAUGGAGAAGCAGGAGUACUCAUUCCGGGUCAAGGCUGUAAACAAAGCCGGCGAGAGCGAACCCAGUGAGCCCAGCGACCCUGUGGUCUGCAAGGAGAGACUUUACCCUCCGUCCGCCCCCCAGUGGCUGGAGGUGAGUAACAUCACAAAAAUCAAUGCCGACCUGAAGUGGCAGGCUCCCAGCAGCGAUGGAGGCUCGCCUAUCACUAAUUACGUGGUAGAGAAGAGGGAUGUGAGGCGUAAGGCCUGGCAGUCUGUCGACACCACCGUCAAAGAGCUCAAGUACACGGUCACUCCUCUUAAUGAAGGAUCGCUGUACGUGUUCCGUGUUGCUGCAGAGAAUGCCGUGGGAAUGGGUGAAUUCUGCGAGCUAGAGGACGCAGUGCUCGCCAAAGACACUUUCACAACUCCUGGACCUCCUUAUGCCCUGACAGUGGUAGAGGUCACCAAGAGACACGUGGAACUGAAAUGGGAAGCUCCCAAGAGCAACGGUGGAAGACCCAUAACCAAGUAUGUAAUUGAGAAGAAAGAGAAGCUGGGAACUCGCUGGCUGAAGUGCUGCAAGACUCCAGACAGACAGACUCAGUUCAAGGUGACAGAUGUGGACGAAGGGUCUGAGGUGCAGUUCCAGGUCAGAGCUGAGAACGAGGCUGGAGUCGGAGAUCCAAGUGAACCCACCGAGAUCCUCACCAUAGAGGAUGCAACUAGUGCUCCAUCUCCUCCUCUGGAAGUGACCAUCCCUGAUGCCAGCAGGGAGCACAUCAACGUCACCUGGAAACCUCCAGCUAAAGAUGGAGGCUGCCCGAUCACCGGCUACCAUGUGGAGGUGGCCGAGGCCCGUCCUGAGCUAAAGUGGCUCAGAGUCAACAACAGACCUAUCAAGGAGCUCAACUUCAGGAUUGAUGAUGGAAUCAAACCAGAGAAAAAGUACGUCAUCAGGGUCCGUGCCAUCAACUCUGUUGGUGUAAGCGAUCCCUCUGAGAUCUCCGACAAGGUCUUCACCAAGGAUCCCGACUGUGCUCCAACCAUAAAUUUGGAGGCACAGGAUGUGGUCGUGAUUGAGGGUGAGAAGCUGCACCUGAACAUCCCCUAUAGGGCAAUCCCAACACCCAAGAUGGUUUGGCAGAAGGACACAGUGGAGUGCAAGCCUGACAACCGGCUCUCUAUGACGGUAGAGAUGAACAGCGCUCACCUGGAGCUGCUUAAGUGCACACGUGCCGAUGCCGGCGCCUAUGCCAUCACCCUGGAGAACAGUCUGGGAACUGCCACCGGGACCAUCAAUGUCAAAGUCAUCGGCCUCCCCGGUCAGUGUAAGGACAUCACCUCCAGCGAACCCACCAAGAACUCCUGCAAGAUUAGCUGGGAAGCCCCAGAGGAUGAUGGUGGCACCCCGAUUGUCAGCUACACCCUGGAGCGCCGCGAGGCCUCCAAGAAGACCUACAUGCCUGUCAUGUCGGGAGAAAACAUCCUGACCUACACCGUCAAAGACCUCUAUGUCAACUGCGAGUACUACUUCAGAGUAAAGGCCCUCAACAAGGUCGGAGCCGGAGAAUAUCUAGAGCUACGUAACCCAGUCAUCACAGAGGAAGUCAAACAGAAACCAGACCCACCCAUCCAGGUGGAGGCUUGUGAUCCAACAUCCAAGUCCAUUACUGUCACCUGGAAGGCUCCCGACAACGACGGCGGCUGUCCCAUCCAAGGCUACAUCGUGGAGAAGAUCGAGAAGGACGGCGACCGCUACGAGAAGGUCACCCCAAGUCUGGUCCCCGGUUUCUCAUUCGUGGUGACAGGUCUAAAGGAGGACAUGGAGUACCAGUUCAGGGUCCGAGCCGAGAAUGCCGCUGGAGUCAGUGAGCCGUCUCGCAGCACACAGCCCAUUAAGGCUGCAGACCCCGUUGAUAAGCCUAAGGUCACCCUCCAUGCCCGUGUGCAGUCCGGUUUGUGCAUUAAGAAGGGUGAGGAGAUCCGAAUUGACGCCUACAUCUCCGGCUCCCCUUAUCCCAAGGUCACCUGGCUGAGGGAAAAUGAGGACGUCACCAAAGAGCCAACCAAAAAGAUCAUCCCUGUGGUCAAGAAGAAGACCAAGGCCAAGGUUCCUGAACCAGUUGAGGAGUUCACUACUCCACUGCGUGAGCGUCUGGGUCUGGAUCAGACCAAGAAGGGUCACUCUGUGGUGAUGAUCCGCGAUGCUGUCAGAACCGAUCAUGGCACCUUCACCAUCCAGGUCGAGAACACUCAUGGUGUUGCCAAUGCGUCCUGCUUCGUCAACGUCCUUGACAAACCCGGCGCUCCAAUCAACUUCACCUUUGAUGAGAUCAGGAACACCUCCGUCAUCUGUAACUGGGAGCCUCCCGAGGACGAUGGUGGCAGCGAGAUCCUGAACUACAUCCUGGAGAAGAAGGACAACAAGAACGAUGAGAUUGGUUGGAUCACCAUCACCUCAACCCUGAAGGGCACCAGCUGCCCCAUCACCAAACUCAUCGAAGGGAAGGAGUACAUCUUCAGAGUCACCGCUGAGAACAAGUUCGGCUGUGGGCCACCGUGUAUCUCUGAGCCACUGGUCGCCAAGAACCAGUUUGAUCCUCCUGAUGCUCCCAACACUCCCAGAGUCCACGAGGUGACCGCAAACAGUGCCCACAUAUCCUGGCAUGAGCCAAAGGAUAACGGCAGCCCGAUCCUGGGCUACUGGAUCGAGAGAAAGGAGGUGAACAGCAAACACUGGACCCGAGUCAACCGUGCCCUCCUAAAUUCUCUGGAGGUGAAGAUCACUGGCCUGAUGGAGGGACUCACCUACAUCUUCAGGGUGUGUGCCGAGAACCUGGCCGGCCCCGGGCCCUUUAGCGAGCCCAGCGACCGCACCAUUGCCAUGGACGCCAUCCUGCCUCCUGGUCCCCCCACACCAUGGAUUGUGGACACUGGGAAGGACUCUAUCAUCGUGGCCUGGAAGCCCCCUCUGUACAACGGUGGAGGAGACAUCCUGGGAUACCAUGUUGAGAAGGUUUUGGCUGGAGAGAAGGAGUGGACUCGCAGCACAGAGUUCAGGUGUAAAGAGCUGACUUACACUGUGACGGGUCUGACUGAGGGAGCAGAUUAUUACAUCCGAGUCUUAGCCGUCAAUGACGCCGGUCCUGGAGCUCCCGGUGUGACCGAACCUGUCACUGUCACAGAGCCUCAAGAAACUCCCAAUGUGGACUUUGAUGUCUCUGUGAAGAACGGCGUCAUCAUCAAGGCCGGAGAGCCCCUGAAGCUUCCUGCCAUGGUGACCGGCCGUCCCCAGCCCGAAGUCAAAUGGGCUAAAGAUGAAGCCGAACCUGACAAGGAGCGAAUGAUCGUGGAAACGGAGGGCAGGAACAGCACUCUGUUCAUCAAGAAGGCUGUAAGGUCAGAUCACGGAAAGUACCAGAUCACCGGCACCAACAGCAGUGGCACCAAGACAGCAGAGACCAGAGUGGACGUUAUGGAUGUGCCCGGACCAGUGGUCGACUUGAAGACUGUUGUGGUGACCAAGAAGAACAUCACCCUCACCUGGUCCGACCCUGUGGACAACGGCGGCAGCGACAUCAUCGGCUACGAGAUCCUGAGGAAGGACGCCAAGAUGAAACUCUUCCGCCAGCCCAUUGAGACGGCAUCCUGCAAGUGCGACAUCCAGGGCCUACUGUCCGGCGAGGAGUACGACUUCAGGGUCGUUGCCAGGAACAAGUACGGUGACGGAGCUCCAGCUGACAUUGGACCCAUCCUGGCCGAGGAUCCAAAAGGUACUCCAUCUGCUCCCGAGAAACUGCACUACACCGACAGAAGCACGACCACUAUCACCCUGGCUUGGCAGCCGCCUCGCACUGAUGGUGGCAGCCCAAUCAGAGGCUACUACGUUGAGAAGAUGAGGUCGGACAGCAAUGAAUACGAUGUGGCAAACCGCAAGAUCUUCACAGAGUGUUGCGGGACCAUUGAGAACCUGUCUGAGAACCAGGAGUACCAGUUCCGUGUCAAAGCUGUGAAUGAGGUCGGGGACGGAGAUCCCUCCAAGCCCAUCACUGUCAGGAUCCAGGAUGAUGAAAUCGCACCAGUUAUCACCAUCCUGAAGUUCUUCAAGAGCAACGCCAUCAUUGUGAAAAAAGGCUCGGCCAUCGACAUCCCAGCAGAGGUGAAGGGACUUCCUCUGCCAACGCUCCAAUGGAUGAAGGACGACGUGGUGAUCGAGAAGCCUGAUGAAGAGAAGAUGACGAUGGAGACUGAGGAGGUGGACCGGACGACUCUGAAGACUAAGAUUGCCAUCCCAGUCACAAUCAGACAGGACAAGGGCAACUACAAGCUGGUGGCUGAAAACUGCUACGGCAAAGCACAGCAUGUCAUCCGAGUCGAGAUCCUCGACCGCCCUCUUCCUCCAAGGAACGUUGUGGUCUCAGACAUCAAGGCAGACUCGUGCUACCUGACCUGGGACGCCCCAGAUGACAAUGGAGGCAGUGAGAUCACCAACUACAUUGUGGAGCGUAGGGACGCCAGCAAGAAGAAGUCCGACUUUGAGGUUCUGACUAUCAACCUCAUCGACAGGAGAUUUGGGGUCUACAAACUGAACUUGAACGGUACCUACCAGUUUAGGAUCAAAGCUGAGAACAAGUAUGGCGUCAGCGACGGCUGCGAUUCAGAGAAAGUCCAACUCAGGGAUCCAUUCGGCCUCCCCGGACCUCCACGUAAUCCUAAAAUAAUUGCCGCCACAGCAACCACCAUGACCCUGACCUGGGAUCCUCCCCUCGACAACGGCGGCUCCACCAUCCAGGGAUACUGGCUGGAGAAGAGAGAGCGCGGCGCCGUAUACUGGGGUCGCGUCAACCGAGCUCCAGUCACCAAACCCGCAGUAAAGGGUCUGCAGUACACCGUACUCAGGCUCAUCGAAGGAACUGAGUACCAGUUCAGGAUUGCAGCCUCCAACGCUGCGGGAGUCGGGCCACCCAGCGAGGCCUCUGAAUGCCGCUUUGCUGUGGAUCCAUGCAACUGUCCCAGCCCACCUGCUUCCCCCGAGGUUAAAGACAAAACCAAGAGCAGCAUCACGCUCAAGUGGAGCCCACCGGACAAAGACGGUGGCAGCCCCAUCAAGGGUUACAUCAUUGAGGUCCACGAGGAGGGCUCUCCCGAUUGGAGGAGGGUGAAUCCUGCCGACAAGCUCCACCCAUCCACGGAAAUCACUGUCCCCGACCUGAAAGAGGGCAAGAAGUGCAAGUUCAGGAUCUACGCCGUGAACGCUGCUGGAAACUCAGAGCCCGCCAAGACAGCCGAUAUCCUGGUUCAGGACAUCCUGAUCGAGCCGACGGUGACUCUGGAUGUGAGUGCUCCCGACCUGCUGAACUGCAGAGCCGGAACACCCAUCAGGAUUCCCGCCACUAUCACAGGACGCCCUGUUCCCAAAGUCACCUGGACCUUCGAUGGAACUGCAGAGUCCGAGAAGAAGAACGAACUCCACACACUACCCGUUGACUCAGAGAUCCACUCCACUGACACAACCUCAGUGGUCACGAUCCCGGAGAGCAAACUGAGCCACAGUGGCCGAUACAUCAUCAAUGCAGAGAGCCCCGCUGGACACAAGGUGGUCAAAGUCAGAGUCAAUGUGCUAGACCUGCCUGGACCUCCAAGAGACCUGAAGGUCAGCGACGUGACAAGGGGAACCUGUAGACUCACCUGGAAAGCUCCAGAGAGCGAUGGAGGAGAAAGAGUAAAGAGCUAUUUCAUCGAAAAGAAGACAGUGGAUGGAAAAGCCUGGACUAAGGUGAACCCGGCCUGUGCUGCUCAGUCUCUGGUGGUUCCAGACCUGAUCAAUGGUCAGGAGUACCUGUUCCGUAUCCGCGCUGAGAAUCGCUUCGGCUUCGGCCCGUACACCGAGACUGUUGAGGGAACCAAAGCCAGAGAUCCAAUCCAUCCUCCUGAUCCUCCAACAAGGUUGAAGAUCCAGAGCGUGAGGAAGGGCACGGUGACUUUGACCUGGAAGGCUCCAAAGAAUGACGGCGGUUCACCUGUCACACACUACAGCGUUGAUCUGCUGUGCUGGGAAGCCAGCGGCACCCAGAAGGAGUCGUGGAGGAGGUGUAAUAGGAGAGACGUGGACACCACCAGGUUCGAGGUGGAGGACCUGACCGAGGGAGACGAGUAUGAGUUCAGAGUGGUGGCGUACAACCAGGCUGGAGCAAGCCGACCUUCAUCCACAGCCGGACCCAUUGUCAUCCAGGACCAGACCUGCGCUCCAUCCAUCGAGUUGAAGGAGUUCAUGGAGGUCGAGCAGGGCUCCGACAUCAGCAUUGUAGCCAAGAUCCGUGGCUGUCCAUUCCCCACGCUCACCUGGUAUAAGGCUCCGCCCCACAAGUCUGACGACAAGGUGGAAGUCCAGUACGACGAGCACAUCAACAAGAUUGUGUCCGAUGAGAGCUGCACGCUGCUCAUCCAGCAGGGCAAACGUCUCGACACCGGCCUGUACACACUGGUGGCCUCCAACAGCCUUGGCAAGGCCGCCAAGGAGAUGAGGCUCAACGUGCUCGGCCGGCCCGGUCCUCCCUCCGCUCCCAUUAAGUUUGAGGAGAUCGGAGCCGAGAGGAUAACACUCUCCUGGUUGCCGCCAAAGGAUGACGGUGGCUCUAAAGUCACAAACUAUGUCAUCUGGAGGCGCGUGGCCAACAGGAAGACCUGGGUGCCCGUCACCAAUGAGCCCAAAGAACGGAUCUGGACAGUGGAGAACCUGAUGGCGGGACACGAAUAUGUGUUCCGCAUCAUGGCCCAGAACAAGUACGGAGUUGGAGAGCCACUGGACAGCGAGCCAGAGGUCGCGCGAAACCUCUUCUCUGUUCCCGGUCAGUGUGAGAAGCCAACGGUCACCAACGUCACCAUGGACUCCAUGACCGUCAAUUGGGAGGAGCCGGAGGAUGACGGUGGCACCCCGAUCACCGGCUACUGGCUGGAGCGUAAAGAGACAACAGGCAAGCGCUGGACACGCGUCACGCGCGACCCCAUCCGUCCCAUGGGAAUGGGCGAGUCGUUCGUCGUGAGCGGACUCAUUGAGGGCUCCCAGUACCUCUUCAGAGUGUCCGCCAUUAACACCGCAGGACUGGGACUCGCCAGUCCUCCCACAGACCCUAUCUUUGCCAGAGACCCCAUCUCCCCGCCCUCUCCUCCAACCCCAAAGAUUUCUGAUUGGACAAAGUCCACAGUGGAUCUGGUGUGGAUUCCUCCUCUGAAGGAUGGAGGCUCCAAGAUCAUCGGAUACUGGGUGGAGUAUAAGGAGGAGGGCACUGAGGCCUGGGUUAAGGCCAAGGAGACCGAAAUCCGCGGCACCCGACUUGUUAUCACCGGUCUGAAGACUGGUGGUAAGUACAAGUUCAGGGUGAUUGCCUUCAAUGUUGCUGGUAACGGCGAGCCAGGAGAAGUCCCAGAGGUGCUCGAGGUCAACGACAGAACCAUUGCUCCUGAGGUCGACCUGGACGCCUCGGUAAAGGAGAGGAUGGUGGUCCAUGCUGGUGGCGUGAUCCGUAUCAUUGCCUACGUGUCAGGCCAGCCGUCCCCUGACAUCACCUGGAGCAGAGAUGGAGCUGCACUGCCUCCUGAGGCUAAAGUGGAGACAACAGCGAUCAGCUCAUCACUGGUGAUCAAACCCUGCACCAGGAGACACCUCGGCGUCUACACACUGACCGCCAAGAAUGCUGGCGGGGAGAAAACAAAGAACAUCACUGUUGAAGUUCUGGACGUUCCUGGACCCGUUGGCAUCCCCUUCACCGCCGAGAACCUGAGCAGCGAAUCCUGCAAGCUCAACUGGUACUUCCCAGAGAACGACGGUGGUUCUCCCAUCAGUAACUACAUCAUCGAGAAGCGUGAGGCUGAGCGUAAGGCCUGGACCUCACUGUCCUUCACCGCCAGCAGACAGAACGCCGUGGCUCAAGGGCUCACCACCGGAAAGUCCUACUUCUUCAGAGUGGCUGCAGAGAACGCCAUCGGCAUUGGACCCUUCAUGCAGACCGCAGCCGAGAUUAUCAUCAAGGAACCAAUCAGUGUGCCCGACCGCCCAGAGGAGCUUGAAGUCACCAAGGUAACCAAGGAUUUGAUCAGCGUCACCUGGAAGGCACCAAAGUUUGACGGUGGUUCAGAGAUCACCAUGUACAUCCUGGAGGCGCGUAUGAUCGGCAAAGACAAGUACACCAGACUGACAAAGGAGAAGCUGAUGGAAAGGAAGUAUACCUAUGAUGGCCUGAGGGAGGGUGACACCUAUGAGUUCAGGGUCAUGGCUGUCAACGAGGUCGGCCCUAGCAAGCCAUCAUUCAGCACCAAACCCAUCACCUGCAAGGACGAACUGGAGCCGCCAACCAUCGAGCUGGACUUCCGUGAUAAGAUAAUAAUUCGUGUGGGUGAGAGCUGCCUGCUGCAGGGCCGCUACACCGGUAAACCUUCUCCAUCCAUUGCGUGGUACCGAGAUGAUGAUGAGCUGAAGGCCGACAAACACAUUAUGUUCAAGAACACGCUGACCACCAUGUCGCUUGGCCUAAUGAAGGCGCAGCGCGAGCACAGCGGCAGAUAUGUGGUAGUGGUUGAGAACAGUACCGGAUCUAGGAAGGGAGUCUGCAACAUCACGGUUGUCGACCGCCCGACCCCUCCUGUUGGCCCAGUGGUGUUUGAUGAGGUUCACAGAGAGUACAUGGUAAUCUCCUGGAAACCUCCUCUGGACAGCGGCGGCGUUGAUGUCUCUAAUUACAUCAUUGAGAAGAGAGACACCAACAGAGACAUGUGGACCACAGUGACGUCCGCCACCACCAAGACUACAUGCAAGAUCCCUAAGCUAACUGAGGGCAGGGAAUACAUCAUGAGGAUCUCUGCUGAGAACAUGUACGGCAUCAGUGACCCUCUGGAGUCCGAGGAGAUGAGAGCCAAAGAUCUCUUCAGAGUCCCCGAGGCCCCUGAUAUGCCAACGGUCAGAGAGGUGUACGCCACCAAUGCUCUGGUGCUGUGGAACCGUCCUCGCGACGGCGGAAAACCCAUCACCAAUUACAUCCUAGAAAAGAAGGAGCCCACAGCUAAGAGGUGGUCCAGAGCCACCAGAGAGCCACUGUACCCGGCAACUCAGUACCAAGUGCAGGACCUGGUGGAGGGCUGCGAGUAUGAGUUCAGGGUGAUGGCCGAGAACGAGCUGGGAACUGGAGACCCCAGUGAACCCUCCAAACCCAUCCUUGCCAAAGAUCCCAUCGUGCGUCCCAGCCCUCCAGUGACCCCCGAGGCCUACGAUAAGACCAAGGACUCAGUUAGCCUGAAGUGGAAGAUGCCCCGCCAUGAUGGAAAAGGCCGGAUCUUCGGUUACCUUGUCGAGUACCAAAGGCCUGGUGCCGUGGAGUGGACCCCAGCCAAUGAGACUCCAGAGCAGUGCCCCGACCUCCACUAUGUGGUGACAGGCCUGACCGAUGGACAGGAGUACAUCUUCAGGAUCUUCACUGUUAAUGCAGCCGGCAAAUCUGACCCUGCCUUGGUUAAACAGCCCAUCAAAGUCCACGACAGACUGGAGGAGCCAGAGUUGCUGCUUGACGCCAACAUGGCACGUGACCACCUGGCCAUGCUGGGCACUGACAUUACCCUGAGCGCCACCAUUAAAGGCGUACCGACACCCACCGUCAGCUGGAAGAAGAACGAUGGUGACGUUCCCGCUCACAUCACUGUUGCUGUCACCGCCACAGGCAGCAAAGUCUUCAUCCCCAAGUCGGUCCGUGCAGACUCCGGCAACUACACCAUCACUGCGGAGAAUGCUGCUGGAAAGAAAUCAGCAACCGUUGCUGUGCUUGUGUUGAACAAACCCACUCCUCCCAGAGAUCUCGUGGUUUCUGAGGUGACCAGCGAGUCUGCCUACCUGACGUGGAAGGCUCCUGAGGACAAUGGCGGCGCUGUCAUCUCCCACUACGUUGUGGAGAAGAAGGAUGUGGCUGCUGAGCAGUGGGUGCCCGUCUCUGCAGCCAAUAAGAAGCCGAGUCUGAUGGCCAUGUACUUGAUGGAAGGAAUCCAGUACAUGUUCAGAGUGGCUGCCGAGAACCAGUUCGGCAGGAGCGACUACGUGAUGACCAAGACACCCAUCAAGGCUCUCGACCCUCUCUAUCCUCCUGGCCCACCGAAGAACCUGCACCACACUGAUGCAGACAAGACAGAAGUUUGGUUGGAAUGGGAGUGGCCUGACCGUACCGGUGGAAGUGAAAUCACCGGCUUCAUUGUGGAGCACCAGGAAGAGGGCCAGACUGACUGGGUAACCUUCAAGACAGUCAGCAACAACCAUGCUCAUGUCACUGGUCUGGUGGAGGGGAAGACUUACCGCUUCAGGGUCAAGUCUCAGAAUGCCAUCGGUAUUAGCAGUCCUGACACCAGCAUUCCCAUCACCUGCCAGGAGAAGACAUUGCCACCAACUAUUGAAGUUGAUGUGAAGCUUAUUGAGGGUCUUGUUGUCAAAGCUGGCAGUACUAUUGUCCUUCCAGCCAAGAUGACAGGAAUCCCUAUUCCCACCGCCAAAUGGAUGACUGAUGGCAAAGAUAUUGUAUCUGAGGGCCGCUAUAACAUUGAGUCUGCUGGAUCCUCCACUAUCCUCACUAUCCCGGAGUGCCAGAGAGGAGACACUGGAGAGUACAUCCUCACUGUGGCUAAUCCUGCAGGUAGCAAGACCGUUGCCCUGCAUGUCACCGUGUUGGCUCUCCCAGGUGCACCCACUGGACCCAUUAACAUCUUGGAGGUCACCCCUGAUUACAUGAUGAUCCAAUGGAGGGCGCCUAAGGAUGAUGGUGGCACGCCCAUCACCAACUAUGUGGUGGAAAAGAAGGAUGUAAAGAAGCCAUGGGAGCCCUGGUCUGUAGUUAGCUCCAGCGGCACCAGCACCAAGGCCAAAGUGCCCAGGCUGGAGAAGGGCCGUGAGUACAUUGUCCGUGUCCGUGCAGAGAACAAGAUUGGCAUUGGUGCAGGACUUGAGAGUCCUCCCACUAUUGCCAAGCACAUGUUCAACCCUCCUGGACCACCAGGCCUGCCUAUGUGCUCUGAUAUCACAGAGAAUGCUGUGACAGUGGAAUGGACCCUGCCUGACUAUGAUGGAGGAAGCCCUAUUAGUGGCUAUGUAAUUGAACGCAGAGAAAUGACAGGAAAGUGGAUCCGUGUCAACAAAACUCCUGUGCUGGACCUCAGAUACAGAGUCUCAGGCCUGUUUGAAGGUAAUAGCUAUGAGUUCAGAGUAUUCGCUGAGAACAUUGCUGGUAUCAGCGAGCCUUCUCCCACCUCUGACCCCAUGAAAGCCACGCGUGCCAUCACCAAACCAGGACCUCCAGGCAAUCCUAAACUGAAAGACUGGAGCAAGUCAUAUGCUGACAUCUGCUGGACCAAGCCUACAAGAGACGGAGGCAGUCCCAUCCUGGGCUAUUUGGUUGAGGCUCAGAAGUCAGGUACUGCCCAGUGGGAUAGAAUCAACAAGGACCUUAUCAAGAUGUGUGCCUACAGAGUACCAGGUCUCAUUGAAGGAAUGGAGUACAGAUUCCGCAUCAGAGCCACCAACAAGGUUGGAGACAGUGAACCCAGGGAACUUACUGAAACUGUCCUAGCAAAGGACAUCCUUGUGCCCCCAGAGGUUGUUGUUGAUGUGUCCUGCCGUGACUCUCUGACAGUCAGGGCAGGUCAGAUCAUAAGUUUGAUUACCAGGGUGAAGGGCAGACCAGACCCCGAGAUCACAUGGACCAAAGAUGCCAGAGCCUUGUCUCGGGACAAGCGCACUGAGAUGAACAACAACUACCCUCUGUGUGAACUGGUCAUCAAUGAUGCAGUCAGGUCAGACUAUGGUAAAUAUGCCAUUGUCGCCAAGAACAGCAGUGGACAGGCACAGGCCACCAUUAUUGUCAAUGUUCUUGACACACCAGGAGCUUGCCAAAACCUGAAAGUAGCGUACAUAACCAAGAACUCCUGCAUGGUGUCCUGGGAAAACCCUGAGGAUAAUGGAGGCACUGAGAUCACUCAGUACAUUAUUGAGUGCCGUCAGCCCAGCCAGAGAGGAUGGACCAUGGUCUCCAAUGACUGCACCAAGCGCCUGAUAAAGGCCCCUCUUACUGAGGGCUGCGAGUACUUCUUCCGUGUCAGCGCAGAGAACAAGAUUGGCGCUGGCCCAUGCACUGAGACCAAGACACCUGUUCUGGCAGUUGAUCCCAUUGAGAAGCCUGGUGAACCCAUUGACUUCCACAUCGCUGAAAUCGGCAAGACCUUCUGCUUCCUCAAGUGGAAGAAGCCAGACUAUGAUGGCGGUAGCCGUAACAUCGCUUAUCAUGUUGAGAAGAAGCCAAAAGAGGCUGAGGAGUGGGAGAGGCUUCACAAGGGUGCCAUCAAGGAGACUUACUUCAUGGCUGACAGGUGCAUUGAAAACCAGAUCUACCAGUUCAGAGUUCAGACAAAGAAUGAGGGAGGUGAGAGCAACUGGGUGACCACAGCUGAAGUCCUGGUUAAGGAACAGCUUGUGGAACCAGAAAUCAAGAUUAAACUGGAUGGAACACUCGUGGUCAAGGCAGGAGACUCAAUUCCUAUUGAGGCAACAGUAAAGGGUAAACCUCAGCCUGAUAUCAAAUGGACCAAGGAUGAAAGCACAGAGGAGAUAAAGAAGAGCCCCAGGCUUCAGAUUGAAACUGGCACUGACUUCUCAAAGCUGCUGCUUACUGGCGCCAGGCGCACUGACAGUGGGAAAUAUGUUGUUUCUGCCUCCAACAGUGCAGGAACCUGCUCUGCUCAUGCAAAGGUCAAUGUCCUGGAUAGACCUGGCCCCAUCAGGGAACUCAAAGUGUCUGGUAUCACCAUUGACAGGUGUAAUCUGGCCUGGGAAGUCCCAGAGGAUGAUGGUGGCUGUGAUAUUUACAACUACAUUAUUGAGAAAUGUGAGACAAAAAGGGGAGUCUGGUCCGUCCACUCCAAUGCUGUCAUCACCAAUAAAGCUAAGGUCACCCGUCUGAUUGAGGGCAACGAGUAUAUCUUCAGAGUUCGUGCUGAGAAUAAGAUGGGUCCUGGCCCUGCAGUGCAGAGUGAGGCCAUUGUCGCUGGCACCCAGUUCAGUGUGCCUGGCGCUCCUGAGGCACCAGAGGUCACCAAGAUUGCCAAAGAAGAGAUGACUGUGGAGUGGUCAGAGCCAGAGAAAGAUGGCGGAAAGCCAAUCACAGGUUAUCUGUUGGAGAAGAGGGAGGAGCAUGCUGUUAGGUGGUCUCCUGUCAACAAGGAUCCAUUGCCUGGAACUCGUUUCACAGUCACUGGACUACUACCCCUCCAUGACUACCAGUACAGAGUAAAGGCUGUCAAUGAAGUUGGCAUUGGCAACCCAAGCAAGCCUUCACGUGCCAUCACUGCCAAGGACACAGUUGAGCCUCCAGCACCACCUACCAACUUGAAGGUCCUGGACAGCACCAAGUCCACUGUCACCCUGGGCUGGACCAAGCCUGUAUCUGAUGGUGGAGCUCCUCUCAUUGGCUAUGUUGUGGAGAUGAGGGCACAGGGAAGCGCCAAGAAAGGAGACGAUAGUUGGAAGAGGUGCAAUGUGGCAGCUCAGCUGGUCGUAUGUGAGUUCACAGUCUCAAGUCUGGACGAGACACUUGUGUAUGAAUUUAGAGUGUCUGCUCAGAACCAAGUGGGCAUGAGCCUGCCAUGCGACCUGGAAGGUGCUGUGAUCCCCAGGGAGAUUCUAGAGGCACCAGAGAUUGACCUGGACGCCAGCCUGAAGCAGGGACUGACAGUGAGAGCCGGCUGUCCCAUCAGACUAUAUGCUACCAUCAGAGGUAGACCACCUCCUAAAGUCACUUGGAGGAGGAUGGGCAUUGACAACGUGGUCAGGAAGGGAAAAGUCGACAUCAUUGACACCAUGACCUUCCUGGUUAUCCCUGAUAGCACCCGUAACGACUCUGGCAAAUACUGUCUGACGGUACAGAGUCCUGCCGGAGAGAAGGCUGUGUUUGUCAAUGUUAAGGUUCUGGACACUCCGGGACCUGUGCUGAAUCUGGAAGCUACUGACAUCAAACAGACAUCAGCAAAGCUGUCCUGGACUCCUCCAGAAAUUGAUGGUGGCAGUGAGGUCACUCACUACAUUGUUGAGAAGCGCGCGAUCGACCGCAAGACGUGGGCAACUGUCAAGGGCGAAGUUGAGACGGAUAAGAUUCCCUUCAAAGUCAGCGGCCUGAUUCCUGGCACUGAGUACUACUUCAGAGUCACAGCUGUCAAUGAGUAUGGGUCUGGAGUUCCCAAAGUGUCACCCACUUCCUACCUGGCCUCUGAUCCUGUCAGCAAGCCCGAUCCUUGUGAGAAGAUUGAGGUUCUGGAGAUCACUAAGAACAGUGCCACAGUUGGCUGGGUGAAGCCUUCAAGGGACGGUGGUGCCAAGAUAGAUGGUUACGUAAUUGAAUACAUUGAGGUCAAACCUCCUCCAGAGCCUCCAGCACCUGUGGAGGUUCCAGAGGGACAGGAAGCUCCACCCCCACCUCCGCCACCUCCAGUGGUAGAGGAAGAAGAGGAACCUGAAAAGGAAGUCUGGAAUGCCUACACUACAGUGAAAGGUUUGAUGAUCAGCAUCAGCGGCCUGAAGGAGGGCAAGAGAUACAAGUUCAGAGUGGCUGCCAAGAACAUCAUGGGCAUGAGCUCGUUCACCGAGACUAGGCAGCCAGUCGAGAUCAAGGAACAGAUGUUGGAGCCAAAGAUUGUCAUGCCAGAGACAACAAGCGCCAGAGCUGGAGCCAAGCUCAGAGUGGAAGCACUGGUUUCUGGAAAACCUGCCCCAACCUGCAAGUGGAUGCGUGGUGAGAAUGCAGUUGUCUCGUCCAGCCGUCUGGCCGUGCACAAGUCCGGCAACAUGUGUGUCUUGAUCAUCAAAGACGUGUCAAGGACUGAUAGUGGAGAGUACAGCCUGGUGGCUGAGAACAGCUCUGCAAAGGUGGUGGAGACUCUGAAGAUCAUCAUUAGAGACAUCCCCGGUCCUCCCGAGGGCCCUGUGGUGAUCAGUGAUAUUGACUCUGAUGCCUGUUCCUUGUCCUGGAACAAACCACUGGAGGACGGAGGCAGUAAUAUCACCAACUAUGUGGUGGAAAAAUGCGAUGUGAGUAGAGGCGACUGGGUGAUGGCGGUCUCUUCUGGUCUGAAGACAAGUUGCAGGCUUGGGAAGCUCAUCCCCGGAAAAGAGUAUGUGUUCCGUAUCCGUGCUGAGAACCGUUAUGGCGUGUCAGACCCCAUUCAGUCUGACAGGAUGGUUGCCAAGUUCCCCUUCGAUGUUCCUAGUGAACCCCUUAACUGCCGCAUCAACAAGACGAACAAAGACUGUAUGUUCGUGGCCUGGGAUAAGCCUGAAAGUGAUGGUGGCAGUCCUAUCACAGGUUACUAUAUUGAGCGUAAGGAGAGGAACAGCCUGCUGUGGGUGAAGGCCAAUGACACCGUUGUCCGCACCACUGAGUACCCAUGUGCCGGCCUCAUUGAGGGCCUGGAAUACACUUUCAGAGUGUCCGCCAUUAACCGUGCUGGCCAGGGCAAACCAAGCAAGAAGACUGACUUUGUCACUGCCAGAACACCUAUUGACACUCCAGGUAAACCUGAGGUCCUGGACGUAACCAAGAACUCUGUCACUUUGGUUUGGACUCGUCCCAAGAACGACGGUGGCAGCAAGAUCAUUGGCUACUACGUUGAGUCCAUGCGGGUGCCUGGAGACAUCUGGAUCCGCUGCAACACUAGCAGCCAGAACGUCCCAAGGGAGGAGUAUACAGUGACUGGCCUGGAGAGAGACCUGCAGUACCAGUUCAGAGUCAUUGCCAAAACUGCUGUCAACUUGAGCAAACCUUCUGAGCCCACAGACCCUGUCCUGGUCUGUGCCGAGAAUGUCCCUCCAAGGGUGGAGCUUAAUGCCAGGAUGCAGAAGGGUUUGAAGGUGAAGGCGGGAUCCACAAUCCUCCUAGAGGCUGAGGUGUUUGGUAAGCCUAUGCCCAGAGUGACCUGGAAGAGAGGCGACGAUAGCCUAAAGUCAGGUGAAGGCCAGGUCAUUACCCAGUCAAGGAAUCACUUCCAGCUGGAGAUGACGGCAGUCACCAAGGAGCAUACAGGAACCUACACCAUAUCUGCUGAGAAUGCCAGUGGUUCCAAGACCGCUGAAAUCCAGGUCAACGUCCUGGAUGUGCCUGGCCCUCCUGCUAGUGCCAAAUACAUAGAGGUGUUUGCCACCAGUAUCAAGAUGUCCUGGGAGCCACCUCUGAAGGACGGCGGAGCCACCGUCAGCAACUACAUUGUGGACAAGCGUGAGACCAGCAGAGCCAACUGGGCCCAGGUCUCUGCCAAGAUCAAGGGUGAGGUCCUUGAGCUCAACGUGGAGAAGCUAAUCGAGGGUCAUGAGUACCAGUUCCGAAUCCGUGCUGAGAACACUUGGGGAGUUGGAGAUGCCCUCAUCACCAACCCUGUCUUUGCCAAGAACCCAUUCACUGUGCCUGGCCCUUGUGAGGCCCCAGUGAUUACCAACGUGACCAAAGAUCAUAUGACUGUGAGCUGGAAGGAGCCUGCUGAUGAUGGAAAGUCCACCAUCCUGGGUUACAUGCUCGAAAAGAAAGAGACCAAGGAGAUGAACUGGACCAAGGUGAACAGGAAGCCCAUGAUGGAGAGGACUCUCGAAGUAACAGGCCUCACAGAGGGAAUCGAGUACGAAUUCAGAGUCAUUGCUGUCAACGUGGCAGGACUUGGCAAACCCAGCGAGCCCUCCGCUGGCACCACCGCACAGAAUCCCAUCACUCCUCCUGGCCCCGUUGUGAACCCCAGUGUGAAGGACACCACCCACAGCACCAUCAGCCUCACCUGGACUGCUCCCGCCAAUGAUGGUGGAUGCCCUAUUAUUGGAUACUUGGUGGAGUGCAAGAGGACUGACACCACAGACUGGAUCCGCUGCAAUGUCCCCAGGAACCUGCAGGAGACCAACUACGUCAUACAGAACCUUAUUGACAAGUCCGAGUACCAGUGCCGUGUCAGUGCUGUCAACAAGGUUGGCUUCAGCGAGCCUGUUGAAGUACCUGGCAAGCAUGUUGCCAAGGACAUCAUCGUUGCUCCCGAAGCAGAGCUGAGUGCGGAGCUGAAGCAGGUCCUGGAGUUGCAGGCCGGAACCACCAUGAGGCUGCAGGCCACCAUCAAGGGCCGUCCCAUUCCCAGGAUCACCUGGGCAAAGAUGAACACCAACAUCAAAGACCGCCAGGGCAUUGUCAUUAAAUCCACCAACACUGACACCAUGGUGGUGGUGGAGCAUGUCAACAGAUAUGACGCUGGCAAAUACAUUCUGAGCCUGGAGAGCUUGGCUGGCAUGAAGAUGUACACCAUCAUUGUCAAGGUUUUUGAUACUCCCGGACCACCAGUCAACCUGAUGGUGAAGGAAACAUCCAAGGACAGUGCUUCCAUGUACUGGGAUGCCCCACUUAUUGACGGUGGCUAUGAAGUCACACACUACAUUGUGGAGAAGCGUGACACUGAGAGGAAAGCCUGGUCCGUCGUCUCCAACAACUGCAACAAGACGUCAUUCAAGGUGCCAGACCUGGAUGCUGGACGGUCCUACUGCUUCAGAGUGUCAGCAGUCAACCAGCUUGGUGUUGGAGAAUGUUGUGAGACAGCCGACUCAGUCAGAGCAUCUGAGGAGCCAGGGCCUGUCAUGGACUUCAAGACCCUGCUGGUUACCAAGGACUCUUGCACUCUAAGCUGGAAGAAACCCCUCACUGAUGGUGGCAGCCGUAUCAUCUGCUAUGUGCUGGAGGUUCUCAAUGGUGAUGACAAGUACAAGGAGCUAAUGAGGUCUAAAAACAUGCAAUACAGCGCCAAGGAUCUGGUGGUGGGCAAAGAGUACAACUACAGAGUCAAGGCUGUAAAUGACUCAGGAGAGGGCGCUGUCAAGGAACUCGCAGUGGUCGCCAAGGACCAGAUCAUUCAUCCUAGCUGUGACUUGAGGGAGCUGCCCAACAUGUGCUACAUCGCCAAGGAGGGCAGCACUGUCCGUCUGAAGAUUCCGAUCAUCGGCAAACCUAUUCCCAAGGUCUCCUGGAAAAAGGGAGAUGACGAAGACCUGACAGACACCGGCAGAGUGUGUGCAGAGUCCUCUUCAGUCAACACUACGCUCUUUAUUAGGGACUGCCAGAGGAGUGAUGCUUCCAAAUACACCAUCACCCUAAGGAACAGUGCUGGAACAAAGGAGUCCACCAUUUUCAUCAGGGUGGUGGGUAAACCCGGCAUCCCUGUUGGACCCAUUAAGUUCAAAGAUGUUGCUGCCGAUGGUGCUACACUGAAGUGGGGUGCUCCUAAGGAUGAUGGCGGCUCAGAGAUCACAAAUUACAUCCUGGAAAAGAGGGACUCCAUCACCAACAUGUGGGUGACAGUUUCCUCAACUGUGGAGGACAACACCAUGAGGGUAACUGGUCUCCAUGAGGGCACAGAGUAUAUCUUCAGAGUUUGCGCUGAGAACAAGUACGGCGUUGGAGAGGGACUCAAGUCUGAGCCCAUCGUUGCUAAACAUCCAUUCAAUGUUCCCGAUGCUCCUCCUCCACCUCAGAUCAUGAGCAUGCGCCACGACUCCGCUUACCUGGCCUGGUCUGACCCCAGGAAAACUGGAGGAUCUCCCAUCACAGGCUACCAUGUUGAGUUCAAGGAGAGGAACAGUAUGUUGUGGAAGAGGACGAGCCCGGCUGCCUUGAGGAUGAGGGAGCACAAGGUAACUGGGCUGACUGAAGGUCUGGAGUAUGAGUUCAGAGUCAUGGCAAUCAACCUGGCUGGCAUCGGCAGGCCGAGCGCUCCCACUGAUCCACAGGUGGCACUGGAUCCCAUUGAUGCCCCUGGUAAACCUGAUGUCAUCAGCAUUACCAGAAGCACUGUGACCCUCCAGUGGACUGAGCCACAGUUUGAUGGUGGCCACAGACUGACUGGCUACAUUGUUGAGAAGCGUGAUCUGCCUUCUAAGAUCUGGGUAAAAGCCAACAAUGUGAAUGUUGUGGAGCCUGCAUUCACUGUAAAUGAUCUUCAGGAGGGCUGCAAAUACGAAUUCAGAAUCAGGGCAAAGAAUGCUGCUGGCGCUCUCAGCCCGCCCUCGGAGCAGACAGAUACCAUUAUCUGCAGAGAUGAAUAUGCUGCACCGACCAUUAUUAUCGAUACUCAGGUGAAGGAGGGACUGACCGUCCGAGCUGGUGAUACUAUUGUCAUCACUGCUACAAGCAUUUUAGGCAAACCUACACCAACUUCAUGCUGGUCAAAGGGAGGGAAGUAUUUUAAACCCUCUGAUCUAGUUCAAAUUGAGACCACUACAACUUCCUCCACCCUGUCCAUCAAGUAUGCUGGUAGGAAGGACAGUGGCGAGUAUGUCAUCACUGCCAGCAACCCCUUUGGCGUGAAGGAGGAAACUGUCAAGGUCACAGUUUUGGAUGUUCCUAGUGCUCCUGGACCCAUUGAAUGCAGUGGUGUCUCCUCUGAAAAGGUCAAUCUUACCUGGACAGCUCCUACUGAGGAUGGAGGCUCUCCUAUCAAGUAUUACACCCUAGAGAAGAGAGAGACCAGCCGCCUGCUCUGGACUAUCCUGGAAGAGAAGGUCAUCAACUGUCACUAUGUGGCCAACAAGCUCAUCCAGGGCAAUGAGUACUUCUUCAGAGUCUCUGCUGUUAACCAGUACGGUGCCAGUGAGCCAUCUCAGUCUGAGGCAGUCAAGAUGGUUGAUAGAUUUGGUCCUCCUGGUCCACCAUCUAAACCAGAGGUUGAGAAAGUCGAUGGACAUUCAGCCACUGUGACCUGGAGGAGACCAGCUGAGGAUGGAGGAAGUGACAUCACAGGUUACUGUGUUGAGAAGAAGGAGAAAAAGGGUAUGAGAUGGAUAAGGGCUUCCAAGAAAUCCAUUGCUGAGCUCAGCUUUGAAGUUACCGGUCUCACAGAGGGCAUCGAGUAUGAAUUCCGUGUUCUUGCUGAGAACAGAGCUGGAUUUGGAGAUCCAAGUGAACCAUCUAUGCCUGUCAGAACAAUAGUUGUUGCCUAUGUGCCUGGACCUCCAGUAAAUCCAAGAGUCACAGACACAACUAAGACCACUGCCACUCUAAACUGGGGAAAACCUCUUGAUAAUGGUGGGCUUGAAGUUACUGGAUAUGUGAUUGAGCACAAGAAAGAAGGAACAGAAGAAUGGGUUAAGGACACUCCUUCAUCGCCACUCAGGAUCACAGAGUUUGUUGUUCCCAAGCUGGAAACGGGUGCAAAAUACCAUUUCAGAAUUAGUGCGGUUAAUGCUAAGGGAGCAGGUGAACCUGCUGAAACUCAGGAGCUGGUUGAGAUUGUGGAAAGAGCAGCUGAACCUGAUUUGGAGCUGGAUGUUGAGCUGAGAAGAACCCUUGUUGUUAGGGCUGGCUGCUCCAUUCGCCUCUUUGUGCCGAUCAAGGGACGUCCUACACCUACAGUCACCUGGACAAAGGAGGGUGGACCUGUCCCACGUGCAGUCAUUGACAGCACUGAGUCAUUUACAAUGCUGAUCAUCCCUGAGAGUUCUAGGAUUGAUGCGGGCAAGUAUGAGCUUACCCUUGAAAACUCUGCUGGAAAGAAGAGUGCCCCUAUAAAUGUCAAAGUUUUGGAUUCACCUGGGCCUCCUCUUAACCUCAAACCAGUCAAGAUUGACAAGGAAAGCAUUACUCUUCAGUGGGAGAUGCCUCUCAUCGAUGGUGGAGCCAAAAUCACAAACUACAUCAUUGAGAAGAGAGAAUCAACACGCAAAGCUUUUGCUACUGCUAUUACAAAAUGCAUGACCACUUCAGUCAGGAUCGGUGAGCUGGGUGAAGGCUGUGAGUACUACUUCAGAGUGUCUGCCGAGAACGAGUAUGGAAUUGGUGAGGCGGUUGAAACUGCUGAUCCAAUUCGUGCAUCCCAGGCACCAACUCCUCCAGAGAGUAUUAUUCCUACUGACAUAACCAAGAACUCUGUGAGCCUGGCUUGGACCAAACCCAAGCAUGAUGGUGGGAGCAGAGUUACAGGAUAUGUUCUUGAAGCCCAGAAGAAGGGAACUGACCAGUGGGCACAUGUAACAACAGUCAAGAGCAUGGAUUUCACAGUGAAAAAUCUCAAUGAGAAUGAGGAAUACAUUUUCCGUGUAAUGGCUGUCAACCACUCAGGUAGAAGCGCUCCACGUGAGAGCAAACCCAUUGUUGUCAAGGAUUCUACUUCCCUGCCUGAGUUUGACCUCCGUGGUGUGUGUAAGAAGACUGUUAUUGCCAAGGCAGGAGAUGACAUCAAGGUUGAAAUUCCAGUUAUGGGACGUCCUAGACCAACUGUCUCUUGGCAAAAGGAUGCCGCAGCUCUGAAGCUCACACAGAGAACCAAUGUGGAAACUACUUCUGCUACUGUUAUCCUGAGCAUCAAUGAAUGUACCAGAGGCGACAGUGGUGUAUACACCAUGACAGCUAAGAACAUUGUUGGAUCUGUGACAGACAACAUUAUUGUCAAAGUACAUGAUGUACCUGGGCCACCCAAGGGACCAGUCAAGAUUGUGGAGAUUUCUCGUACCUAUUGCAUCUUUGCAUGGGACACUCCUGAGAAUGACGGAGGUGUUCCAAUCAACAAUUAUGUGGUUGAGAUUAGAGACACCACUUCCCAAACAUGGACAGAGCUAUCCUCCACUGUUAUUCGUACCAUGUUCAAAGCCAUUCGUUUAACCACUGGGUCUGAAUACCAGUUCAGAGUAAAAGCUAAGAACAGAUAUGGUGUUGGACCACCUAUCACAUCAGAGUCAGUGGUAGCUGCCUAUCCAUUUAAAGUCCCUGGACCUCCUGGUACUCCUGGUGUUGUUGCAUUUACCAAGGACUCAAUAACAAUUGGCUGGAAUGAGCCUGUGUCUGAUGGUGGAAAUGAAGUAAUUGGUUAUCAUGUUGAGAGGAAAGAAAGAAGCAGCAUCAUGUGGUAUAAGAUCAGCAAGGGUAUUGUGAAAGGAAAUAUCUAUAAAUCAAGUGGUCUUGAAGAUGGAGUUGCCUAUGAGUUCCGUGUCUCAGCUGAAAACAUGGCUGGAGUUGGUAAGCCCAGCAAGGCCUCAGAAGCAAUACUGGCCUUGGACCCUGUAGAUCCACCAGGUCAGCCUGAACCAAUAUUUGUCAACAAGAAUGUCAUCACUAUUCAGUGGACCAAGCCUGAGUACGACGGUGGUUUCAAAAUCACUGGCUACACUGUGGAGAAGAGAGAACUGCCUACUGGCCGAUGGAUGAGAGCCAACUUCACCAACAUCAUUGAGACAACAUUCACUGUCAGUGGACUGACUCAAGAUGCCUCAUAUGAGUUCCGUGUCAUAGCCAGAAACUCAGCAGGUGCAGUGAGCAUACCCUCUGAGCCCUCAGACCCAAUUAUCUGCAAAGAUGACAUUAUCGAGCCACGUAUUAUGGUUGAUGCCAUCUUCAAGGAUGUUGUUCUACUGAAGGCAGGAGAGUCCUUCAAACUUGAUGCUGACAUUGCUGGUCAACCAACCCCAUCUAUGGUUUGGACCAAGAAUGGAAAGGAGGUUGAGAACACAAUGAAACUGGAGGUUAGGUUCACAGAAUUGACAACAACUCUUAUCAACAAGGACUCUAUCAGAUCAGAUGGAGGAGAAUUUAUUUUGACUGCCACUAAUGUUGGUGGAUUUGCUAAGCACGUCUUUAAUGUUAAAGUGCUUGACAGACCUGGACCACCAGUUGGACCUCUUGAGGUCUCUAACGUCACAGCUGAAAACUGUGUACUCACCUGGGCUCCACCUGCAGAUGAUGGUGGUGCCAAGAUUGAAGGAUAUGUGAUUGAGAAGCGCGAGUCAAGCAGACUGGUUUGGACCAAUGUGGUUUCAGACCUGCAAGUUACACAAUACAAGGUGACCAAGCUGCUCAAAGGAAAUGAAUACAUCUUCAGAGUAAUGGCAGUAAACAAAUAUGGACUUGGCGAAGCUCUUGAUUCUGAGCCCACUAUUGCAGACAAUCCAUAUGUGGUUCCAGAUCCUCCAGAGAAUCCUGAGGUGACAGCUAUCAGCAAAGAUUCAAUGGUUCUUAUGUGGCAAGCACCUAAGAGUGAUGGUGGAACUCCCAUCACCAACUACAAUAUUGAAAGGAAAGACAGAAUAGGCCUCCGCUGGGUCAAAUGCAAUAAGAGGAAGGUCAAAGAUCUACAAUUCAAGGCAACAGGGCUUCUUGUCGGACAUGAAUAUGAAUUCAGAAUAAUUGCUGAGAAUGCUGCUGGAGUAAGUGCACCAAGUGUCGCAAGUCCAUUCUACAGGGCUACUGAUGGACUGUACAAGCCAGGGGCUCCAUGCAACCCAAGAAUUUUGGAUACAACAAAGUCCUCAAUUACUGUAGCCUGGAACAAACCUGUAUAUGAUGGUGGCUCUGACAUCACUGGCUACAUUGUUGAGACCUGCAUCCCAUCUGAAAAGGAGGAAGAUGAGGAAUGGACCAUUGUGACACCCAAAGAAGGACUCCUUGCCACCUUAUUCACCAUUAUUAACCUGAAGGAGAACCAGGAGUACAAGAUUAACAUCUCUGCUGUCAACAGUGAAGGAGUUGGAGAGGCUGCAUUGGUACCUGGCAAUCCCAAGGCAGAGGACAGGCUCCUCCCACCUGAGAUGGAUUUGGAUGCUGAACUCCGCAAGGUUGUCAGUCUAAGGGCUUGCUGCUCACUUAGGCUGUUUGUGCCUAUAAGAGGCAGACCAGCUCCUCAGGCUAAAUGGACCAAGGGAGAUGGUGAGCCAAUUGAAAGGGCAACCAUUGACAGCACAACAUCAUACACAUCACUUGUAAUUGAGAAUGUCAACAGAUUUGACAGUGGAAAGUAUAAUCUUACAGUUGAAAACAGCUCUGGCUCCAAGACAGUUACAGUCCAAGUCAAGGUACUUGAUACACCAAGUGCCCCACAGAAUCUGAAGAUUACUGCUGUAACAAAUGAAGCUGUCACUCUGACUUGGGAUCCACCAGUGAAUGAUGGAGGAGUGAAGGUUAAGAACUAUAUUGUUGAAAAACGGGAGUCCACAAGGAAAGCAUAUGCCACGGUAAAAGCUAACUGCCAUCACACCACUUUCACAGUCGACCAGCUCCUGGAAGGAUGCAACUAUUACUUCAGAGUUUUGGCUGAGAAUGAAUAUGGCAUUGGCCUGCCCAUUGAGACUGGUGAAUCAGUUAAAGUGUCUAUGAAACCACAGCCACCUGGCAAAAUCACUCUUAAGGAUGUUACUAAGAACAGUGUCACCCUCUCCUGGGAGAAGCCAGAGCAUGAUGGUGGCAGCAGAGUGGGCUGUUAUGUUGUUGAGAUUCAGCCUAAGGGUGUUGAUAAGUGGUCACAGGCUGUGAUUGUCAAGGAAACAGAAGCUACUAUUAGUGGACUCAAUGCAGGUGAAGAAUACAUGUUCCGUGUUGCAGCAAGAAAUGAGAAGGGAACAAGCGACCCACGUCAAAUCGGUGUGCCUGUGAUUGUUAAAGAUCUAGUGAUUGCACCUGUUGCCAAACUUUUGUUUAACACAUUCAGCGUGUUGGCAGGAGAAGACCUGACAGUGGAGGUUCCAUAUGUUGCACGUCCCAAAGCAGCUGUCUCCUGGAAAAAAGAUGGUCAGCCCCUGAAGAGAACUACCAGAGUAAACUUUUCUGCAACAGACAAAAUGCUGACCCUCAACAUAAAAGAGGCUACUAAAGAUGAUGUUGGACAGUACCACAUAACUCUUACCAACACAGCAGGAGAGACAACAGCAGACAUUGGCAUCGUUGUUCUUGACAAACCUGGCCAGCCGGAUGGUCCAGUUAAGGUGGAGGAGGUCACUUCUGACAGUGUAACCAUUUCCUGGAACCGACCAGAAUAUGAUGGAGGGUGCACCAUCAAACACUACAUUGUGGAAAAGAGAGACACAUCCACAACUAACUGGAUGAUUGUAUCUCCGAACCUUGCAAGGACCAAAAUCAAGGCAGGCAGGUUGAAGACUGGCUCGGAGUAUCAGUUUAGAAUCACAGCAGAAAACAGAUAUGGAAAAGGCCCAGCUCUUCAAUCAGAGUGUAUUGUGGCUCAAUACCCAUACAAGCUCCCAGGACCCCCAGGAACCCCAUCCAUUGCAGCCUGCACCAAGGAUAGCAUGGUUAUUGCCUGGAAUGAACCUGUGAAUGAUGGUGGAAGCACUGUCUUGGGCUACCAUCUUGAACGCAAAGAGAGAAACAGCAUCCUUUGGGUUAAACUUAACAAAUCUCUUAUUACUGACCAAACCUUCAAGACCACUAGUCUUGAACCAGGAAUGGAGUAUGAAUACAGAGUUUAUGCUGAAAACAUUGUUGGAAUAGGCAAAGUGAGCAAAGUGUCUGAGGGACAUGUUGCUAGAGAUCCUUGUGAUCCUCCUGGCACCCCAGAGGCAACAAAGAUUGCUAAGGACUCUGUGACCAUUGUUUGGACCAAGCCAGAGUAUGAUGGUGGAGCAAAGGUUACAGGCUACAUUGUGGAAAAGAAGGAGCUUCCUGAAGGUCGUUGGCUGAAGGCUAACUUCACUAACGUCAUUGAGACAGAAUAUGUUGCAACUGGACUUGUUCAGGACAAUCAGUAUGAGUUCCGUGUCAUUGCCAGAAAUGCAGCAGGUGUUUUCAGUCUCCCAUCUUACAGCACUGGUCCUAUCACUGCCAAGGAUGAGAUUGAACCACCACGCAUCAGCAUUGACCCAGAGUACACACAGACUAUUGUGGUUAAUGCUGGAGACAACUUCAAGAUAGACGGAGAUGUCCAUGGCAAACCAUUGCCCACUAUCCACUGGAUGAUGGGAGAGCAGGAACUGGGCAACACUAUUCAUAGAGAGAUUAAGAACACACCCACAAAAGCCUGCAUAUUUGUCAAGGAAGCUAAGCUUUCCGAUGGAGGCCAAUACACUCUGCUGUUGAAAAAUCCAGGAGGAGAAAAGGCUGUACAGGUCAAUGUGGUUGUUCUAGAUAAACCUGGAGAACCACAGGGACCUCUUGUUGUUACAGGAAUAACCAAAGACCGAUGCUGCCUUGCAUGGAAACCACCACUACAGGAUGGUGGCAGCAAGAUCUCUCACUACAUCGUGGAGAGGAGAGAGACAAGCAGACUAGUCUGGACUGUUGUUGACCCGAAAGUCGUAAAUACUUGUUUAAAGAUUAGUAAGCUAUUAGAAGGAAAUGAGUAUAUUUUCAAAGUCCAUGCUGUCAACCAAUUUGGAGUGGGUCCAGGACUUGAGUCUGCUGCUGCAGUAAUCAAAGAUCCAUAUUUGCCCCCUGGAACACCCAAGAGCUUGGAAGUUUCAGAUAUCAAAAAGGAUUCAAUGGUACUCACCUGGGAGGCUCCUUCUGAAGAUGGAGGAAGUCCUAUUACUGGCUACAUAAUUGAGAGACAUGACAAAGAGGGCGUAAGAUGGAUCAGAAGCAAUAGGCAAGCAGUUACUGACUUGACUUUCAAGGUCACUGGCCUCCUGGACAGCCAUAUCUACGAAUUCAGAGUUGCAGCUGAGAAUGCUGUCGGUGUUGGUGAGCCAAGCUCCCCAACUGUAUUCUACAAAGCUCUUGAUCCCAUCUUCAGGCCUGGCCCACCACACAAUCCUAGAGUUACUGACACAACUAAAACAUCUGUAUUCCUGUCAUGGGGCAAACCUGUCUGUGAUGGAGGCUGUGAGAUUCAGGGAUACAUUGUUGAGUGUUGCACUACCACAGAACCAGCAGCGCCAGCUGAAGCCCCUGCUGAGGCCCCUGCUGAAGCCCCUGCUGAAGCAGCUGCCACAGAUGCACCUGCUGAAGAAUGGAUCAUGUGCACGCCACCAACAGGGAUCAAAAAGACCAAGUUUGAAGUUCCAAACUUGAAGGAAAACCAGGCAUACAAGUUUAGAGUAUGUGCUGUGAACAAAGUGGGAGUUGGAGAGCAUGCUGAUGUCUCUGGAGCUGUUGUUGCCCAGGACAAGGCAGAAGAGCCAGACCUUGACAUUGAUCCAGAAUUGAGAAAGAUUGUAACCAUUAAAGCUGGAGCAUCCCUUAGACUCUUUAUUCCCAUCAAAGGAAAGCCUAGUCCUACCAUCAAGUGGGACAAAGAUGAGGCUGCACUUAAAGAGACUGCUCAGGUUGAAGUGACCAGUAGUUACACAUCCCUUGUAAUUGACAAGAUGGGCAGGAAUGACAGUGGAAAAUACACUGUCACUGCAGAGAAUUCUAGUGGAACCAAAUCUGCAUUUGUUGUUGUCCGUGUCCUUGACACACCUAGUGCUCCUGUUAACCUCAAAGUCAAAGAAAUUACAAACCAAUCAGUGACACUGGCAUGGGAACCACCUCUGUUGGAUGGAGCGUCCAAGAUCAAGAACUACGUUGUUGAAAAGAGAGAAAGCACACGCAAAACAUAUGCAGCUGUUGUAACAAAUUGUCAUGCUCUUUCAUGGAAGAUUGAACCACUCCAGGAAGGCUGCAGUUACUACUUCCGGGUGCUUGCUGAGAAUGCACAUGGUGUUGGCAUGCCUGCAGCAACUGUUGACCCUCUGAAGGUCUCAGAGGUACCCCAGUCUCCAAAGAACCUGACUGUUACAGACCAAACUAAAACAAGCAUCUCUUUGGCUUGGGAGAGGCCUGAGUAUGAUGGUGGUAGCAGAGUCAUGCAGUACCUGCUGGAGGUGCAGCUCAAGGGUCAGGAUAAGUGGUCUGGUGUUAACACAUUUAAGACAAUGGAGGCUACUGUUUCCAAUUUGAACCCAGGAGAAGAGUAUCUGUUUAGAGUUACAGCAAUCAAUGAUAAGGGAAAGAGUGACCCCAAAGUCCUUUCUGGUCCAGUGAUGACCAAGGACUUAGUCUUUGAGCCAGAUGUUCGACCAGCAUUCAGCAACUACAGUGUCCAUGUGGGUAAGGACCUGAAUAUUCACAUUCCCAUCUUUGGACGUCCUAAACCAACAGUUUCAUGGACUAAAGAUGGAGCUUCUCUGAAGUUCACUACCAGAGUUAACAUCCUCAACACACCAACACAGACAACACUGAGCAUUAAGGAGGCAGCAGGUGAUGAUGGUGGUAUGUACAGUAUACACGUUGCUAACUCAGCUGGAAAGAAAGAUACAACUGUUGAAAUCAUUGUACUUGACAAGCCUGGCCCUCCAUCCGGCCCUGUGAGGUUUGAUGAAAUCACAACACAGAGUAUCACUAUUUCAUGGGACCCACCAAAACACAAUGGUGGCUGCCAGAUUUCAAACUACAUUGUGCAGAAGAGAGAUACUACUUCAACAACAUGGGAAAAUGUCAGUAUCAACUGUGCCAGAACCACAAUCAAAGUGCCAAGACUGAAGACUGGAGCUGAGUACCAGUUCAAGAUCAUUGCUCAGAACCGCUAUGGCAAGAGUCAUGGUCUGGAUUCAUCUGCCGUGGUCGCUCAAUACCCAUACAGAGAGCCAGGCCCACCAGGCACGCCUUUCAUCCCCUCUCUCUCUAGGGACCACCAGAUUGUUGAGUGGCACGAGCCUGUCUCUGAUGGAGGCAGCACUGUUCUUGGCUACCAUCUUGAAAGGAAAGAGAGGAAUAGUAUUCUCUGGGUCAAAAUCAACAAAACACUUAUUCACGAAACUACUUUCAAGAGUUACCCCUUGGAUGAGGGUAUUGAGUAUGAAUACAGGGUUUACGCUGAAAAUAUUGUUGGCAUUGGCAGAUGCAGUAAGAUCUCAGAGGGCUGUGUUGCCCGUGACCCAUGUGAUUCUCCGGGUACACCAGAGGCCAUACAUGUGACCAAAGAUACCAUUGUCAUUCAGUGGACUAAACCAGAAUAUGAUGGCGGCAGUAAUAUAACUGGCUAUACUGUGGAGAAGCGUGAUCUGCCAGAGGGCAGGUGGGUAAGGGCAAACUUCACUAAUGUGAUUGAGACCCAGUUCACGGUCACUGGUCUGACUGAAAAUGCACAGUAUGACUUUAGAGUCAUUGCUAAAAAUGCUGUUGGCACCAUCAGUAAGCCAUCCUACAACAGUGGACCAAUCACUGCAAGUGAUGAGGUGGAGGCACCCAAAUUCUCCAUUGACCCUGCAUUCACCAAGACCAUUAUCAUCAAUGCUGGAGAGACAUUCAAGCUAGAUGCCGAUGUCCGUGGCAAGCCACUGCCUACAAUCACGUGGUUCAAGGAUGAAAAACCAAUCGAGAAUACACUCAGACUAGAGAUUAAAAACUCAGAACACCAGGCAAUGAUUGUCAUUAAGGACUCCGUUAGAAUUGAUGGUGGAAUUUACACACUCCAGCUGACAAAUGAGGCUGGCAGUGAAACUGUUCCAUUCAAAGUUGUGGUCUUGGACAGGCCCAGCCAAUGUGAAGGACCCCUCCACAUCACUGGAGUAGCUGAAGAUAGAUGCAUACUGGUAUGGCGUGCCCCUCUACAUGAUGGAGGCAGUCCUAUUAAGCACUAUGUGAUUGAGAGAAGAGAGACCAGCCGUCUUGCUUGGACUGUUGUUUCUAACAGCUGUGACACCACACGUUACAAAGUCACCAAAUUACUGGAAGGCAAUGAGUAUAUGUUCCGUGUCAUGGCAGUUAACAGUUACGGUAUCAGUGAGCCACUGGAGUCUCACGGAGUUAUCAUGAAGACUCCAUUUGUUCCUCCUGGUCCACCUCAUAUUGAUGAUGUAUCCAACAUUGCUCAUGAUGGCAUGACAAUCACUUGGUCAGCCCCUGAGAGUGAUGGUGGCAGUGAGAUUACCAAUUACAGCAUUGAAAAGAAGGACAGAAAUGGAAUCAAAUGGACCAGAUGCAACAGACAGAAAGUCACUGACCUCUCCUUUAGAGUUACAGGCCUAACAACUGACCAUGAAUAUGAGUUCAGAGUGGCUGCUGAGAACGUAGUUGGAGUGGGAGAGCCAAGCCUUCCAAGUUCAUUCUACAAGGCCUGUGAUCCCAAGUACAAACCUGGUGCCCCAGCAUAUGUGAAUGUGAUUGACUCCACAAAAGGUUCUAUUACAGUGUCAUGGGGUAAGCCUCUGUCAGAUGGUGGCACUGCCAUUCAAGGAUACAUUGUUGAAAUCUGCAAGGCUGAAGAGGAGGAAUGGACCAUGGUUACUCCCCCCACUGGACUGCGUGUCAACAAAUAUGAAAUUACCAAACUUUCUGAGGGUACGGAGUAUAAGAUCCAGGUGUGUGCUCUGAACAAACUAGGAGUUGGUGAACCAGCAACUCUCUCUGGUACAGCUAAGCCUGAGGAAAGGGUGGAUCCACCACAGAUCCACCUUGACUCUGAGUUGAGAAAGGGCAUCAUUGUGAAAGCUGGUGGAUCUGUUAGAAUCCAUAUUCCAUUCAAGGGUAGGCCAACACCUGAGAUUAAGUGGACUAAGGAUGAGGGAGAUCUGACUGAAAAGGUGGUGGUUGAAAAAGCUCUCAACUUCACUCAGCUGUCCAUUGACUCAUGUGACAGGAGUGACUCAGGAAAAUAUACCCUAAGCCUGACAAACAGCAGUGGCUCUGUGUCUGAGUUUGUUGCUGUUAAAAUUCUGGAUACACCUGCAUCCCCACAGAACCUCGUGGUUAAAGAAGUCAAAAAGGAUUCUGUCACUCUUGUAUGGGAUGCCCCACUAAUUGAUGGAGGUUCCAAAAUCAAGAACUAUGUCAUUGACAAACGUGAAUCAACCAGAAAGGCUUAUGCAAAUGUGUCCACAAAAUGCACCAAGACAACAUUCAAAGUUGAGAACUUGAUUGAAGGUGCUAUGUACUACUUCAGAGUCAUGGCUGAGAAUGACUAUGGAAUAGGCCAGGCUGUUGAAACAAAGACAGCUUCAAAGGCUUCUGAGGUACCACUCCCUGUUGGAAAAGUCUCCCUCACUGAUGUCACCAAAGCCAGUGCCUCACUGGCCUGGGAAAAACCUCAGCAUGAUGGAGGCAGUAGAAUUGGUGGUUACCUAAUAGAGAUGCAGCCAAAGGGUACAGAUAAGUGGGGAGUUGCAACAAAUACAAAGACAUGUGAGGGCACUGUCACAGGCCUCACAGCUGGGACAGAAUACCUAUUCCGUAUUAUUGCUUACAAUGAGAAGGGCAAGAGUGAACCUAAGGCACUUGCUGCACCUGUCGUUGCCAGUGACAUGACCAUAGAGCCAAGUAUUAAGAUGCAAUUUAACACGUACAGUGUAUUAGCUGGAAAAGAUCUCAAGUUGGAGUUCCCUGUGCUUGGCAGGCCCAAACCUAAAGUCACUUGGACCAAGGAUGGUCAGUCUUUUAAGGUGACAUCCAGAGUCAAUGUUGUAAACACUCCGUCAACAACUGGAAUUCUAAUUACUGAGGCAUGCAAGGAAGAUUUGGGUAAAUAUUCCGUAACAGCAACCAAUACUGCCGGCACAAUUACAGAGGACGUGGCUGUCAUUAUCCUUGACAAGCCUGGUCCAUCAACAGGCCCAAUCAAGGUUGUUGAAGUGAGCAACACAUUUGUCCAUCUCUCCUGGGAGCCUCCAGAGUACACAGGUGGAUGCCAGAUAAAGAACUAUAUCGUGGAAAAGAGAGACACCACCACCCAAACAUGGCAGUCAGUCACCACACAGCUUGCUAGAACAGCUUUCAAGGUCACUAAGCUGAAGACUGGUGCUGAAUACCAGUUCAGAAUCAUAGCUGAAAACAGGUAUGGAAAGGGUGUGCCUCUGGACUCCAAGGCCAUUGUUGUGCAAUAUCCAUACAAACCACCAGGGCCUCCAGGAACUCCAUAUGUAAAAUAUGCUACAAAGGAAAUGAUGAUCAUUGAAUGGAAUGAGCCAGUCAAUGAUGGUGGAAGUACAGUUAUUGGUUACCAUCUGGAAAGCAAGGAGAGAAGCAGCAUCAUGUGGAACAAACUGAACAAGACUCUCAUUACUGAUACUCAAUUCAAGAUUGCCAAUCUUGAGGAGGGUAUUGGAUAUGAAUUCCGAGUCUAUGCUGAAAAUAUUGUCGGCAUUGGCAGAUGCAGUAAAGUGUCUGAGUCCUUUGUUGCUCGUGAUCCAUGUGACCCUCCUGGUACUCCUGAAGCUGUAUCUAUUUCUAAGAACCUUAUCAAGAUUCAGUGGACAAAACCUCAGUAUGACGGUGGCAGCAAAGUGAAUGGAUAUAUUGUGGAAAGGAAAGAUCUUUCCUCCCCUGAAGGGCGCUGGGUAAGAGCUAACUUCACUAAUAUAAUUGAAACUGAGUAUAAUGUAACUGGUCUGACAGAGAAUGAGCAAUAUGAAUUCAGAGUUAUUGCGAGAAACGCAGCUGGAGUUUUCAGUGGGCCAUCUGACAGCUCUGGACCUAUAACUGCUACUGAUGAAAUUGAACCACCGAGGGCCUCAAUGGAUCCCAAAUACAAGGAUGUCAUUGUUGUCAAUGCUGGGGAAAGCUUACUUCUCUAUGCAGACAUUUAUGGAAAACCAAUUCCUGAUGUUGUCUGGCUAAAAGAGGGCAAGGAAAUGGACAAAGCCCUGCGAAUUGAAGUGAAAACUACAGAGAAACGUGCAGCCAUAACCAUCAAGGAUGUAACCAAAGUUGACAGUGGCCACUAUGACCUUGUCCUAAAAAAUCUGGGUGGUACAAAAACCUUCCCUAUCACUGUCAAAGUCCUUGAUAAACCAGGUCCACCCACUGGACCCAUGAAGGUGACAGGGAUCAUGGCUGACAGGUGCAUCCUUUCCUGGUCUGAGCCAACUCUGGAUGGUGGAGCUAGUAUCACUCACUAUGUCUUACAGAAGAGAGAGACCAGCAGAUUGUCCUGGACUGUGGCUGCACCAAAUAUCAAGGGUCUGUUCUAUAAACUAAAAAAUCUGCUCCCUGGAAAUGAAUACAUUUUCAGAGUCAGGGCAGUCAGCAAAUAUGGUGUUGGUGAUUAUCUUGAGAGUGAACCCAUCAUUGCACGCAAUCCUUAUAAGCCCCCUAGUCCUCCUGGAACCCCAGAAGCAAGUCAGAUCACCAAGGACUCUAUGGUUCUUUCAUGGACUGCUCCAGAACAAACUGGUGGAGCAGACAUUGACAGCUACCACCUUGAAAAACGUGACAAAGAUAGUGUAAGGUGGACAAAAUGCAACAGACAGAAACUGACGGACACUCACUUCAAGGUCACAGGUCUGAUGACAGACCACUUCUAUGAGUUCCGUGUUUCUGCUGAGAAUGAGGCUGGAAUGGGAGACCUAAGUGAACUGUCCCUAUUCUAUAGAGCAUGUGAUACCACAACACCACCUGGACCUCCACACCAUCCUAAGGUGACAGACUACACAAAGUCCUCUGUGUCUCUGUCCUGGGGAAAACCUGACUUUGAUGGUGGUGCCUACAUCAAGGGCUACAUUGUUGAAAUGAGGGAGUAUACACCAGUGCCUGAAGUGACAGAGGAGUUAGAAGUAGCACCAACAGUAGAGGCACCAGUUGAAAAAGAAUGGACCAUGUGCACUCCACCUACUGGCAUUCAAGCCACUAAACUCACUAUCACAGACCUGAAAGAGGGUGGAGAGUACCAGUUCCGUGUCUGUGCUAUCAAUUCUGAGGGAGUGGGGGAGGCUGCUAAUGUUCACAGCACUGUGGUCACAUCUGACAGGGUAGAAACACCAGAGAUUGAGUUGGAUGCUGAGCUCAGAAAGGUGGUAUCUGUUCGUGCCGGUGGAACUUUGCGUCUGUUUGUUACCAUCAGAGGAAGGCCUGAACCUACUGUGAAAUGGGAGAAGGUAGACGGUACUCUCACAGAUAAUGCUGCAAUUGACACCACCAGUUCAUACACCAUGCUUGUUAUUGACAAUGUUAAUCGCUUUGACAGUGGCAAAUAUUCACUAACACUGGAGAAUAGUAGUGGUGCAAAAUCUGCUACUGUUGCAGUGAGAAUUUUGGAUACACCUAGUGCGCCACAAAACUUUGCUGUAAAGGAGCUCAAGAAGGAUUCAGUGACUCUUGGCUGGGAUACUCCACUCACUGAUGGUGGUUCUAAAAUAACAAACUACAUUGUAGAGAAGAGAGAGUCUGUCCGGAAGGCCUAUACUACUGUCACUAGCAACUGCACAGCCAACUCAUUCAAGAUUGAAGAGCUGCCUGAGGGUGGCAUUUUCUACUUCAGAGUUUGUGCUGUUAAUGAAUAUGGCCAAGGACAGAUGGUUGAAACCAAAGAAAUCAAAGUGUCUGACGUACCUCUGCCACCAAGCAAGGUAACACUUGUAGAUUUGACGAAGACCAGUGUGUCAUUGGCAUGGGAAAAACCUGCUCAUGAUGGUGGAAGCAAGAUAAUGUGCUACAAUGUAGAGUUUAAGCCUAAAAGUGGAGAUAAAUGGGGCACAGCAUGCACAGUCAAGGUGCCUGAAGCAACUAUUCCUAAUCUGACCCCUAACGAAGCCUAUUUAUUCAGAGUUGUUGCAAUCAACGAGAAGGGAAAGAGUGAGCCAAAGGAUCUUGGUUUGCCUGUGGUUGCAAAGGAUGUUUCAAUUGAACCAUCUACCAACUUACUGUUUACCACAUACAGUGUGAAGGCUGGAGAUGACCUCACUCUUGAGGUUCCAGUAAGAGGUAGGCCAAAACCUGUUGUAUCCUGGAAGAAGGAUGGCCUUCCUUUGAAGCAAACAUCAUCAGUCACCAUCUUAAACACUGCAACAUCAUCCAAAAUUAUGAUCAAAGAGGCUAGCAGAGAACAUGUUGGCAAGUAUGAGAUCACUCUGGCUAACGCAGGAGGAACUGUCACAGCAGAUAUUGGAGUUGUUGUCCUUGAUAAACCAGGUCCACCUAAAGGUAUCAAGGUGGAUGCUGUGACCUCAGACAGCAUCACACUGUCCUGGUCCCCACCAGAUUAUACUGGUGGUUGCUCCAUCAGUAACUAUAUUGUGGAGAAAAGAGACACAAACACACAGGAGUGGCAGAUGGCAGCAAGUAAUGUUGCCAGAACAUCUUUCAAGGCUGGCCGCCUAACACAUUGCUCAGAGUACCAAUUCCGCAUCUAUGCAGUCAACCGUUAUGGAAAGAGUACAUCUCUAGAUUCACCUGGAAUUACUGCUAAGUAUAACUUCAAACAACCUGGACCUCCUUCCACACCUAUUGUGAAGUUGGCUACAAAGUCUUACAUGUUGGUAACUUGGAAUGAGCCAGUCAGUGAUGGUGGUAGUCCUGUUUUGGGCUACCAUCUGGAGAGGAAGGAGCGUACUAGCAUUCUUUGGACAAAGAUGAACAGAGGAAUGAUCAAAGAUACAGAAUACAAAGUCAAUGGAAUUGAAGAGGGCAUGGUGUAUGAAUACCGUGUCUAUGCAGAAAAUAUUGCUGGUAUCGGUAAAUGUAGCAAGGCCUGUGAAGGCGUAGCAGCCAGAGAUCCAUGUGACCCUCCAGGCACACCUGUGGUUACUGCUAUUACCAGAACAUCUGUUUCCUUGUCUUGGGAUAAACCAGAGUAUGAUGGUGGAGCCAAGGUUUCUGGCUAUGUCGUUGAGCGCAGAGACCUCCCUGAAGGACGCUGGACAAGGUGCAACUUCACCAACGUGCCAGAGACCCACUAUGAUGUUACAGGUCUUACAGAAAACAGCCAGUAUGACUUCCGUGUCAUUGCUAAGAAUGCAGCUGGAUUGUUCAGUCAUCCAUCUUGGAACACUGGCCCCAUCACUGUCAAGGAUGAUGUGGAUCCACCACGUAUCAUGAUGGAUGUCAAGUUCAGAGAAACAGUGUUUGUGAAAGCGGGAGAAACUUUGAAAAUAAAUGCUGACUUUGCUGGACGUCCUGCCCCUGUUAUUUCCUGGACCAAGGAUGGGAAAGAUAUUGAGCUGAGAGCCAGAAUCCAGAUCGUUUCAACAGACACCAGCACUUCUGUUAUUGUGAAGGAUUGUAUCAGAAGAGAUUCUGGACAGUAUGCACUGACUCUACAGAAUAUUGGCGGAACAGUUACCAUGCCAAUAAACUGUGUGAUUUUAGAUAAGCCAGGACCUUCAGCAGGACCUCUGCAGAUCACAGGUCUCACAGCUGAGGCGUGCACUCUGUCAUGGGGUCCUCCUCAGGAGAUCGGUGGUGCUGAGAUCACACAUUACGUUGUUGAGAAGCGUGAGACCAGCCGCUUGGCAUGGACAUUGGUGAAGGGAGACAUCACAAAAACACACUUCAAAGUCACAGGAUUGCUAAAGGGCAAUGAAUAUAUCUUCAGGGUUUUGGCGGUCAACAAGCAUGGACUUGGUGAGGCUCUGGAGAGUGAUGCUGUAAAGAUUACAGAUCCAUACACUUUUGCCACUGCUCCAGCUAGUGUUGAUGUCACUACCAUAACUGGAGAUUCAAUGACCCUUACCUGGUGCAAACCAGCCAGUGAUGGAGGCAGCCCCAUCACUGGAUAUGUGAUUGAGCGCCGUGAGAAGACAGGUAUGCGCUGGGUCCGUGUGAACAGAGAUCCAGUUGUGGAAUGCACCGCAGUAGCAACCAAACUGCGUAAGGGUUGUGAGUAUGACUUCAGAGUCUAUGCUGAAAACUCUGCUGGUCUAAGUCCUCCAAGUGAACCAUCUGCAUCAUUCAGAACAGCAGAUCCUCUGGUUGUUGCUUCUCGCCCAACCAAACCAAAGAUUGUCAGUUCAACGAAAGACAGUGUGUCCAUUGUCUGGAAACCACCAACAAAUGAUGGUGGUGCCCCCAUCCUUGGAUACAGUGUAGAAUACAGAGACUAUAUCCAUAAACCAGAGCCAGAGGUUGAGGGAGAUGAGGAUGAAUAUGAAUAUGAGGAGGAGGAAGAAGAGGAACCUGAAUCACCCGAAGAGCUAGCAAGAUGGGUUGAGGCUAUCCCUCUUACCAAGAGCUUGGAGUUUACAGUCACUGGACUAAAGACAGAUGCAGAAUAUGAAUUCUGUGUCAAGGCAAUAAACAAAAUUGGCAGCAGUGCACGUAGCCCAUAUUCAGAUGGAGCUGCAGCAAUGGACAGAACUUCAGAGCCAUCAUUUGAUGUUGACAUUGAGAUGCGUAAAGUACAAAGUGUUAAGCAUGGCACAGCAUUUACUCUCAAUGUACCAUUCAAGGGCAAACCUGCGCCAUCAGUGGUAUGGGCCAAGGAGGGUGUUGAUCUCAAUGUCAGAGGAACUAUUGAAUCAACAGAAUCCAGCACUUCAUUGACAAUUGAGAAGGCAACUAGAAAUGACUCUGGGGAAUACUCUGUCACAAUUGAAUCACCAUUGGGAAAAGCAACAUUGCCCAUGGUUGUCAAGGUGCUUGACUCUCCUGGACCCCCUGUCAAUGUUAAAGUUUCAGCAGUGACCAGGGAUUCUGCAACCCUCACUUGGGAAGCUCCAGAGAAUGAUGGUGGUGAUGCAGUGAAGGCCUACCAUGUUGAAAAACGUGAGGCCAGUAAGAAGGCCUGGGUGUCUGUGACCAGCAACUGCCAUGCAAUGACUUACAAGGUGGAAGACUUGCAGGAGGGAGCCAUGUAUUACUUCAGAAUUAUUGGAGAAAAUGAACAUGGAGUGGGUGUCCCUCAAGAAGCCAAGGCUGGAACAAAGAUUACAGAGGUACCAAGUCCACCCAUGAAACUUGGAGUUGCAAAUGUUACCAAGGACAGUAUUACAAUUGCCUGGACAAGACCAGAAUACGAUGGAGGUAGCAGAGUCACUGGUUACCUUAUUGAUGCCCUGGAGAAGGGACAGACAAAGUGGGUGAAGUGUGCCACCGUGAAGACCAUGACCCACACCAUCAAGAGCCUGAGGGAGUGUGCUGAGUACUUCUUCAGAGUCCGUGCUGAGAACCAUGCCGGACUCAGUGAACCAAAGGAGAUGAUCGUACCAGUUAUUGUCAAGGAAAUACAUGUGGCUCCAGAGUUUGACCUGAAGAAUUACCCCAAGAAUAAAGUUUAUGUAAGAGCAGGAUCCAACCUAACCUUUGAGAUUCCUCUCACUGGCAGGCCUAUGCCUAAGGUGACUAUGUCCAAGAACAAUGUUGUCAUCAAGGGAUCCAAGAGGCUGCUAACAGAAGUUACUCCAGACAGUUUAAUCAUCACCCUAAAUGAAAGUAUUUCAAGUGACGCUGGCAAGUAUGAAGUCACUGCCUCAAAUGUGGGAGGUACCACCAAGAUCUUCAUUAUUUUUGUUGUGCUGGACAGACCAGGACAUCCUGUUGGUCCAGUAGAGAUUGGGGAGGUGGGAGAGACCACAGUAUGUCUGAAAUGGGCUCCUCCUGAGUAUGACGGUGGCAGUCCCGUUACCAACUACAUUGUUCUGAAACGUGAAACCAGCACUCCUUCCUGGGCAGAGGUGUCAACUAGCAUUGCCAGAAGCGCGAUCAAGGUGACAAAGCUGACCAAGGGAGAGGAGUAUCAGUUCAGAAUCAAGGCUGAGAAUCGCUACGGUGUCAGCGACCACAUUGACAGCAAGCCAGUCAUGAUAAAGCUUCCAUACACCAUCCCUGGACCUCCAUCCACACCAUGGUUCGGCUUUGUAUCUAGAGAAAGCCUGACAGUUUGCUGGAAUGAACCGGUCAAUGAUGGUGGAAACCCUGUUAUUGGAUACCAUCUCCAAAUGAAGGAGAGAAGCAGCAUCCUCUGGCAGAAGGUCAAUAAGACAGCAAUUGCAGGAAACCAGUGGCGAGUCACAAACAUCUGCCCUGGCCUCAUCUAUGAAUUCAAGGUGGCAGCUGAAAAUGCAGCCGGCAUUGGAAAGAUGAGCAAGACCUCUGAAGAGGUGCUUGCUAUUGAUGCCUGCGAGCCCCCAGCAAAUGUCCGUAUCACUGAAGUCACCAAGAACUCAGUCAGCCUGGCCUGGCAGAGACCUCCAUAUGAUGGUGGCAGCAAGAUAACUGGCUACAGUGUGGAGAGGAGGGACGCUCCCAAUGGCAGAUGGGUGAAGGCCAACUUCACAAACAUCAUUGAGCUGGGCUUCACUGUGUCUGGACUGAACCAGGAUGAGUCUUAUGAGUUCAGAGUGUAUGCCAAGAAUGCUGUUGGGUCUGUCAGCAACCCAUCUCUCAAUGCUGGCCCAGUCACUUGUGUUGAUGCAUGUGGUGCCCCAGCCAUUGACCUUCCUCCAGAGUAUCUGGAUGUGGUUCAGUUCAAGGCUGGAGCUUCAGUUAAGCUUAAAGUUGGAAUCAUCGCCAAGCCUCUGCCAACUAUUGAGUGGCUCAAGGAUGGAAAAGAGCUGGUAGCAACCUCUUGCAUGUCUGUUGAAAGCACAACUGACUCUUCUGCUGUUCUGAUCAAGGAUGCAGCUCGCAUUCACACAGGCUCAUAUGAGGUCAAGAUCAAGAAUGUUCUGGGUUCUGCAUCUGCAACCAUCAGGAUUGAAAUUCUUGACAAACCUGGACCCCCAGCCGGCCUCAUUAACUUCAACUCCGUUACAGCAGACAGGAUCGUCUUUAGCUGGGAACCUGUGCCCGAGUCUGACCAGGGAGGUUCCAAGGUGACCCACUACAUUGUUGAGAGACGAGAAACCAGCCGAGUGGUAUGGUCGACAGUUUCAGACAGGCAUGAGAAGACACAUGUCACCGUCAGCAAGCUGUUGCGUGGAAACGAGUAUGUGUUCCGUGUAAUGGCUGUUAAUAAGUACGGAGCUGGAGAGCCACUGGAGUCUGAGCCUGUCAUCGCUAAGAACGCCUUUGUAACUCCUGGGCAACCUCAGACUCCUGAGGUGAAUAUCAUCACUAAGUCCACCAUGGUUGUAGAAUGGGACAAACCCGGUGUAGAUGGAGGUAGCACAGUGACAGGCUACUACCUGGAGAGACGAGACAAGAAGAGCUCGCGUUGGAUCAGGGUUUACAAAGAUCCUGUAACUGACGUCAAACAGACCGUCUACCAUCUGACAGAAGGAAAUGAGUACCAAUAUCGCGUCUGUGCCAUUAACAAGGCUGGAGAGGGACCGUUCUCUGGUGCAUCAGACUACUACAAGGCUGCUGAUCCAGUUGAUCCACCAGAUGAGCCUUGCAAGCUGAAGGUGGUGGACUCCACCAAGACAUCCAUCACCUUGGGCUGGUCCAAGCCAGAAUGGGAUGGAGGCAGUGAGGUCACCAGCUACAUGGUGGAGAAGCUUGUUGAAGGAGAGGAAGAAUGGGCUAUGAUUACCUCCAAGGGAGAGGUCAAGACAACAGAGUACACAGUUCACGACUUAAAACCAGAUGUCAAUUACUUCUUCAGAGUCUCUGCUGUCAACUGUGCUGGCCGUGGAGAACCUCUGGAGAUGACUGAGCCUGUGCAGGCUAAGGAUAUCCUUGAGGAGGCCCAGAUUGACUCAGAUGUAGCCAUGAGAACUCACUACAUUGUGAAGGCUGGCAAAGAUGUGGAGCUGUCAGUUCCUCUGAAGGGCAGACCUGCUCCCACUGCUUCCUGGAGCAAGGGAGAAGAAUGCAUUGAUUGUGACCCCAAAUAUGAGUUCCACCACUCAGACACUACCACAGUCCUUGUUAUGCGCGAGGUCACCAGACUUGACACUGGAAAGUACACAGUAAAGAUAGAGAAUGGUGUGGGAGAGCCCAAGACCGUGACCUUGUCAGUGAAGGUCCAGGAUAGUCCAGCUCAGUGCGGGAAUCUGGUCCUGAAGGACGUGACCCGUGGAAAGGUUACUCUCUGCUGGGAGCCUCCACUCAAUGACGGUGGUGCUGAGAUAACAAACUACAUUGUUGAGAAGAGGGACUCCUCCAAGAGAUCCUACUCUGCAGUGACAAGCAAAUGCACAGAAACAACAUACACCAUUGAAGAUCUCUCUGAGAAGACAUCCUUCUUCUUCCGUGUGUUAGCCGAGAAUGAGAAUGGUGCUGGUGAUCCAUGUGAAACACGUGAGCCUGUGAAGGCUACAGAGACUCCCGGACCAGUCAAGGAGAUCUCUAUGAAGGAUUCAUCCAAGACUUCCGUCACUCUGCAGUGGCUGAAGCCUAGUUAUGAUGGUGGCAGCAUCAUCUCUGACUACGUAAUUGAGAAGAAACUGAAGGAUGAGGAAUGGUCAUUGGGAGGAACCAGCAGACAGUGUGAGUUUGAGGUCAAGAAACUCAAGGAGCACUCAGAAGUGUUCUUUAGAGUUGCCGCCAGAAAUGAGAAGGGGCAGGGUGACUUUGUAGAGAUUGGGCCUAUCAAGGUCAUUGACUACAUUAUAACACCUGAGGCAAGCCUUGCAGAGUACCCAGGUGGCAGAUUAAAUGUCCGCCUGGGUCACAAUGUGCACAUUGAGCUGCCAUACAAAGGCAAACCCAAACCUUCUAUUCUGUGGCUGAAGGACAACCUGCCACUGAAGGAGAGUGACCAAGUCCGCUUCAAGAAGACAGAAAACAAAGCCACUCUAAUGAUUAAGAAUGUGAAGAAGGAGAAUGAGGGUAAAUACACCCUGACCCUUGACAAUAAGGUCAACAGGAGAUCCUUCCACAUCCAUGUCAUCACACUUGGACCACCAUCAAAACCUGUUGGACCCAUCCGCCUGGAUGAAGUGAGAGCUGAGAGCAUCAGAAUCUCCUGGGAUGAACCUAACGAUGAUGGUGGUGGAGACAUCAGCUGCUACUCUGUGGAAAAGCGUGACACCUCCCAGUCUGACUGGAAGAUGGCCUGCUCCAGUGUACAGGAUACUGAGUUCAAGGUCCUCAACCUGAUCAAGAAUGUGCAGUACCAGUUCAGAGUGUGUGCUGAGAACAGAUAUGGUGUCAGUGAGCCUCUGGUCUCACAGAUGGUCAUUGCCAAGCACCAGUUCAGGCCACCAGGCCCACCAGGCAAGCCUUUUGUUUACAAUGUCACCAAUGAUGGAAUGACCAUCCAGUGGGAACAACCCAUCUAUGAUGGUGGUACCCCCAUCCAGGGCUUCCAUGUGGAGAAGAAAGAAAAGAACAGCAUCAUGUGGCAAAAGGUGAACACUAUGUUGAUCAAAGAAACAGAAUACAGGAUCUUGGGACUCAUUGAAGGCCUGGAGUACUCCUUCAGGGUCUAUGCCCAGAAUGAUUCUGGCUUCAGCCGAAUUAGUGAUGAGAGCAAGCCAACCAUGGCUGUCAGUCCUGUUGAUCCUCCUGGCCAACCCGACUACACUGAUGUGACUAGCGACUCAGUGACACUGAAAUGGGAUGCACCCAAACGUGAUGGUGGUAGCAAGAUUACCGGCUACAAUGUGGAGAAACGCCAAGGACAUGGCCGCUGGUUCAAAGCCAAUUUGACUGAUGUUCAUGACUGCAUGUACACUGUCACUGGACUGGCAACAAAUGAACGCUACGAGUUCAGAGUGAUUGCCAGAAAUGCCAUCGGUGUCACCAGUCCUCCCUCCAAUUCUUCUGGCUUGAUUGUAGUCAGAAGUGAGAAUGCUUGUCCAAAUAUUGAGUUUGGCCCAGAAUACUUUGAGGGUUUAACAGUCAAGGCUGGAGACAACAUACGGCUGAAGGUGACCAUCACUGGACGCCCUGUUCCCAAGGUCGUGUGGCACAGAGAUGGUGUGGAGAUUACCAAAAAGAUGUUGGAUAUUAUCAACGUAGCUGGAUCCAGCACCCUGUUUGUCAGGGAUGCUGAUCGCACACACAGUGGCCUCUACACUGUGGAGGCUACCAAUGGAUCUGGAAGCAGAAAGGAGAACAUCCUUGUUCAAGUGCAAGACACACCUGGAGAGCCAGUAGGACCCAUCACUUUCAGCGACAUCUCAGAAGGCAAGUGCACUCUGUCUUGGAACCCACCAGAGAACGAUGGCUGCUCUGAGAUUUCACAUUUCAUCAUUGAGAAGCGCGAGACCUCCAAGAUCUCCUGGGCCUUGGUGUCAGAUGAAUGUACGGAGUGUACUUUCAAUGCAACCAAGCUCAUCAAGACCAAUGAGUACCAGUUCAGGGUCUCUGCUGUUAACAAGUUUGGAGUUGGCAGACCUUUAGAAUCCAGCCCCAUCAUUGCCCAGAUGCAAUACACUACUCCUGAGGCUCCAGGCACUCCUGACGCUACUGAAGUGACAGGAGAGAGCAUCACCCUGUCCUGGACUCCUCCAACAUCUGACGGCGGAAACCCAAUUCAGUAUUACAUCCUGGAAAAACGCGAAAAGAAGACUCUGCGGUUCUACAAGGUGAUAACCAAGAAGCCUAUUGUUGAAUGCGCUCACAAAGUGCUCCACCUGACAGAAGAUAUGGAAUACGAAUUCCGUGUGAUGGCUGUGAAUGAUGCUGGUGUUGGAGCUCCUAGCAACAUCUCUAUUCCUAUCAAAGCUGCCGAGCCAAAGGAUAUUCCUUGUGCUCCAUCUGUGAUCUGUGUGUCAGACUCCACCAACAACUCCAUUAGCCUGGAAUGGACCAGGCCUGCAGAUGACGGAGGCAUGGAGAUCCUGGGCUACAUUAUUGAGAUGGUAAAGGGAGAAGAGACAGAAUGGAAGAGAAUGAAUGAGCAGCUGGUGGAAGAAACAAAUUACAUGGUAACAGGUCUACAGACAGGAGCUGAGUACAAGUUCCGUGUUGCAGCUGUCAAUCACGUGGGUAGAGGUGAGGAAAAGGAGACUCCAGAGCCUACUGAGGCUGUAGACAGGCUAACACCACCACUGGUGGAUAUUGACGCCACCUUCAAGCAGACACACAUCGUCAAGGCUGGAGGUUCAGUGUGUCUGGGCAUCUGCUUCAGAGGAAAGCCGAUCCCGACUGCCACCUGGGUGAAGGAAGAAGGACAGCUGGGUGUCAUGUCAGAGAUCACAACUACAGAUGGCUACAGCUCUCUAAGCAUUGAAAACUGCUCAAGAAACGAUUCAGGCAAAUACACUGUUAAUCUGGAGAACAGUAGUGGCAGCAAGGCCAUUACAUUCACUGUAAAGGUGAUGGACACUCCUGGACCUCCUCAGGCUGUUGUCUUCAAGGAGGUGUCCAGAGGCACAGUCACACUUGCCUGGGAAACUCCUCUAAAUGACGGUGGAGCCCGGAUCCAUCAUUACAUUGUUGAGAGACGUGAGGCUAGCCGCCGCACUUGGCAGCAGUCUGGUGGCAACUGCACCCAGCAUGUCCUAAAGAUCCAGGACCUGCUGGAAGGAGUGCCAUACUUCUUCAGAGUCUCAGCCGAGAACCAUCACGGUAUUGGUGAGGCGUUUGAGCUGACUGAGCCUGUCAUUGCCACUGCAGAGCCAGCAUCUCCAAAGAGAAUGGACAUCCUGGACACCACAGACAACUCUGUGCUACUGGGCUGGCUGAAACCAGAGCAUGAUGGCGGUAGCCGCAUCCAGUGUUAUGUCCUUGAGGCUAAGCCGAAGGGUACAGACAAAUGGUUUGUGGUUGGAAACACCACCAAUCUCACCUAUAUGGUUGAAAAGCUCAACAAAGGUGAUGAGUAUGACUUCCGUGUAAAGGCUAAGAAUGAAUCCGGUUACAGCAAGCCCAGGGAAACUCUGGUUGCUGCGUUAGUUAAAGAGCCUCACAUUGAACCUGCUGCUGACCUCAGCGAGAUCCCCAACCAGCUAAUCACAAGCAAGUCAGGCAGUACCUUCACUAUCGACGUUCCUUUUAGUGGUAGACCUGCUCCUAAGGUCACUUGGAAGCUGGAGGAGAUGAGGUUGAAGAACACAGACAGAGUCACUAUCAAAGUAACUAAGAACAGAACCAGUAUCUCAGUUAAGGAGGCCAUGAGAGGAGAUGGUGGUAAAUACUAUCUGACCCUGGAGAACGUGGCAGGAACCAGGACCUUUGCUAUUGAUGUCAAUGUCACAGGUAGACCUAGUCCUCCAACCGGACCCAUCGAAGUCUCAUCCAUCACCUCUGAGUCCUGCGUCAUUGACUGGCAACCACCAGAGGAUGACGGUGGCACGGACAUCACCAACUAUAUUGUGGAGAAGCGUGAGUCUGGCUCCACUGCCUGGCAGCUGAUCAACUCCAGCGUAAAGCGCACAUCUCUCAACGUCAGUCAUCUGACCAAGUACAUGCAGUACACAUUCAGAGUCUCUGCAGAGAAUAGAUUUGGUGUCAGCAAGCACACUGAGUCUGAGACGAUUGUUGCAGAGCAUCCUUUCACACCUCCUGGCCCACCAACAAGGCCUACAGUCUUCAAUGUCUCUGCUAACACAAUGACCCUGAAAUGGGAAGAGCCCUACCAUGAUGGUGGAAGCAAGGUGACUGGCUACUGGAUUGAGAAGAAGGAGAGGAACAACAUCCUGUGGGUGAGAGAGAACAAGAUCCCCUGCUUUGAGUGCUACAACAAGGUGGAGGGUCUGGUUGAAGGCCUGGAAUACCAGUUCAGGGUUUAUGCCAUGAACAGUGCUGGACUGAGCAAAGCCAGUGAGGCCUCCAAGGGAGCAGUUGCUCAAAACCCAGUUGAUCCACCAAGUAAGCCAGAAGUCACAAAUGUCACAAGAACCACAGUGUCCCUCAAAUGGUCAUCUCCACUGAACGACGGUGGCAGUCCCAUUGUGGGCUACAUUAUUGAGCGUAAGCCGUACACUCUGACCGGUGAGGGCCGCUGGCUCAAGUGCAACUACACCAAUGUGACAGACACUUUCUACACUGUUACCGCCUUGGGAGAGGGAGAGCCCUAUGAGUUCAGAGUCAUCGCCAAGAAUGCUAACCAGGUCUUCAGCAAGCCCUCAGAGUCUACCGGCUCUGUGCAGUGCAAGACCGACUUUGAGCCUCCAAAGGCACAGCUGGAUAGUAAACUGUUGUCCGAAACUGUGAUGGUCAGAGCUGGUUCAGAUCUGGUUCUGGAUGCUGCAGUGGGAGGCAGGCCUGACCCCAAGGCUUCCUGGUCCAAGGGCAACAGGGAGCUGGAGUUGUGUGAAAAGUACCACCUGCAGUACACCCCCACCAGGGCCAUGGCUAUUAUAAAGUUCUGUGACAGAGAUGAUACAGGAAAGUACAUCCUGACAGUCAGGAAUGUAAGUGGAACCAAGACUGCUGAGGUCAACGUCAAAGUGCUUGAUACCCCCGGAGUAUGUGAAGGCGUCAUUGAGAUUAGCAAGAUCACAGAAGAGUCAUGCACACUGGGCUGGAAGCCUCCUCUUGAGGAUGGCGGUGAUGAGAUCUCCCACUACAUUGUAGAGAGGCGUGACACCAACAGACUAAACUGGGUCAUCAUGGACGCAGAGUGCAAGGAGCUGACCUGCAACAUCACUAGGCUGUUCAAGAAUACCGAGUACCUGUUCAGAGUCCGUGGAGUGAACAAGUACGGACCUGGAGUCUGCCUCCAGUCAGAGCCCAUGGUUGCCAGAAACACUUUCACGGUGCCAACUCCUCCUGGUGCUCCAGAGAUCCUGGUGUCAGGAAAGGACUUUGCCACUAUUGAGUGGCUGAAGCCAGAGAGCGAUGGCGGUAGCCCAUUGAUCCACUACCUGGUGGAGAGGCAUGAGAGAAAGAGUGCUCGCUGGGUGAAGGUGAACAGAGACGGAGCUCAUCUGGACACCACGCUGAAGGUGUGCGGUCUGACUGAAGGCAACAUCUACCAGUUCAGAGUGACGGCCAUCAACAAGGCCGGAGAGAGUGAAGCCAGUGAGGUUUCUCUGUAUGUUGUCUGCAGAGUGCCAACAUGCACCCCUGCUCCUCCUUCUAUCCCGCGUAUCACUGACACCCACGCUGACAGCAUCAGCCUGGCCUGGUCCCGCCCUGUGGAGGACGGAGGAGCUGAUGUGAUGGGCUACAUCCUGGAGAUGCAGGAAGCUGGAGCAGAGGAAUGGAAGAAGGCCCAUGAAAAGACCCUGCGUGGUACGGAAUAUAUUGUGACGGGACUUUCUGCAGGCAAGAAGUACUGCUUCAGAGUGGCUGGCAUCAACAUCAAUGGUACAGGAGACUUCAGUGAACCGUGUGCUGAGACUGAGCCAGUGGAGAGAAUUGAAACUCCCGACUUUGAGCUCCACGAUGACCUGAAGAAGACCAUUUGUUUACGUGCUGGUGGCUCACUCCGCCUGUUCGUAAAAAUCAGCGGUCGUCCCACUCCCGCCCUCUCUUGGAGUAAGCCAGGUGUUGACCUCCACAACAGAGGAUUCAUUGAAGUCAGCAACACAUCCACCACGCUCAUCAUCGAUAAGGUCCAUCGCUAUGAUGCUGGCAAAUACACACUGGUAGCUGAGAACUCUGCUGGGAAACAGGAAGUCAACAUUCUGGUCAAGGUCUAUGAUACUCCUGGACCAACUGGACCCAUAAAGAUCAAAGAGCUGACCAAGGAGUCUGUUACCAUCUCUUGGGAUGCCCCAACUGUGGAUGGAGGUGCUCCUGUCAACAACUACAUCAUUGAGAGGCGUGAGGCCUCCAUGAGAGCUUACAAGACCGUCACCUCUAAAUGCAGCAAGACAUCGUACAAGAUUGACGGCCUGAUGGAGGGUAUGCUGUACUACUUCCGGGUCCUCCCUGAGAACAUUUAUGGUAUUGGUGAGCCCUGCGAGACUCCCGACGUCAUCCUGGUCUGCGACGUACCUUUGCCGCCGCACAAGCUAGAAGUGAUCGAUGUCACCAAGAGCACUGUCAUCCUGGGCUGGGAGAAGCCAGAGCAUGAUGGUGGCAGCAGGCUGACGGGCUACGUCAUCGAAGCCUGCAGGUUCGGCACGGACAAGUGGAUGAAGGUGGCUACACUGAAGAUGACAGACUUCGAGCACACCAUCGAGAAGCUGAAUGAGAAGGAGCAGUACCUGUUCAGAAUCAAAGCAAUCAACAGUAGAGGAGCCAGCGAGCCCAAAGAGCUUGUAGCAGCCGUCACUGUACAGGAACAGAGAGUAAUGCCCGUGGUGGACUUCUCCAGUAUUCCUCAGAAGGUUGUCAACGUUCUGGCCGGCAAGACUCUGGAGCUUGACCUGCCCAUAGUCGGCAGGCCUCCUCCCGUCUGCUCCUGGUACUUCAGUGAUAACAAGCUGAAAAUCACAGACCGUGUCAAGAUCAAGAGCACUGGCAAAUUCUCCAAACUGACCAUCUCUGACACCACCAUCGACGACACUGGUGACUACACCCUGGAGGUGAAGAAUGUCGUUGGUGUUAUCAGUGAGAUCGUCAAGGUCGUCAUCCUCUCUAAACCUGAUGAACCAAAGGGACCCAUCAGGUUUGAUGAGAUUGAUGCCACCACCGUCACCUGCAGCUGGGAUCCUCCAGUCAGAGAUGGCGGAGCUCCCAUCAGUGGCUACGUGGUGGAGCAGCGUGAUGCUCACAGACCCGGCUGGGUGCCAGUCUGCGAAUCUGUUAGCCGACCAACUUUCAAGUUUGAGAACCUGAUUGAGAGAGAUGAGUAUGUCUUCCGUGCAGCUGCCAUCAAUCGCUACGGCACCGGAGACUUCUUGCAGUCUGAGAUCGUCACCUGCAAAAGCUUGAAUGAUGUGCCUGGACCUCCUGGCCGUCCAACCAUCUUUGAUGUUUCUCGUGAUGGCAUGACCGUGGCCUGGAACCCACCAGAUGAAGACGGUGGCCUUGAGGUUUCUGGAUACAUUAUCGAGCGCAAAGAAGUCAGAUCUGACAGAUGGGUGCGUGCCAACAAGAACCCCAUCACUAUGACCAGAUACAGAUCAACUGAGCUGAUUGAGGGCCUGGAGUAUGAACACAGAAUUACUGCCAUCAAUGCCAGAGGACUGAGCAAACCAAGUCUGCCAUCUAAACCAGCAGUGGCAACAGAUCCCAUUGAUCCACCUGGCUGUCCUCAGAACCCGAGAAUCACAGAUACAACUAAAUCCUCUGUGUCGCUGGCUUGGAGUCCUCCCGACGAUGAGGGAGACGCAAGGGUGGACGGUUAUCUGAUUGAGAUGCAGAAGGUGGGCACCAUGGCCUGGAUCAAGUGCAACACCACACCAUCUCUAAUCUGCGAGUACACACUGACCAGCAUGCCACAAGGAGAGGAGUUCAAAUUCCGUGUGAUGGCCUGCAAUGCCGGUGGUUCUGGAGAGCCUGCUGAAGUACCUGGAACUGUUACCGUGACUGAGAUGCUUGAAUCUCCUGACUAUGACCUGGAGCUCAAAUACAAAGCGGUGUAUGUGGUUCGCCAGGGAGGAGUGGUUAGACUCUCUGUACCCAUCAAGGGUAAACCUCAACCAACCUGCAAGUGGUCGAAGGAUACUGGUGCAAUCUCCACCAAGGCUAUGAUUGCCUCCACCGAGGAUGCCAGCGAGCUGGUGAUCAAGGGAGCCGAGAGGAGCGACUCUGGCGUGUAUGACCUUUUGCUGGAGAACAGGGUUGGCAAGAAAAAGGCCCAAAUCAAGGUGAACGUCAUUGGCCGCCCAAGCGCUCCUGAGGGACCAUUGGUCUUUGAGGAAAUCCAGGCUAACUCUGUCAAGGUGUCCUGGAAGACGCCCACAGACGAUGGUGGCUCAGAGAUCCUGGGUUACAUCGUAGAAAGACGCGAGGCAGCCAGAAAUGCCUGGUACACCGUGGACUCAAGAGUGACUGACACUACACUGGUUGUCAAGGGCCUGAAGGAGGGAACAGAGUACCACUUCAAGGUCACGGCUGAAAACUCCUUCGGUGUCAGCUCCUCUCUGAAAUCAGAGCAACCACUGGUUCCCACGACUCCUAUCUGUCCUCCUGAACCUUCAAGCACCCCACCAGAGAUCAUGGACGUCACAAAGAGCUCUGUGGCAUUGGCCUGGUCCAGACCAAAGGACGACGGUGGUUCUGCCAUCACUGGCUACUUUGUUGAGUACAAGCUGGUGUCCGCAGAGACAUGGUCCCGCCACGAAACCAAGAUCACCUCCACCAUGUUUACUUUGCCUGGGCUCACCCCCGAUGCAGACUACCAGUUCCGCAUUGUUGCUGUCAACAGCAUCGGCGAGAGCGAGGCUGGUCCUGCGUCUGACCCAGUCACAUGCAAGGAUCCAUUCGACAAGCCAAGCCAACCAGGUGAGAUUGACACAGUGAACGUGUCAAACAACUUCAUCACCAUCCGCUGGCAAGCUCCAGAGUGUGAUGGUGGAAAGGAGGUCCUGGGCUACUGGGUGGAGUACAGGAAGUCCAUCGAGAGCACCUGGAAGAAGUGCAACAAGCAAAGGCUGAAGGAAAAGGAGUUAACCAUGCGUGGACUGUCUGAGGCCGCAGAGUAUGAGUUUAGAGUGUUUGCUGAGAAUGAGACAGGAAUGAGUAGACCUCGUAGGACUACCACGUGCAUCAAGACCAAACUGAGUGUUGAAACUAAACCAAGCCUGAGAAAGGAAAUGGAUGAAGUCACUGCUAAGCUUGGUCAGCCUGCUGUCAUGAAGUGCCAGAUUAUUGGUAGACCUGUCCCUGACAUCAAGUGGUAUCAUGCUGGUAGAGAGGUUGUUGAGUCCCGCAAGUACGAGAUGAGCUCUGACGGCCGCAACCACUCCCUGUCCAUCAUGACUGACCAGCAGGAGGAUGAGGGAGAGUAUACCUGCAAGGCCAUUAACGACGCCGGAGAAGCUGAGACCACAGGCGUCUUGGUGUUGGAGGCUGCUGCAUCCUUCCACCCCGACUACCCACUGAAAAACACAUACUAUGCUGGCAUGGGAACCACUCUGCGUAUCCAUGCUGUCUACAUCGGCCGUCCUGAGCCAAAGAUCAUUUGGCUGCAUGGAGCAAAGACCCUGGAGAACACAGAGGACAUUAGCAUUGAGACCACUGAGCACUACACACACCUGAUCAUCAAGAAUGUGCAACGCAGAGUCCAUGGAGGCAAAUACAGGAUCAGACUGCACAACCACUUCGGCAGGGCUGACACUGCAUUCAAUGUUGAAAUUUAUGACAAACCUGACAUGCCUCAGGGUCCCAUUGUACUGGAUGCCCUCCUGAAGAACUCUGUUAUCAUCAGCUGGAAGCCUCCCAAGGAUGACGGAGGCUGCAUGAUCACCAACUACAUCAUAGAGAAGCGUGAGGACAAGGAAGGCACUGACUGGGAACUGGUGUCGUCAUCCAUCAAUGGCACAUCUUGCCGUGUACCCAACCUCAUCGACAGUGCCGGAUACUUCUUCCGUGUGUACGCCCAGAAUCGCUAUGGCAACAGUGAACCACUGGAGCUCGCUUCACCUAUCCUUAUCAAGAGCCAACUCGAGAAACCAUCACCACCUCUGUCCCCAGCUGUUUCUGGAAUUACCAAGGACUCCUGCGUGGUUUCCUGGAGGCCUCCACUCAGCGAUGGCGGCUCCAAGAUCAAGAGCUAUUGCCUUGAGAAGAAAAAUAAGAAGGACAAGAAGGAAUGGACCGAUUGGACUCCAGUGACCACAGACGAGAUCAAACAGACAGUUUUCUCCGUCAAGCGUCUGACCGAGGGUGUCGAGUACAUCUUCCGUGUGAAGUGCGAGAACCUUGGAGGACAGAGCGACUACAGUGAGGAGACUGCAUCCAUUAUUCCAGCCACUGCCGUUGAUGUCCGUGCUCCUGCCUUCAAGGAAGAGCUGAGGAACAUGAGCGUCAAGUACAAGAGCAAUGCUACCCUUGUCUGUAAGAUCACAGGACAACCCAAGCCUGUGAUAAAAUGGUUCAGACGAGGAAAGGAAAUCCAGUCUGAUGGAAAGAAGAUCAAGAUCCAGGAGUUCAAGGGAGGUUACCACCAGCUGGUCAUCACCGAGGCUGAUGAGGAAGACUCCACUGUGUACCAGAUCAGGGCCACCAACCAGGGAGGCUCCAUCUGUGCUACAAUCUCUCUGGAUGUUGAAAUCCCUGCCAAGAUCCACCUGCCAAAGAACCUGAAGGACAAGGAAGCCAUCCCUGCCCUGCGUGGAGAAGUGGUCAAUAUCAAGAUUCCUUUCGGAGGCAAACCAGAUCCUGUCAUCACAUGGCAGAAGGGACAAGAUCUCCUCGACAGCAAUGGCCAUUACCAGGUCAUCGUCACCAGAUCAUUCACUUCUUUAGUUUUCCCCAAUGGAGUGGAGAAGAAGGAUGCUGGGUUCUACAUUGUCUGUGCCAAGAACAGAUUUGGAAUUGACCAGCAGACAGUUGAGCUGGAUGUUGCUGACGUGCCUGAUCCUCCACGUGGAAUCAAAGCCAGUGACGUCUCCAGAGACUCAGUUACACUGAACUGGGUGGCCCCAGCAAAUGACGGCGGCAGCAGGGUCAUCAGCUAUAUCAUUGAGAAGUGUCCCACCACUGCUGAGAGAUGGCAGCGUGUUGCCCAGUCCCGUGACACCCGUUACACCGUUACCAAUCUGUUUGGAGGUACCAGCUAUCAGUUCAGAGUCAUCGCUGAAAACAAGUUCGGACAGAGUGCUCCGUCUGAGACUAGCGGACCUGUCAUGACCAAGGAGGACAAAUCGAGAGUUCUGCUCUAUGAUAGGGAGGUUGACGAUACUGGACGUGUACCCAGGGGCAAGGCUCAACACUCCGAUGCCAAGAAUCUGCACAACAAAUAUGCCAUUGCAGAGGAAUUGGGUAGAGGUCAAUUUGGCAUUGUCCACCGCUGUAUGGACAUCAGCUCUGAGAAGACUUACAUGGCUAAAUUCAUCAAAGUGAGGGGUGCUGAUCAAGCAAUAGUUAAGAAGGAAAUCGCAACACUGAAUCUGGCCAAACACACUAACUACCUCCUCCUCCACGAGUCUUUCGAGAGUCCUGAGGAGUUGGUGAUGAUCUAUGACUUCAUCUCUGGUGCUGACAUCUUCGAGCGCCUCAACACAGCUGAGUUUGAACUUAAUGAGUGUGAGAUUGUCAACUUCAUCCGGCAGAUCUGCUCAGCUAUUGAGUUCAUGCACGAACAGAGCUAUGGACACUUUGAUAUCAGACCUGAGAACAUUGUGUACACAACUAGAACCAGCUCUAAUGUAAAGAUUAUUGAGUUGGGCCAGUCCAGACACCUGACUCCUGGAGAACAGAUCAAGAUUCAGUACACCACUGCCGAGUACGCUGCCCCUGAGAUCCACCAGUGUGACAUGGUUAGCUCUGUCACUGACAUGUGGUCGGUUGGUGUUCUUGCCUAUGUUCUCCUCAGUGGACUUAAUCCAUUCACAGCAGAAACCAACCAACAGAUGAUUGACAACAUCUCCAAUGCGGCCUACAGCUACGAUGAUGAGUCCUUUAAGCAGGUCAGCGUUGAGGCAUUAGACUUCACAGACCGCCUAAUGACAAAGGAACGCAAGCACCGUAUGACUGCUGCUGAGGCUCUGGCACAUCCUUGGCUGACCAAGCCUGCAGAGGAGAUCAGCACAAGAGCGAUCCCAUCCGGCAGGCACAAGAGAUACUACCAAACAAUGGUGAAGAAAGAGUGGAACACUGUCGUCUCUGCAGCCCGUGUGGCCAGUGGUGGCUCCAUCAGGUCCCAGCGUGGUGUCUUUGUGGCUAAGGUGAAGAUUGCUCCAUUUGAAAACGGUCCUGUUGGAGGACAGAUUGGCCAUGCUGUGGUGAAUGAGGGAGACAGUGUGAAAUUCACCUGCAACAUUGAAAACUAUGAUAGCACUACUGAAGUGACAUGGUACUGUGGCGUCAGACAACUUGAAGUUGGUGAUAAAUAUGAAAUUGAAUACGAGGAUGGCCUGGCUGUAAUCACCAUCAACAAGGUCACAAGAGCAGAUGAUGGCACUUACAGAUGCAAGAUUGUGAAUGAGUAUGGUGAGGACAGUGCCUACGCAGAACUGUUUAUCCAUGGUGUAAGAUGUUACCGCGACUUCUUCACCACCCGUGUGGUCAAGAAAACAAAGCGCAGAGUUGACACUGCCAGAAUGCUUCAGAAGCCACCAGAGUUCACCCUUCCUCUGGUCAACCAUACAGCCUACAUUGGUGAGGAUGUGCGCUUUGGUGUCACCAUCACUGUUCAUCCUGAGCCUCGUGUCAUCUGGCACAAGUCUGGACAGAAGCUCAUCCCUGGACAGGAUGAUAAGAAAUACACUUUCAUCAGUGACAAGGGCCUGUACCAGCUGAUUAUCCACAGCCUUGAUAAGGAAGAUGAUGCUGAGUACAGUGUUGUGGCCCGCAACAGGUACGGCGAUGACAGCUGCAAGGCUCGUCUUACCAUUGUUCCUCGACCUAAACCAGCAGACCUCACCCUGAGGCCCAUGUUCAAACGUCUACUCGCAAACGUAGAGUGCAGAGAGGGCCAGAAUGUGCGCUUUGAGAUUAGAGUAUCCGGCCAUCCCACACUGAAGUGGGAGAAGGACGGCACGCCAUUAGCCUUUGGACCAUCUAUUGAGGUUGUCCAUGAAGGUCUGGAUUACUUCAUCCUUCAUGUGAGAGACACUCUCCCUGAGGACUCUGGCGUGUACAGAGUUACUGCAACCAACUCUGCUGGAUCUGCCAGUUGUCAGGCCACACUCAAAGUAGAACGCGUCACCCAUGUAAAGAAGGAAUAUGAGCCCAGCGAAAAGGAGAAACAAAAGUUAGCUGGACAGGAGAAAUUAGACAAAAAGUUGAGGCUCUAUCAGAUUAUGACUGGCACUGUUGUUACACCUCUACCACCUGCAGCAGUACAAGCUGUCAGGGAAGCAGCCACCAUGUUCAAACCUGCUGUGACAACUAAGAAGGGUGAGAAGACUGAGGCUGAGAUACAGAAAGAAAAAGAGGAAAAGAAGAAGCGGGCAGAUGAGAAGAGGUUGCGUAUGCCCUAUGACGUCCCUACUCCUCGUGUCAUUAACCCAGCUGUUCUUGAGGAGGAUGUGGAAAUAAAACAUUUCAAGCCACUCUCUGACAUGAAAUGGUACAAGAAGCUGCGGGAUCAGUAUGAGUUCCCUGAGCCUAUGGAGAAAAUCAAGCAGAAGAGGAUGAAGCGCAUUCGCCUCUCCAGGUGGGAGCAGUUCUAUGAGGUGCCUAUCAGGAUCAAGGACCAGUAUAAGCCUAAGUGGCGAAUCUCAUCCAUGACUCAGGAUGACUUAGAGACUGUGAGGCCUGCAAGGCACCGCACUCCUUCUCCUGAGAUGGAAGCCUACCACAGGAUCAGGAGGAGGUCCUUGGGUGACCUGUCAGAUGAAGAGCUGUUGCUGCCGGUGAAUGAGUACCUGUCCAUGAAGAGAACUGAGGAGGAGAGGCUCCGUCUGGAGGAAGAGCUGGAGCUUGGCUACUCUGCUUCUCCACCUAGCCUCAGCCCAGUCCGCUUUGAGCUGUCUGCCCUGCGUCCCUCAUCUCCUAGAAGAGUCUACAGCGAUGAUGAAGAGGGAGAAGAAAUCCACAGAUAUGACUCCUACAAAGUUCCAUCUAAAUACGAGGCUGGCCCAAGUUUCGUUGACCUCCGCCAGCGUCACGACAAAGCCACAUACAGAGCUCCAAGACAGAAGCAGAGGGUGUACGAGGACAGAGAAGAUCAGGAGCUGUUGCGUCCACACAAAACUGUUCAGAGAAUCUCCUCUUACAAGAGUGAACUCAAACGCAUUGAGUUUGAGGAGAAGACUCGAACCACAAAGAAGGAAACAACUGUCAGUUUUGCUAAAGUCUCUGAGGCCGUUGAAUCUGAGCACCUGACAGCUUUCACCUCAGAAUAUAUUGCUAAACCAAUCAAGAAAGUGUCAAUGCCUGAACCUGUGAAGACCCCAGCAAAAGCUGUCAAGACAGAUGUGACCCUCCCAAAAUUUGACUUUGCAUCCAGGUAUGAGGAGAGAAAGCAGGCUCUGAGAUCAGAGAGAAAAUCGGUGGAGAGGAAGGUUGAGGUGGUGACACAAGCUCCCUUCAGCCUUGACCACGCACCACGUAUUACCAUCAGGAUGCGAUCUCAUCGCGUACCCUACGGCUCUAGCACAAAGUUCACCCUAAAUGUCCAGUCCAAACCAGAGCCGGAGGUCAAGUGGUUCCAUAAUGGAGAAGAGAUUCAUCAGAGUAACAAAUACUACAUCACCAACAUCAGCGGGGUUCUGACUCUCCAGAUCAUCAAAUGUGUGACUGAGGACUCCGGCACUUACCGUGUUGUCUGCAGGAACACCAAGGGAGAGACAUCUGACUAUGCUACAUUGGAUGUAGCAGGAGAAGAAUAUGCUGCCUUCUCUUCAUUCCGCAAAGAUGAGGAGCCUCCAUCCUCCCAUCUGCCAGAUAUGACCAGAACAGAGGAGUAUCAUGUCUCCUCCUCCUCUAAAACAACAGUGAAGGAAACUGUGACAGAGUCCAGUACUACUGUUAUUGUUGAGAAGCCAAGGGAGAAGCCUGGUGUUCCUGCUAAGUUCCUGACCAAGCCACUGUCCCUUAGCGUUGAGGAGGGAGAUCUUGUCAGAUUUGAGUGUGAGGUGGAUGGCGAGCCAGCACCUUCUAUCACCUGGCUGCACGAAGGAUCAGUUAUUGGUUCCACUGCCCGUCACCACAUCAUCUCUACUCAGUUUAACUCCCACUUUGAGAUCUCUGCUGUUGAGAUGUCGGAUGAAGGCAGCUACUCUGUGCUGGUGGAAAAUGCUGGAGGCAAACAAGAGGCCCAUUUCACUCUGACAAUCCGCAAGUCUGAGUCCAAGGAGAAAGUAGUUGCCCCUCCCAGAAUCACCUCUCCAGAAGCUAAGUCCCCUCUUGCUAAGUCCCCUGAACCAGUCAAAUCUCCCCAGAGAGUGAAAUCCCCUGAGCCAGUCAAGUCACCUCAGAGAGUGAAGUCUCCAGUCUCACCAAAAUCCCCAACACCAAAAUCCCCAACCCCAAAAUCCCCAACACCAAAGUCACCUACUCCCAAAUCCCCAACUCCAUCUGAGAAGCAGCGAGUGACUUCUCCAAGUGACUUGCUUGCUGUGCAAGGCUCCAAAACAAAAGCUCUAAUCUCUGCGGAGGUCCAGUCCUCUGUGAUGGAGGUCCAGUCCUCUGUGAUCGAGGUCAAGUCCUCCCACAGCCAGAUGUCCAUGACUGAGGGCCAGUCUCAGCGGGCCAAGGGCUCAGAUGCACCCCACUUCCUGGUGCAGCCCAGGUCCCAGAAUGUGAAUGAGGGAGAAAAUGUCAAAUUCACAUGUGAAAUUGCGGGAGAGUCGUCCCCUGAAGUGGAGUGGUUGAAAGACAACAUCACUAUAUCUGCCACAUCAAACAUCAGACUGAGCCACUCUAGGAAUAUGUUCACUCUCGAGAUAUGUGAAGCCACCGUUGCAGACAGCGGGAAAUACACAAUAAAAGCCAAAAACAAGUUUGGACAGUGCUCUGCAACAUCCUCACUCAACGUCCUCACUCUUGUUGAAGAACCAACAAAAAUGAUUAUUGUGGAGCAAAGAGCUUCUACUGACGCUGCUGCCAGCAUGCUGAAAACUUUAUCUGCCUCAUCAGUUCUUAUGGAGGCCGGCAGUUUCAGCAGCAGCUCCUGCUCUGCUGCUGCCGCAGCCCAGUAUUCGUUUGAGAGCACGUCUGCAACUAGCAUGUCUGCCAUGAUGGCUGAGUCAAUGGUUUCUAUGAGCUCCAGCAGCCAAAUGAUGGAAAUGUCUGCUCACUCGCAUGUCGAGUCCUCGUCCUCCUCGUCCUCCUCCUCGCUGAGGGCCCUUACCACUGGGGUUAAAAGAGGCACUCCACCAAAGAUCGAAGCUCUUCCGGAGAACGUCAGCGCCGAGCCCGGCAAGUCCCUGACUGUGGCGGGGCUGUUCUCUGGAGACCCCGUGCCCUCCGUUCAGUGGGUCCGCUCGGGUAGGACCCUCCCCAACGGGGACGAGCGGUUCCAUGUGGAGAACAGCGCUGACCUCUCCACCCUCAUGAUCUCUGCGGUGAAGGAGAGCGACGCCGGAGCGUACACCCUCCGACUGUCCAACGAGCUCGGCUCAGAUGUGGCAACCGUCAACAUUCACAUUCGGUCCAUGUAAAAAAAAAAAAAAAAAGUUAAUUUAUACCCCCUGUUCCCUCAUCCAGAACCUUUUUAUUUAGUGAAUUAGCAACAAUACUUGAUAAAGAUCUGGAUUUCUGUUCUUGUAAAUAUGAACUAUUUUUGUACCAAACUUGACAUUAAUUUAUGCCAAACUAGACUAAAGUCUAAAGUUGUUAUAAAAUGUGCCAUAUUGGACAAUAUGACUUAGGAUUUUUGAACCACUUUUCUGUGACAUGUACAUAAUGUAUAUAGCCGAAUUUAACGGUUAUGGGAAAUGUAUGCAUUGUUAUUUAUGACAAUAAUAUUAACAGAAACAAAAGAACAAAUGUUUUCACAGGAGAAAGUUUCACUGGAACGAAUACCCUGUUAAACUGAGAAACUAAACUCUGUGCCUCAACGAUAAGUUGAAGUCUUUAAGAUUGCCUCAGCGGGUAGAGAGGCUCCCCGCUGAUGUUAUGAACCACAAACAGAAAGACAAAGUUAUUGUUUUGGACACGCGUCUGUGCGUGAGAUAUUACAGUUUCCUAUGAGUUGUACCGUGAGCGUAAGACCCUGAGCGCUGUUUGCAUCACCCUCAUGUAAGCAGCGUGAACGGCCUUGUGCUCAGACUGACUUCGUCACACCACCGUGAUUUGAUGACCGGCUGUGAGUGCGAGCGGCCUGCACUCUGAGCAUUUAGAUCAUUUUAAUAAAAAGCGCUGCUUUUGGCACAGGACGGCCGGACCGGCUUCUUAAAAACGUAACAUCUCCUGGCCUUAAACAAACAGGAAGUCCACGCCGGCUCUGCUGUGCAGGAGCAGCGCUGUCUCUUGGAGGAUAGCUAGUGUUUGUGUGUUUGAGUGUUUGUAGUUUUUAGUCGUUUCACCUUGUUGGUUAGUCGGGGGCUCUGCACAGCGACUCCAUCUCCUGUGAGAGAGAAGUUGAACCCUGAACUUUGAAUUAUUGAUCGUUGAUUAGAACUAUAUUUCAUCCUCCCUGAGUUUGAUGCAUUACUGAUUUAAUAAAGCAUGAUUUCAGCACUAUA